CCGGGCUGUGGAGGCGUGUCCUGCGCUAUAAAGUCACUCCAGACUGAAUUACUGCAACUUCUCCAACUUUGAAAGAGUUACGCAGUCCGCCCUGUGCUUUGCAAAGCCCCUCACAUUAAAAUCAUCCACUUUUUCACUUCUUCUACAUGCUUUGCUUCAUCAUGCACCACAGCCAUGUUCCCCAUCUGCUCCUCUCUCUUCUCUGCAUCGGAUCGGCUGGUGAGUAUUGACUUUACGCCUCAGCUCUGUGUCAUGUAGGCUCAGUCUGUUUCUCUUAGAUAUAGGUCAACUAGAGCAAUCUGUCUCCUCAGAUGAACGACCCAAAGUGUUUCUGAGUAUCACUAGAAGAAGUUGACUGAAUGCUAGUAAGAUUCCGCACAAAAAAGCAACUGAGAGUAAUCGCUGCAGUAAUGCCUUGCGCAGAGUUUCUACGGAUUUUUGCAAGUUGAGCUCUUAAGUUGAACGUGGCUGUGCGAGUCACGGAGCAUUAGAGCAGACAGUUCAUCCAGUUCAUGGAGUCAGGACAGGAGCUAUUUUUGUGGCCGUUGUUUGAUGGAAACUGUCCCUCCCUACAGCCCAGUCAGAGCCGGAGACAGAUGAAGUGGUUCCUUGGCUGCUGUCCGGGCAGGAGGCGCACCUGUCCGCCGUCCACACGCUGAGGCGCCGCGGUCAGCGCUCCUUGGACGUCCCGGGGGGAGGGCACCGUGACCCGGGUCAUAUAAUACUGUCAGUGCCUGCUUUUGGAAGGACUCUGUAUUUAAACCUGACGCGGGAUGGUGGCUUUCUCUCUGGGGACUUUGUGGUGGAGGAGAGGCGCAGGGAGCAGCCCGCAGCUGUGAGCCGCUUAUCCACCCAGCAGCGCUGCUUUUACUCCGGAUUCAUCGUCAACCACACGGACUCUCUGGCAUCCGUGAGCACCUGUGGAGGCCUGGUAAAUCCAUCUCCAUUCUUAUGUCAUGCAGUUCAAGCAGCUGAGCUCCACGCUGUAAAAUGUAGAUCCAUGAAAAGGCAGGUUGUCUCCAUGUUAAGUGGAGUUCCUCUGAGCAGGAGUUGGAGCUCCUGUCUCCUCAGCUAUUGCAGUUAAUCUGUUAACCCCCAUCACCUGCCUGUUUGAAAUCCCAGGGUGCAGACAAACACUCUUUAACUCCACAGGCUUUCUUUUAAAUGCUGGUGGAGAUCCCAGAUUUCAAAGAUAACUCUGUGUGGCUCAAUUUAGACACAACAUGUUUAGUUUUUCCUUUUUUGGGUAACUUUUUAACAACUUCAGUCAACUCAGCUCGGAGGGGGAACACACAGCAGGAAAUCACAGCCUAGCGGUUAAUCAAACACUAUUUACGAGUCCCUCCUGUUUAGAGCUCUUAACUACAUCUCACAGUUUACAACCAGCAUCAAGAGUGGAUCUGGGUGAUUGGAUCAGAAGUGCUUGUUUAACCACAUUCACAUUCUCAUUCAUGUUCAUCCGUUUAACCUCUGAAGGCCCCUGCAGAGGAAAGGCCUCGACAACCACACUAAGAGCAGGUUCAACUCGGCAUGAAUCAUGGCGGGAAGCAAUCGGGUUGACCUUUAGGGGCAGUGUGCAGUGAGGUGCACUGAACCUUGAGGCAGCACCACUCAAACGGCAUUGUGGAAAGCAUUAAUGCAUUGAUGAGGAAAAUUCAAAAUGUGAUUAUGUUUGGGGACAAAUUCAGCAGGAUGCUGCUGUUAUUUAAGGUCAUCCCCUUUAGAGUCAUGGUCUCCAAAAGAGAUUUACGAUUGUAGCCAAAAUGAUAACCAUGUUCAUUUUAUCAAUAUUGAAGUAACAAGUAUUAAUCAAGAUUGUUAAUUUUAGGGAAUUUAUCCCACUGUUUAGCAAAUGAUAUUAUCUGCAUCUGACUUAUUUCCAGGGCUGGACAGAGACCAAAGAAAAAUCUGCUCUGUUUUUUUGGGGGCCCCAAAGACUUAGUCAAAUCAGGCAUCAAACAGCAUCAAAGAGCCUAAAGGGCUGAGUGAGAUGGCCUCAAAUCGAUAUCACGAUAUAUUGACUAGUUCACCUCAAUAACAAUAAAUGGACAAUAACUACACCACAAUCUGCUCAGCCCCUACCACAUUAAUUUUGUCUACUUGAGCCGCUACAACUUUUGAACCGUCCUCCAUCUCCUCACCUGUCUUUCCCUCUUUGUUAUGGACUGGAUGGGGUGGAGUCACGUUUCUGACGUAGGACAGCGUCUUAAAGGGACAUGAGACCAUAGCCUACCUACACACAUCCAAAACCAACUUUUUUAAAUUUAUUUUUUGACACCGAAUAUACCAAUAUGGGCAAAAUGACGUAGGUCAUUGAUGUAAAUAUCAGUAUCGGUAAAUUUUCGGUUAAUCGCCCAGCCCUAGCCUGAACUGAUAUUCAAUCUGAGACUUGGGAUUGAAACUUUAAUAUUAGUGAUGCACAAUAUGAAAAAUUUCAACCGAUACCGAUAACCGAUAAUUUUCUUCUUCUCAUGGCCGAUACCGAUACCGAUAACCGAUAAAUACAUAUUUUUACAUUUAUCAUAAUCUUCAUAUAAUCUGCAGUUUGUGCAGGAUGCAGCGAUUGAAAACGGAUAUUUUUGUUGCUCUGGCCUAUCUAGAACAACAAACAAAAGUUUUUGGCUCUUCAAAUGUGGUCAUUUGCUAUACAUAACAAUAACAGAGCAAAAAGCAGAACUUCAUUUGAUCACCUGAACUGUUCAACAGUACUGUAAACUGUAAAGGAGCCAUUAUGAGCCGUUAGGCUUAGCCUGCUGACCGGACUAACAUCUGACGUCCAUAUGUCUGUGGUAAAACUCACGUGUAGUCCGUUCUUGUCGAUCAGGUUGUGAAUGUAUGUGGCGACAAUAUCAUAGAGUGCAGGAAGAGACACAUCCGAGAAGAAGCGGCGGCUUGGGAGAGUGUAAUGUGGCUCCAAGUGUGCUAUGAACUUACGAAAACCCGGGUUCUCAACGACGGAAAAAGGCUGGUCGUCGACCGCUAUGAACUCCAUCACUUUGUCGUUAAUGGCUUUAGCCUUUUCGCUGUCUCUUGAGAAGCUUUUGCAGUUUUCAAACGCCUGCUGAAUGGGGACAUCGAUCCUCCGUAGUGUUGUUGUCUUAGCUUUAGUACCGCUAGCAGCUUCGGCGGCUGUCUCAUAUUCUUUUAAUACCGCUUCGCCGCGAUGGCGACUUUUCAGAUGAGCUAUCAGAUUCAUUGUGUUAAAACUUGAUGUCUUCUUUCCUCCUCUUGGAAUCCUCGCUGAACAGGUUUUGCAUAUAGCAAUGCUGUUGUCAUCUUCUGCCACUGAGAAAAACGACCAUGCUGGUGAAGACAUUUUAUUAUCUGUCAGGCAGUGACGGGGUCAGGCUUGGGACCUGCGAGUAAGGCUUGAUAGACGACGUAACCAGCACGAUCUCGGACGGGCGGCUACUCCGCCUGCAAACGUUACUCGUAAUUUCAUUAAUAUAUCAGAUCUUUCUAUCGGAAAAAUGCACCUAUCGGACCGAUAAAAAAUGACGUAAUUUUCCCCCAAAUCGGCCGAUAUUUUAUCGGUCCGAUAAAUAUCGUGCAUCCCUAUUUAAUAUCUUGCAGUACUGCAGACCUUUAAGUCACUAACUGCUUUGAUGGGAAACCUCACCUCAAACACUUGUUGAUGGUGCACCCGCUCUCUUAACGCUCUCUCUCUGUCCCUCUGCUUUACUAACACACUCCUUAUCCUCCUACUCUCAGCCCGUGUUGGCUGCAGUUUUUCUGCAGUCAUAGCUCUGGAUUGUGAAGGUAUGUGUCAUCAUCAUUGUCAGCCGGCCUUGUCAAUAUGUGGCUCACCUGUAACCAUGGUUGAACCACCAGGACAGCAUUUAGAAAACCUAAUUUGUACUUUGAUGAGUUAGAGUCCAGAAAGAGAAGAGGAAGAGUAGGAGAAGCCUGUUAUUAGCUGUGUUUACAUGGGCACAAAUAAUCGGAAUAAAUGCCUGAUUGGAGUAAAAAUUCUUCACGUAAACAUGUUGAUCGGAAGAUUCUGAUCCAAUUUGACUCAAUCGGAAAGAAAUUGUAUUCCCAUCAAGAGGGGCAGUUUAUGCUGAUCGUUAUUAUGAAACUCGUCCAUGUAAACACUUACUCUGAUCGCGACUCUGUUACCUGACUCUAUCUUUACUCUUGAGCCUGAUUUAUUUGGCUAGUGGAGGAGGUUUCAUUAUUAACACUGGUAUAAAACACAACCGCAGGUGCAGUGUCUGCUCCUCCGAUAACAUAACAAGGCAUACACACAGCGUAAUAAUGUCACAUCUGCACGCACAGAACAACCUUUGACAGAACAGUAAAAUAAGUGAGCAAGGGCGCCAUCUAGUGACAACAUUUAACAGGGGGAAAACUCAACUCCGACUCGGCUGCCACUUUUACCUAUAUUUUUUUAUUUAUUUAUGCAUAUGAUGUACUUCAUUUUUACCCUAAAAUAAAAAAAUGCAAUGUUUUUUCAACAUGUUUGGUUUUAUUCAGACAGGAGUGGGACAGGAGUGGGAGUAAUUUUGAGUAGGAGCGGGAUGGGAGUGGGAGUCAUUCUACGGAGUGGGACAGGGCAGUAUUAAUUUUUUUACUCCGGCUGGGGAUAAGAACGGGACGGGAUUUUUUUCUCUGGGAGUGGGACGGGACAGGAGUGAAAAUCCGCUCCCGUGUCAUGCUCUAGUGAGCGGCUACCGCAUUUGUUGGUAUGUUGACAGCACAGGCGUAAAUCCAGCUCUUCUUCUUCUGCGGUUGAUUUAGCAAAAUUAGACAACUGGGCAUAUCCAAAUGCUUCUAAUCUGGAUGAAGCUUGGUGCAUGUAUACACAUGACAUGAUAGGAUUAUUUGUUUCUGCACCCAUAUAGCAGUGGAUUCAGAUCACCCGAUCCCUUUAAUUUUUAAUCUGAUCAAGAAAUUUUGCACAUGUAAACAUGGCUAGUGAGAGUUGCAGGCUAAGUUUGUACAUCUUUCUCAUCAACCGUUAACAGGAUACAAAUCUAAAACACUGACUGGCUAAUGUUUUGUCUUUAAUUCUGUUUAAUUGUGUGUCUCAUCAACUUUGCAGCCCUAUUGUAGUCUAAAUGGUAUGACAAGGAGACUUACAUUUUGUCAAUCAAAUCUUUCCUUUUUAAAGCACCCCUGAAAUAACUCAUCAGGGUUCAUCAUUCAAAGAGUUUUCCAGAGAAACUGGAGUUUUCUGCUGAGCUCUCCUUCUCUCCAAAAUAAACUGACCUUGUGAUGGACACAGGACACCAGGGGGGGAUGAGUUUGCUCUUCCAUUUUACUCAGGAAUCGUCCCUCAUAGGCUUUUACUACCUGCGAAAUGACAUCAGAGGGUUUCCAUCUUCACCAAACUAACAGAUGUAGUUCUAAACACGACCAAAGAUGCCAAAUGAAUCAGUUUAGAGGUCAAAUUCAGUCUCAAGGUGCUCUGUAGUGUGGCUUUAGGCCUUGAGAAGAGAUGUCGCUAACUGCAGCUUGUUCAGCCGAUAGUUUCAGAUCUACUCAUCUGGUUGGGAGAUACUGUAAAAAAAGCAACAGUGAUGUUUCAUAAAAAAGAGAGAAAUCUUUGGAUGAAUCUUCAUGAUGAAAAGAAAAAUAAGUUAGAAGUCAAUCCUGUCCUGACUGCGCUUUCAGAAACAGUCAACUGAGUCUUAGUGUUUCAUUGUAGUCCUGUCAGACAGAGCAGCAAAGGACAAUUCUCUCUGUUGAAAUAAAACAGGUAGAGGUUUAGUGUUUCUCUCCCACUACGCUCUCUCCAUCUCUGCUCUGCUGCUCUGUUACAGAGCCUGACCUCUCUGUGGAGGAGGGUUGAAGAAAAUAUGAAUUUCCCCCACUGUGACCAGUGAAGUUCCACAUUAGCUGAGGCAUUUGGAUGAGGCUCUUAUGUAAAGUGAGUGCUCAGGUAGGAGUGGAGGCUCAGAGCUGGACUCAUCAGCAGAAACAGACCUGCUCUGAGGGAGGACUGUGCUCUUUUACAUCCCCUAAACAUCCCCACAGACAGUUUCAGCAUCCGGCUGCUCUGCUAUGAAACACAGACUGUGUCCCUGACUUCAAAUUUAAUAUCAAAAAAGAGCACUCUUUUUUUUUUUUUAACCUGCAUUGCUGUUGCAGAAAUCUGUGAAACAUGUUAAAUUGAAUGUGAUGCAAAACAAGCAGAAAGCUCAGGGGAUGAAAGAUGAAGCUGCUCAAAGGUGCAAAAAACUGCAGUACCUUAAACAUCCACAUGAGGCUGGCCACAAAAGCUCAGGUAAUCCAAUAUAAAAAUGAGCAUUUUUGAGUAAAAUUUCCAUGUUUUAAUCAUGCACACCAAUUAGGGGUGAUUUUUUUGGGAUGUAGUGUAUCAUGUCAUUGUCUAAGAUGUUAAGACACUCACAUACACUCACAUACAGUGUGUUUGUUAUGGUUGCAGAGUAGCUUUGGUUCCCUUUUUUAUUUGACUUGUUAAAUCAGCAGCUUGUUUUCACCUGCAACUCUUCUCCGCCCCCUAAUAUCCCUCCCCCACAUGGGAUAAAUUUCCUGAUCUUUAUACCAGUGGAUAAAAUGGAUUGUGUUAGUGCAGCAGCAGCAGCAGCAGCAGCUAUGAGCAUCAGUGACUUUGGAGGAGGAAACAGGAGAUGUUCAUCGUUAAUUCACCAUCUGAUAAAUCUGAACCCCAGGAUGUCAGGAAAGUUUAAAUAAUGGCGAAGAAGAUCGACUAAAUUUGUUUGUGUACAACCCUGAGUUCAAUAAAGUCAGGGACACUGAUUUUCAUGACUCGAUGUAAGCUUAUUACUGCACCCACAAAUACGGACUGAAUCUGUUCUAUGUAAAAAGGAUAUCAUAUAAGAUCAAGAUCCAGAAAUCCCGGUGAUGUACAGUGGAUAUGAGAAGUCUACACACCCCUGUUCAACUGCCAGAUUUUAGUGAUGUAAGAAAAUGACAGCAAGAUAAAUAUUUUCACUUUUUCCACCUUUAAUGUGACCUAUAACCUGUACAAUGCAAUUGAAAAACAAACUGAAACCUUUAAUCUUAGGUUGAUCUUAUUCCAGUGAAGCCAUUCUUUUGUUGAUUUAGAUGUGUGCUUUGGGUCAUUGUCGCGCUGAAAGAUGAAGUUCCUCUUCAUCUUCAGCUUUCUAGCAGAAGGCUGAAGGUUUUGUGCCAACACUGACUGGUAUUUGGAACUGUUCAUAAUUCCCUCCACCCUGACUAAGACACAAGUUCCAGCUGAAGAAAAACAGCCCCAAAGCAUGAUGCUGCCACCACCAUGCUUCACUGUAGGUAUAGUGUUUUUUUGGUGAUGAGCAGUGUCGAUUUUGUGCCAAAUAUACCUUUUGCAAUGAUGCCCAAAAAGUUCAACUUUGGUUUUAUCAGACCAUAACACAUUUUCCUACAUGCGUUUGGGAGAUUUCAGAUGUCUUUUUGCAAAAUUAAGCCGGGCUUUGAUGUUUUUCUUUGUAAGAUAAGGUUUCCAUCUUGCCACCCCAUAGCCCAGACAUAUGAAGACAGCAGGAGAUUGUUGUCUCAUGUACACAGCCAGUACUUGCCAGAAAUUCCUGCAGCUCCUUCAGUGUUGCUGUCGGCCUCUUGGUAGCCUCCCUGACCAGUUUUCUUCUUGUCUUAUCAUCAAUUUUGGACGGAUAUCCUGUUCUUGGUAAUGUCACCGUUGUGCCAUAUUUUCUCCACUUGAUGAUGACAGUCUUUACUGUGUUCCAUGGUUUAUUUAAUUCCUUGGAAAUUCUUUUGUAGCCCUCACAUGACUGAUAUCUUUGUACAAUGAGAUCCCUCUGAUGCUUUGGAAGCUCUCUGUGGACCAUGGCUUGUGCUGGAAGAUGUGGCUACAAAAAUGUCAGGAAAAGCAACUAGAACAGCUGAACUUUAUUUGGGUUUGAUCAGAGGCACUUUGAUUGAUGACAGGUGUGUGCUGACUCCAACUUUAACCUGAGUUUUAUUGUUAUUGGUUAAAUCUGAACACAGCCACAUCCCCAGUUAUAAAAGGGUGUGCACACUUAUGCAACCACAUGAUCUCACAUGAUCACCUCCCUGAAGAUUUCUGUUUGUUUUUCAAUUGUGUUGUACAGGUUAUAGGUCACAUUAAAGGUGGAAGAAUUUUUUAUACAUAACAAAAAACCUGGCAGUUGAACAGGGGUGUGGACUUUUAAUAUCCACUGUACCCGUGCCCAAGCCCACUGACCAAGUCAAAGCAAAAAUGUCUUCUAGUCUGAUGCAUCAUAGUCUGACUCUGAUGUUCUUUUAGGAAAUCUUAGACCACAAGAGCCUCUGCUUAACAGGGAGAGGAACCCCUGAAAACAUCUGCUGCAUCAUGAAUCAACCAUACAGCAUAUGUACGAUUCUGAUUGGCUGCAGGGUGUCAGUUUAUUCCCCACGGUACAAGCACAAGCUUUAACAGAGAGGCUGAUGCAGGCGGGUUCAGUACUGGAACACUGUCCUCUCUAUGAAGACAUUCAAUAAAUCAGCUGCUAUAGAUUUAAAUUCAGCUGGAGCUAAUUUAAUGCUGGCAGUGACCAAAGUACAUAGUUCACUUGUUUUGAAUUCUUUACAGUCUUAUUUUUCAUUGAUUUAGAUUUUUGUAUGUUUUAUUUUGAUUAUUUAUCUUUAAGUAUUCUGUACCAAAGAUACUGUAGAUCUAUCUAUAGAUAGCUGUCACUUUUCCAGCAGUUAGAGACAUCCCUCCAGACACAGCUAUUUCUGCAUGCUUGUGAGACCCCUUUGUUUCUUUUUUUCAUGUGUAUUAAAAGCAAAAUGCAUUUAUCUGUUUCUGGAUCUGUAGAAAUGCUCCAGUCCACAUCUUCUUGGCCAACAGGAUUUGUUAGCUGUGUAGCUCAGCUGGGAGCAGUGACUGAGUCCAUGCAUUAACUUUUGACAUGCCUCUCUGCAGUAGUCAGAGCAGCUCUCUUCACUCUGACUGCACUGCCUGUGCUUUGUUUCUCCUCUCUGACAGUUUGCUGUUGUUGUUGCACAUCUAGCUGACACCAAUAAUGAGGUUAUUGUUGUCAUGCACUUAAAAUAUGUGGAUCCACACUGUCCAGGCAUCAAUGAAAAAUAACAGCAUGAAUUUCAGUGAUAACUAAGUUAAACAAGUGUAUUUUCGCAAUAAUGAUAAGGAUAAUAGUAUCUGUAUGCUUUUGUGCCACUAAGCUCAUUGGUUCUCAAAUAUGCUCAUUAGUCGUGUGUUAUUACCAUCAUCUUUAGAAAAAUCAAACGUUACUCUGUUUCAAAUCUUACUCUCUAAAAUAAUUAAUUUAGGUUAAAAUGUCUCUAAGGUCACUUUAAUGUGUUUUCUGUUGGUUAUUUUCCUUUGCAAGUCACUUCAUGAUGGUGUACAUUGCCUUGUAAGUGACCAUCAGUGGUACAUUAGUAUUCACUGUGCAUCUACAUAGGACAUGUCCACAAUAUAGGAUAAAAUGAUUAUUACUUAUAACUCCCACCACACUACAAAAUACAUAAAAAAAAUAUUUGCAUAGAAUAGAAAAUCACUAUUCCUCUGAGCUUUGACUGCUCUCUUUAGAGUCUUUCCAUUUGACUUCACAAGCUCUGGAUUUCCUUUGACACAAACUUAAGUCUUAAGCCUCUUUAGGCAAACCAGAAUCAGAUAUUUGACACAGUUGGGUAAUAAAAUGAGAAUUAAAUCAAUCAAUUAAUCAAAUUUCAUUUACAUAGCGCCAUUUCACAACAGUCGUCAUCCCAAACGCUUUUCAAAGAAAAAGAGCAGAUCUAGACCACGCUCAUCGUUUGAUGAAUUAUCAAGACCCAACCUUAGGAUGGGACAGAUUUGGCCCAUUUCAUCUAACAUGAGUGACAGUGGCAAGGAAAAACUUAAUUUAACAGGCAGAAACCUUUGGUAGGACCAGACUCAUGCGAGACAGCCACCAUGCCGCUGCUGGGUUGGGGAGGAAUACAGAGAGAUAGGGAGGGAGAGAGAGAGAAGUAGGAGAGAGGGCAGGGGGAGAGAAAGAGAACAAGGGAGAAGGAAGGAGAGAGAAUGAGUAAGGGUGAGGGAGGGAGAGAGAAUAGAGAAUGAGGGUGAGAGAGAGAGAGAGAGAGAGAGACGGGGCAGCAGCAAUAUUAAAACAACAACAACAGCUCAUGCAAAGUUGUGAUUGCAGAGCAAGUAAUUACAAAUUAAAGGGGCCCUACAUUUGUGCCCUAGGGGAUGUCACAUUAAAUGAGAACAAGAAAUGAAGAACACCUUUUUGGGGGGUGCUGGGAGUGACCUAUCUUUCAGGUAGGAAUGGUGGUCCCUCUGUUGAACCUUUUUCAGAGGUUUUUGAUGUCCAAAGUGGAAAAAAGAAAAACAUGAAGGUAGUUAAGAUCCAUCUAGCCUCAGUUCCCAUGGUUUAACAUACUCUCUGUUCCUAUAUAAGAUACAAAAAUAAAAAAGCUUUAUGCCUGAACUUUUCCCAAACAAACAAUUUAUACAACCACUUUGCACCUCCAAGAGUCGUUUCUGCAGCAGAGCUCUCCAGAUUCAGACACAGAGCUUGUGUUUUGGGCUGUGGUACAGUACCAAACAUGGCAACCUCAGCUGAAUGAAAAAACUUAUAGAAACUGCACAGCACCCAGUCUUUGUCUCUGUACUUUCUAUAGGAGCUGACAUGGAAACAGGCACAAACCCAUGGUAGGCAUAAGAGGAUUAUUUUUUUCUGCCCAUGAGUUUGAAGGGUCAGUCAUGCUGUCGCUGCAGGUUACAGCAAAGCUAAGCACUUCCCAAACACCUGUGUAUCCUACUAUUCAUCUCCUCGUGAUUUCUCACAGUUUGUAUAUCUCUGUUUUGUGCACAGACUGGGCUGAUCCAGAUUGGGGAGGACAGCCUGUUCAUUCAGCCGCUGGGUGAAUAUGACCCGUCACAGUCGUUCUCUGGACUCAAACACCGGCUGCAGCGACAGCGACGCUCUACAGAGACCAGCUCUGCUCCAGAUGCUGACCAGCCCAUCUACUGUGGGACAGUACAAGGUGAGAGAGAGAGAGAGAGAGAGAGAGAGAGACCAUGGAUUUUUUGGGGCCAAUGCCAAUACCGAUUAUUGGGGGGGGGGGGGGGGGGUCUGAUUACCAAUUAAUCGUCCAAUUUUUUUAACUUUUUAUGAAGUUAUAAAAAUUAUAUAGUAUACUGUAGAUAUCCUGUAGAUAUACUGUAGGCUACUGCUCUUCACGCCGACAGGAAGACCGAUUGAUCAUCUCAUUAAUAUUCUAUGUAUUUAUCAUGAAUCAAACUCGGAUCAGAAAAACGUUUUCAACUACACCCCCCACUGCCUCAGUAAGAGAAGUAGCUCGAUCACGUAAUGUGUACUGUUGUUUAUUCUGCCGUGACUGGCGCAACUAACAGUGUAGCAAGGCUAAUAGCAGGUGGCUGACUCUAACUUUAGCUUGCAUAUUACAUGGUGCUUCACUGUUAACUUGCCGUGACCGAGACCAGCACAGCGGGGAACAUCGUGAAGUGGGUUGAACUGAAACUUGUUGACUUUUUGUGUAUUUCACAAACUAGUUUAUUUACCGUUGAGGUGGACCACUCUCCUCUGUGCGUCCCUGUCACUCUGAUGUGCUGUGAGGUAGUUAGUGGAUGAAGAUUGUCAUGAGGUCACUGCGCCAUCUACAGGAUAAGUCGGGGAACUUUUCAAAUGGCGGAACAUUUUCGGAGUGAAACUGAAUCUUAUUCUCCGCAUUUUAUUUCUGAAAAUAUCGGCGAAAACCGUCGAGUUUUGGCCGAUUACAGAUUAGUCUCAAACGGGCUAAAGUUGGCCGAUUUAAUCGCUCUAAUUUAGACCAAAAUAUACAAUGAGAGCUCCACUGCUGGUGUGUUCCCCUUUGCUGCACUUUGUUAAAAAGUUUCCCUGCAUGUGUCUUUGUGUAAAUUUUGUACUGCUGUUAACAUUCAACUUCCCUAAAUCAUGGCUCUGGACACUCAGGACUUAUUACACUCAUAAAAGGGAUCUCAGAGCUUAAAGUUAGGUACAGGCUGUACUUUUCUGAUACAAGAGGGAGCAUAAUGGAUGAAUCUCUGACAGACUGUAUUUUAUUUCAUAACCAUCAAAUUAAAGAGGAUGGGAUUGGUGUAAUUUCCAGAAUCUGGCACACCUCAAAACCCCUAGACAAUCUUUCAGAUGUUCCCGCAGAGCAGUACACUUGCAGUGAGAGUGAAGCCGGCCUGGCUCUUGGCUUCCCUCUCUUGAAGGGGACAGUUGAACAUCCGUGGAAAGCCGUGCUGAUAAAUCAUAGGUUUCAGAGCUGCGUUUACUGCUUUGUGAUAGGCUUUGAUGUUCAUUCAGCUCCAGUGUGUUGUCAAAGAGGCUGUGAGGAAUGCAGAUGUUUCCUCAUUUAAUGUGGAUCUUCUCUCUGCAGAGUUCUUGUCGGAACCUGCUGAGCCCCCUCACUGUUAACACCAUCAAACACAGAGCAAACUCACUCUGAUCUUUUACAUCACUGAUGUGCAUGUUUUACUAACCUUUGGCAUGUCUUUUCCAAGAUUACAGUGAGAGGAAUUUACAGUACAGUGAGAACAUUAUUUGGCUUUACUUUCCACAACUGAGGCAAGUUAGAGAUAGUGACCUGGGGGUGGAAAAAGUUAGUAUAAUACCCCCCAAAUAAAAAACAUAUACUGUAUAUGUGCAGCUCACUUUUAAGCACAUUGACUGCAGCAACAUUAACAUCCCGCCACAUUAAAAUGAUGCCACACAAGGCUCGACCUUGAGGUCAAAGGAUGAAAGAACUUCCGUAAUGCUGUGAUGUUAGUUUGCAGCCAUCCUGAUACCUGAAGCAAGAAAAGCAGAUGUGUAUGCAGAUGUUGGUAUUAUUUCUUACAGUUUGAUAUUUUAUGGCAUAACUUUGCAAAAGUAGCUCUAUGCACCCUCAAGAAAUGCACUGUCACUCACAUAUAUGAAAUUGGGUGUGCAUAUAUGUCAUACUAAGACCUACAAAAAAUCCUCUGUAACCAUUAACCCAGCAGGACUUCUACCAUUUAAUUUGACUGUCCUAUUUCUAGUGAUAAACAGGUCACCUUAGGAUGGACUUGUUCUUGGGGUUUCAUCUGAUGCUUAAUCAGGUCAGUGAGUUGUGGCAACUCUCAGGAGGAAAAGCUAUCACAGGAUGUGUUCCUGGAGGCUUGUCAGACUUAAAUCUCUUGUCAUGAAACAGGAAGUUGGCUCAACUCCUUCAUGAAAUGUACGAUCUGGUCCAGUGUUCAUAUACAUGAUCAGGGGCAACCCAUGACAGAUUUAUAAACUGGUUUUUAUAUAGCCAUACAACCACUCGUGGGCACUGGGAUAAUGUGACCAGAGUUGCAACAUUUUCUGGUUAAGGCUUGUGCUGCUAAAUGACACAUGUAUUCUGACAGUCUCAGUCUGAACAGAUCUAUUUCUACAUAUGGUUCAUGGUGGAAGCAACACCAACUGCUGCAUAGUCGCUGCAGCUGCACAGCCCAAAGCUUUGAUCCACCUUAGGGUUGCAGCACACCCCAUUAAGCAUAAAGGUGUAAGGGCCUGUCAUCACCCUUGCACCUAAAAUGUAGUGGUGACUUAUACAUUUAGUAUUUUUGUCAUCAGUAAUGCAACAUUUAUACUUGUGCAUUAUAUAGACAUAUCUUCACCAAAAAUCUUUCAAAAUAUACUCACUUUCAGACAGUGUGUCAACAGUGGUAUAGCUUUAAAAGGGCCAACAAGUACCAGAGGUUUUCAGGAACAGUCCCUUCCCAUUUAGAUGUCAAAAAUUGCAGGUGAAAGAGUUUCAGCUAGAGUUCACAAUGAGGCAAGGAGUUCCGGUACUUAAAGCUAACAAAUAGCUUUAAGUGCUGCAAUGAUCUCAGCUGUAAUGCUCAAUGUGCAUCAACAUGUUAUAGGCAAGGCAGUUUAUUUCUGUAACACCAUCCAUACACAAGGCAAGUCAAAGUGCUUUACAGAUGCAAGGAAAUUUAUUGGAAAUGAAGAAGAGAAAUUAAAACAACUUAAAAUCAAUAAGACAGAAUCAUUAAUUUUUUCGUCUGUUCUGUGUUAGCCCUAAUUAUUUAUGAAAACUGUUGUUUCCUAUCAGACCUGGAGCUCCAAGGCUUGACGGGUCCCCAAGACCUCAGUGCACAGUGGGUCCCUGACUCAGAGCUUCCCAGCCUUUUACCUGUUCUUCCCAUUUCAUAAGUAAUGAAAAAAAAUGUCAUUGCAGAACUUGAAAGGGAUCCCACCGAACCCCCUUUCAGCUGAUAGAAUAAGAUAAGAUAUUCUUAUUAAACAUAAGAUAUACAGAAUAUGAGUGUUAUUUACAGCUGUUAUGUACAUGCUCAAUAUAUUACAGUUGAGGUACAUGAGUGAUAGGCUAUAUUACAGUUGAGUGUUUUUGCAUGCUAACUCUGCCGUUCAAUAUUUUAUGUUUUUUUCAAACAUAAUUUAGGAUCAAGAUGACUAAUAAAAGUGAAAAGUUUAGGAAUCACUCCAGUAGAGUACUACAGCCUGCGUCUCUUACACUGACACCUUAUCUUUAGGGUAAAAUAUCCCAUCCACAGGGUUUCCUCUAAAAUUGCUUACUUUUGCAACUUCGAAUCCCCCAAGUUUUGGACAACAUAACAUUACAGUUUUUUUGGAAGCAGUAACAGCUGUUCAAUCGCUCCUUUUCACAGUAAAAAUGUAAACAGUAGUUUAAGCUUACAGUCACAGGUGUUGAAGCUUCACUGCUGCCUUUAUCGUCCAGCUGUUGGGAGUCGUAUUGAUACUAUUUCAACAUUGUUUUGACUUUCUUUGGUUAAAUCACAGAAAUAUAUUUUUUUGUUGGUUUCUUAGGGCUGCAGUAAGAUGAAUUUCAGCUCACUUUAGAGCCAAUUUAUUAUUUUUCUUAUAUCAAAUUAACCACCAUCAUGCUGUGAUAUAGAAGCCAAGCAACGACCUUACGUUGCAGACAGGGAUUUAACGCUGUGUUUUAUUCUGUGCAAUGACAAUUAAAGAAAGUCUAAGUGAAAUGUUGGAUACAGUGAAACUGAGACUCGCUGGAAACAGAUGGACAGGUGCACCACAGCUAAAACAGAACACCAGUGGUUGGUGUCCAUUAGAGGAAUCUUGGUUCUGAUCCAAGCUAACAGGCCAUCAAGCUGGGCACUGGUCAGCCUUAAAUGACUGUGGGCAGCAGAAAAGUUCAUCCAAGUUCCGGCUCAUUGAGAAGAAGGAGACAUUAGAUCAGCUGAGAGUUCAGGGGCAAGGGUGCACCAGCUGCUGGUGUGAGUGUAACAUUACAUCUGACCGACAGCUGAGAGUGAAUGCAAGUGUAAUGUUGUGACAUGUGCAUCAGUUAGACUUCAGUCCUGUUGAUGACGCACAUUGAUAUUGACUGAACAGCACACAAGAUGAGACUGGCACAGUUAGUCCUGGUGUGCUCAGUAUAUUAUGUAUUUAUUCAUUUAUGCUUUAUUUGUGUGGAAAAUAUGCAAUAUACAGAUAUGUAUUUUUGGAACAGUCAUCAGAUGCAAGAUUUUGCGUUUUCCUUGGGGGGAAAAGACACAUCCCGGGGAAGACUUUUCUGGGGGAAAGUCCUGCCUCCUUCGCCUCUGAUUGGGUAGGAAAGCUGGAAACGUCGUCACAUGCUCAAGCCAAACGGUCAGCACUUAUAGCCAAUCAGAGGCGAAGGAGGGCGGGACCGUCCCUUAACAACCAGCGCCCCGGGUGGAGGCAAGAAGACAAAAAUGGAGUCUACUUUAACUUCAAGUGAUGGCGAAUUGGUACUCCUUUUGCCCUCUCAAAAGAAAAGGAAACGUAGCACAUGGGUGCAUCCAAUAUUACAAAAAAGAGAACUUGGUGAGUUUCACUGCUUGGUUCAGGAGCUGAAACUGUACCACAAUCGCUGAUUGUUUUCAAUUCUGAUUAGACACUUGUGUUGAAAUGGCUUUCUGUCAUGAUAGCAUGCACUGAGUUGGGGCCAGUAGCAGAUAAGCACAUGAAACUAUGGUAACAACCGUUAGCUUACGUUAGCACAGAUGAAAGUUAAAACAAAGACAUCUAGCAAACUGUUAAAGCACACAAACCAUCAUCAUAUGAGAAAUCCGACGCUUUGACUCUCUACAAGUUGUUAUCUUUGUAAUAUUUGUGUCUUUUAAAAAAAUGCACUCUGUUUCCAACACGUAAACAAUCAGCCUGUCGGAUAUGUUGGAUAUGUUGGAUAUGUUGAAUAUACCUGUGAAUCAGAUGUCGCAACAACACGCAAUCUGAUUGUCAGAAGUGGACACACAGUUUGCGAAACUUUAAAAAAAAAAUGCUGCAAUAUCGCUGAUGUGAACGCUUGUAUUGACAGGAUACUGGUUCGAAAAAAAAUAUUGACGUCCAAAAUAAUCGCACGACAGAAACUGUCCUGGUGUGAAAGGACCUUAAGAGUAAAACAGUAGUGAAUGCAAACAUGGGUAUUCACUUGAUUUUUACACAACAUAGAUGCUGGGUGUAAAACUUUCGUGCAUCAAGGUUGCAAAUUCAGGAUUUUGCUCCUUCCACAGAAAAAGCUGUCUGAGAGAAAGUUUCAAGUUUCAAAAGUCGGUCACAGCAGUCAGGCAAAUUCUGAAGGGCGCUGGUGCACUCAGCUCUAAUAUGAACCCUGACAAAUCACUGUUAAAUACUCAAACAUUACCAGAAGGGCGAGUAUUCACAGGUUGUAUUUCUACCCAUUCAAAAUAAUCAGAGAUGAUCCCUCUAGUGUUGCUCUGUGUCUUUACAAAGGCAACAUGAGACUCCACAUCGGCUCAUCAGGCGGAGUGGGAGUGGGGUGUUGAGGGUAACUGAGAGAGAAGCGGGCGAGUCAGAAAACAGAACAAUUACAGACAAACACAUUGUGGUCUAACGUAGGCGAGUGUGCUGUGUCUGAGGGUUUGCUGUUCUGUGAGCAUGCAGACAAUUAACCCCCCUCUCUGACGUCCUCCACCUUCUCCCUGCACUCAGUCAUUAACUGGAGCAGCCUGACCUUGAGAACUGAGCUGCACCCCCAAAGUUAUAUAACAGCAGCCCAGCUACAGACCACCAGCACUUCUGACAACCUGUACAAAUAAAUUAUUUCCAUAUGUUCAUAACUGGGACAUACACAAAAACUGAGAACUGCUCUUUAGAAGGAAAGAAGAAAAAUGUGCAGAGCUAUGUGUGUAACUCUGUGCGUGUGCUUGCUUGAGUGAGUGUGUGUGCUGCAGUUUCUCAGUGUGUGUUUACAGCCAGUUUACAGAAGAUUGAGUUUUCAAGUUAUACAUCACCAUACUGCAGCAUGUGAGGACACAGCUGAUGGGGAAAGAGUUGUGUAACUUUCACAGCCUUUAUGUCACAAAAUUUAAUUAGUGAGUAAAACUGGAAUGGAGUUCAGAUUUUCCUUAUUACACCUUCUUGGAAGUCUGUCAAGGACAUCCUCAUCAGCACACCUGUGUGACCCCGAGCAGCCAAAUGUUCAGACGGUAAAGGGGGGCUCAGAUGAUUUCUCGAAAUGUAUGUAUGCAUUUAUGUGUAAUCCAGCUGUCCUGAGGUGGGAUGGAUGGAGGGAAAGACCUGAUUAUGAAUUCUUUCCUCUUCAUCCAAGUCUGCCUGGACUCAGCCGCUCCUCCUCAUGUACUCUCUCAUGUCCUCUCCUCUCACUUCUCAUCUCGUCUUGUCUCUUAUCUCCUCUCCUCCUUUGCUCCAAAGUUUUUCCCUGAAAGCUGCCUGACCUCCGGAGAGAACUGUGCAGACUUUAUUUCCAUCAACAACCCGCCUCAUACUCAGAGCAAUUCACAGCAUGAAAAUAUCUACAUGGACGACAUUCACUGUAAAGUUCCAAACAGAUUAGACCAAGCCUAAAAUCAUUCAGGAAUCAGUCACUGGACUGGCCUUUCUUCAACAUAGGAAUCCUCACACUGUUGAGCAGCUGAAAUGCUGCAUCAGGCAAAUAUGGGGCAACAGAAACUGGGCCUCUUGGAUCAACAUACACCUGUCCUAGCUGUCUUAAGAGGACGUAAAACUUUAAAUGCACAUUUAUUUCUUGUGUACAAUCAAUAAGGGCUGGGCAAUAUGGCCUCAGAUCAAUAUCACAAUAUAUUGCAGUUCACCUCGAUAACAAUAAAUGGACGAGAACUACUCCACAAGCUGCUCACCCCCUCCCACAUUAACUUCGUCUACUUCAGACGCUUCUCCAGCCGCUAUAACUUUUCAACUGUCCUCCAUCUCCUCACCUGUCUUUCCCUCUUUGUUACAGACUGGAUGGGUCGGAGUCAUGUCUCUGAUGUAGGACAGAGUGUAAAAGGGACAUGAGACCAUAGCCUACCUACACACAACCAAAACAAACUUUUAUUUAUUUAUUUAUUUGACACUGAAUAUAUUGACAUUGGCAAAAUGAUGUCGUUUUUUGUAAAUUUGGGUAUCGUUAAAUUUUCAGUUUAUUGCCCAGCCCUACAAUCAAGUGUUUUAGUCUCAGUAAUAUGUAAUGUUUCCACUGUUUGCCUCUAAAUAACCCUGAAAAGGAAACAAGACCAUCAACAUCAAGACUUACAUUUAAUUUGUUGUAACUUUUGAUAAUUAAAAACCGUGUGUGCUUGUAGGAUGAUUUACAGCAGACUAAAGAAAUGGCUUUUCUACAAAAAACAAAGUUUUGUUAUGGCAAAUAUUCACAGUUAAUGAUACAUGCCAGUGUUAAAAGAUGAUAGGAUAAGGUUUUUGACUAAAAAGACACGUGCUUUGGUCAAGAGAGGAGAGGUGUAACUUUGUUUAUAGGGGGCGCCAAAACCAACACAAACCAAAAGUUCCUCACAGCAGCUUCACCAUUUUUACACAGGAUGCAAACUUUUUCUUGACGUGAGAUUUUACCGGGGCAGUCAGAAAUAGACUUGAGCAGUCCACCUGUGUAUUAUGAGUGGGACACAAAGGUCUUUGUUGUGAAUUUGUGCUGUUCUAUUAAACAUUGAUUAAUAGAUCGUUAGUAACAUUGAAGACUUCCUCAAAUUCCUUAUGUCCUUUAGCUUCCUCACCUUCUCUUACAUGGUAUCGAUUUCUUUGUAAAUGAUAGAUAAUGAGUUUAUGUGUUGCAUUAAUAUCUUUUGGUCCAAACUUACUCUUAAAACCUCCAAAAUUUCUUUAUAAUACUACAUACUGACCAAUCUUGGUUAUAGUAGACUUUCAGCUCCCAAGAAGAGGUAGAACUUUAUUGAUCCCCGAAAUUCAAUUGUCUGUAGUCUCAUGUGUCAUGUCUCAAGUCAUCUUAAAUGACAGGCUUUAUCAAAGAAAUCUGGCAUUUUUGUAUCAAUGUAACAAUCAUUUCUAAUUAAAGUUCAGAUUUUAUUGAAUGCAGGAAAACUCAGACAGUCCUCAAAGGCCGUUACAGACAUAAUGGGUGCAGGGGGAAAGAAAUAAAUGUUCACAGUGUCAGAACAGGUAGCAUGAAGUGUCCGAAAUAUCUCAUCUAACUUUAACCCUCAUGUCCCUGCCAUACCUUUAGUCAUCACAGUAACCAGAUAAACUGAUAAUAUUUAAAACAACAAUAUUACAGCACUUGACUGUUUCAGUAAAGACAAAUGAUCAUUACAGAACACAUACACUGAAAAAACUCUAAUCAGUCAUAACACCUCAGUGCUCUUCAAAGUCUACAUUACUUGACAGGAUUUUUAUUACAAGCCAAAAUAACAGCUUUAUUUUAACUUUUUACUGACAGUUCCGGCUUCAUUUUUUUCCCCUUUUUAUAUAAAAAAAUUCCACUCAAACAAAUCCACCCUCUUGAAGUGGAGUGAGAUGAUUAAACAGGAAUUUUGUGAAUACACUUAUGAGUCUUUGCAGUGCUGUCACCCUGUGGUUCCUGAUGAUGGGUUUGGGUUCCUAAAAAUGUCAGUUAACGUACUGACUCCAAUCAACUUCUGGUUAAUUCAGACACCAGAAAAGAAAUAGUGUUAAGUUUCAGAGGUGGACAAUAACAGGGUUUCCACCCGAGGUACCUCACUAAGUUUGUACCCCUGAAUUGUCGUCAUUUCCUACCACCAGAAAUGCUGCUUGAUUUAGACCCCGAAUCCCCCAUCAGAACCUGACACUAGAGUUGUGGUCUGAGGGCAGUAGAAAAAAAGCAUCAGGUCUCAAUACCAUGGGGGGGAUUAAAGAUCCCAGAGAGGCCCUCAUUGAGUCCAGGAUCUCACGGCUGCAUUAUUACAGGUUGAACCCCAGAAAAUGAUCCCUGCUUAGGAGAUGGUGUGAUAUAAGUCAGCCUGCGAUGAGUUAGGUACGUGCUCAGAUCCACACGAGAAUGUGAAAAAUGCACAACUCUCUCUUAAUCAUCUCAAUAAGUUUUGAGAAACUCUUUGGUUAGCCGUUUAACAUUUCAGUUAAUCCAAGAAAUUUCAAAACUUUGGCUCGGUCAAACCUUCCAAGGAGCUUUGCAUGAAACAUGAAGUGCAGACAUUUAAAGGUUUUGAGUGUCCUCUUCAUAAAAGUAUCACUGCGAGACGAAAAAAUCCAGUCCUUCAUUCUCAGCUCCUGACCGACAAACACAGGGACGUUUUAAUUAUACUGCUUAAUGAGCCGCCUGUUCGGUGCCGUCUCUGCUAAUGAAAUUCCUGCUUCAUGACUGGAAUCUGAGACCGUCACCCAGUCAGCAGGAAAAGCCAAAGGGAAGUGAAGGCAACAGUGGAGCCUCGGCAUCUGCUUCUUUUACGGCAAGAGAUCAAGUCUGGAGCAGCUUACCUCUGCUCCUGGAGAGAUCCUCUUUCACUGAGUGGGACACAUCAACCAGCUUACUUUGAUUAGGAUUUCCUGAGAAAAAAGAAAAAAAAAAACCUGCAGGACGGUUUCUUAUUCACCCCCUCUGUAGUAGUGCUUCAUGGAAACUGUUCGAAGAAAGUCACAAAUUGGAGAAACUUUGCAGUGCUUCACACCACGAGCCCUUUUUAAGCUGUACAUCAUGAAUGAUCUAAGGGAGUGGCUUCUGAAAUUUUUGUAUUAGCUCUGCAUCAGAUAUAUUAAUGUCAUAAGCAUCAAUAACAUGGUCAGAAAGUGUGUCAAUAAUGCUUUUCAAAAUAAAAGCCAAAUCUGAUUUUCCCUAGAGAUAGAUUCUCCCUUGUUUUCGUACAAUGCUUUUAUUUUGAAAUUGUGUCUGGGAUGCUUAUUUGGUAUAAGAAGAAACUUUCACAUCUCCAAGGCUAUGGUGAGCUUUUGUUUAAGAAAGUGAGAUACUCUGUUAUUUAUUGAAUAGAACCAGGUUAAAAAGAAUUUUACUACUAUUUCUAUCUUCCCCUCUUUCAUCUCUAUGUCCCCUCAGCCAAUGUCUCUGUGGGAACCACCUGUUACAGCCAUAGACUGUACAUACAUGGACGCCGCCUGCCUCUUUGCCGGGUGAAGCUACCUGGAGAACAGCACCCUCUAGUAGCGGGCUGCAGUAUAGAUCAUAAACCCAGCCUCCUCCAGCAAUCCCUAUGGAGCUGUGGACAAACUUUAGAAAUUUAUUAGACAGACUUUUAAUUCCCCCUCUGCCUGGUUGCGAUGUUGACAUGUAGUUACUGUAAGACUGGUUUGUGCUCAAGUCCUCUUUUUUCUGUAUAGCGCCAUUUUUAAAAGUUGUUAGACGGUUCAUGUUUUCUAUGAUUGACACUUGAUACAGCCUAUGGGCGUACAACGUUUACAUAGCUCACCAGGAGGAUACGCUGUUUAAGCAGAGCCUCACCACAGCGACUGCCGCUGAAAGCGAACAACGCUACUGUGCAAGUGGUGGAGUGCAUACUACGCUACUGUACAAUGUUGGUUUUAGCGAGUGGAGAAAAAAACCUUGUACCGAGAGCUUUUGGCUUCAACUACGUAUACUGCUGGAAGGAGGAACCAAGCUGUCCACAGUAUAUACAGUCUUUGGUUAAAGCACAGUAGAUUACUAAUUAUCAUAGCGUUAUUAGUUUUUUUUUUUCGGUCCUUGGCUCUAAUGUUUAUUUAGUGGGGAAAAAAAGAUACCCUCCUGAAAGCUGUGCAUUGUUGUGAUAAGCCAUGAUCCUUGAAUGAGGAUCAGCUGACCACUUUUUGGAGAUGGACCUGGCUUCAGACACAACAAAGCUGGAACUAUGUUAGCAGAUGUGGGGUUAGAAGUUGGACCUCCAUUUGGAUCCCAGUUGUGAAAAAUAAAAAGGAAAUCAAGUGAUUUCACCCACGGAAGCUGGUUUUUUCUUUGUCUUUUUUUCACAAACUUGAUCAUUUAACAGACUUACAUAGUUAAAAUAGUUUGAUGGAGAACAACUUAACCUCCAUUUUGUACUUGCACUUACAGACCUGUACUGUGCCUGCAGCCCCAGUACUCCUGACUUUAAUUCAUGUAGGAUGGUAUAGUCCUUUACAGACCUCUUCUGGACAAAGAGUGUUAGCAUAAAGUUGGUGUCCUGAAAAAGUACUGUUUAUUUCUCAAUGUGGGCAAAGAUUUAUUUUUAUAAGGCAUCUGCAAUAAUACCAAGGACAGAAAGAGCUCAGCUGAGUUGAGAGACAGAUGGAUGAGCUGAAACUGACAAUCUCAGCGCCACCUCUUUGUCUGUUGUUAAGUAAACUGAGAGUUAGUGCUCAACAUUACCAACACGCUGCCUGCCUCUGUCGGCCUCAGUAAACAACAGUUAUAACCGAGGAUCUAAGCGGCAGAAGCAGCAGCUGAUCAGCCUCUGUGAGUCACGAUCCCUUCAGAGUGCAGAGCAGACAGAGUCAGUGUUGGUCCGUUGUGCUUGAGUUGGUUUCACACUUCAAAACACUGUUAUUAGUCUGUACAACUCAAAAACAUCCCUCUGGUUUCUCUGCCUUGUAAACCAGGGGCAGCUCUUUGGUCUUGGGGGGGAUGGGUUCCCACUUAUUUGCACAGGUGGGAUACAGAGCUGCUUUUAUUGGCAGCUCUUAUCUGUGACUCCAGGGCAGUUAGUGUCUUUAUUUCUACCUUAAUACAAAAUUUGUCCUCUCAAAGUUUUUCACUUUGGCAUCCCUCCAUUAGUGCAUGUAUCAUAUUCCUGGUAUAUGUGUGUAGCUUAUGCUCAAUGACAGGGUCUCAAAACCAGUUUUCUUCAUCAUCACCAUCAUCCUCCUCUUCUCUCCUUAACACGACCUGACAAUAUUUGCCCCUCUAGACUCACUAGCAAACAAAACUCCUGGAUCAUGACUUCAUCAGAGAGGCAGACGGAUCAGUUCAUUUCACUUUAUUCUGCAGGAACUCCGUCUGCCUCCAUGCUACUGUUACUUCCAGCUACUUGACGCCGACCAGUGCCAAGUUUAAUGACUUGUUAGAAAGAUCAGGCUCAGUGCAGCUUGGCACCAGGGUUUCUCAGAUGGACUCCCAUUACCAGCAUUCCUUUUCAGCAGUAGAGCAUUUGCCCAUCUGUCUCCAGUGACUGGAAGUGAAGCUUUAUCUGGCUUAUUACUGACUUAAUGAGUAACUCUGAUAGGUUUUUAAUCUGUAAAAAUCCUCGCAUUUGCUUGAUUUAAAUAGGAGCUGCCACCCAUUGCGGAUUAAAAUCCAUUCAAAUCUUUGCAAUGAUGUAACACAGAACAUUUGAAAAAAGUUUUAUCAUCCCAUUUGUGGAGUCCCGCCUGUCAGUGCCAGUUUUUGUUCCCAUCAGUGGAUGGUAACCCUUAUCUUCUAAGCUAGUGUGCCCCUCAUGACUGAGGCCAGCUGCCACUCACAACUAGGGCUGGGUAUCGUGGCCAAUUUCCCAAAUCAAUUUGAUUUCGGCAUAAAGGUCCUAAACCCAUUUGAUUCAAUUCAGUCUGCUCUCAAAUAAUGACUUUAGACUUCAGUUAAUGUUGUGCUCUUUCACAUCAAUCUGACGUAAUCAUGCCACUGCUUCGUUAUGAAUGAGAAUCAGUAUUUCAAAAUUUAAAUGAAACUGAUCCAAAAUCGAGUGAAUAGACUUUUUUUACCCAGCCCUACUCACCACCAUACAACCAAGAUGAUGAAAGAUGGAGAGACUUGAUGAUUAUCUGGAGUCAAAUGCCUCAAAGCCUUUUGAAUUGUUCAACAUUGGAGGUAGGGCCGUAAUGCAGAUUUUAAUUUGAGGAUUAUCAGUGCAGCAGGUUCACAAUAAAAGUACCUGAUGGAGGUAGAUUAGGAGGAUGCAUAACAGUUUCCAUUGAUAUAUAUCUGAUGGUUAAAACUUGACAAAUUGAGGUUAAUUCAGAUUUGUUGAGGGCCACUGAUCACUGAUUGGAGGGACGAACAGAGGAGUGUUUUAAUAAAGAGUAAGACCACUCAGUUUUUUUCACAUUAUUCCCACUUCUACACUGUAUGGCUGUCAGUUUUUCAAAAGAUUAACUUUGGAUGAAUAUUAAACUUGACAUGAUGUUUGCAGACAUUUGAACUUUGCUGUGUUAUUGGUGACGACAUUACCCCAAGACUCUGGCGAGGGGCCCACGAUAAAAAAGGAAGUCACACAAUGUUGCACAUUUUCUGUUAUUUUGUUCUACAGUGGUGCCACCUCCACUGCUGCCACCUAUUUAAUGUGGGUGGUAACUAGGGCCCGACCGAUUAAUCGGCGUGCCGAUUAAAUCGGCCAAAACUCACCAAUUUUCGCUAAUAUUUUCAGAAAUAAAAUGCGGAGAAGAAGUUUCUGUUUCACUUCGAAAAUGUUCCACCAUUUGAAAAGAUCCCCCGACUUAUCCAGUAGAUGGCGCAGCGACCUCAUGACAAUCUUCAUCCCUAACAAAUUAAAAACACUUUUGUGGUCCGAGUUUGAUCUGUCGAUCUUCCUGUCGGCAUGAAGAUCAGUACCCUACUGCAUAUCUACAGGAUAUAGUAUACUGUAGAUAUCUACAGUUUAUAUAUAUUUUUUAUAACUGAAUAAAUAAAUUUUAAAAAUCGACCGAUUAAUUGGUAAUCAGAUCCCCCCCCCCCCCCCAAUAAUCGGUAUCGGUCGGGCCCUAGUGGUAACGCACCUUUGAGCCUGCAAACUUAACAUUAUUGAGUAAAACAGCCCAGUAAAAAUACAGUGUAAAUACAGCCCAGUCUUUUUUUUUUUUUACUUUACUGUCUAUGGCGUGGAUCUUAAAUAUUUCCACUCAGCACUUUUCAGAUGUUUUGGUGCAGUGGCUUUACGCAUUCGGCGAGAGGCUCGGGGGGAGUUGCUGUGAUGAUGUUUGGCUCUAACAGCAUAUCUGGGUGAGCUACACAAUCUUCGUAUGCCCAUAGGCUGUAUCAAGUGUCAAUCAUAGAAAACAUGAACCCCCUAAUAAGUUUUAAAAAUGGAGCUGCACAGAAAAAAAGAGGACUUGAGCACAAACCAGUCUUACAGUAACUACAUGUCAACAAACCAACCAGGGAGAGCAACAUUUGUAUUUUGUGUAAUUAAUUUCUAAAGUUUGUCCACGGCCUCAUAGGGAUUGCUAGAGGAUUUAUGACCUAUACUACAGCCCAUCACCAGAGGGCGCUGUUCUCUCCAUGGCGUCACCCAGUGAGGAGGCGGACAGCGUCCAUUCUAUAUACAGUAUAUGGUCAGGUUAUAAUAAGAGCGCCCUCUGCUGGAUCACAUGGCAAGCUACCUCAGGACCCUUGAUGCGCAGGUGCACUGUAUUAUUAUGAGUUAGAAUAGCUCAUUACAGUUAAAAUAUGAACUUUUGCUCCGGAGUUUAAAUAAAGGUGUAGAUUUCAGUUAAAAAGUAACAGUAUACCAAGUUCAUUUGUCUCCUAUGCCUAAUUUUUUUUUUUUUUGUACAGUUUUGCCUGUACUAUGUAAUCAGUAGACUCCUGUGGUAGGCCUUAACCUUGUUUUUCAAGCGUUCAGUUAUUGAUAAAUGCAGCAUUUUUUGUGCUGAUACUUCAACUACAGCCCCAAUGCCUCAAGAUAUGUGACCUUAUAAAACACACCAGAGCCUGAAAAUUACAUCACUAUACUAGUGGCCCCUAGUCUUUCAAAACAGAGACACCCAAGGAGCAACACAAGUGUACACAUCUAAGUGGGAGAUGCUCGGCUUCAUGCAGUAUGUAUGCAACAAUUAUUCUGGCCCAUUGGCUUCCAAUACUCUGGGGCCCUCUUGGUUCUAGUUUGGAAGUCCGUGACUUGGGUGAAUCCAUAACACAGUGUUAGAGAGAGCCCUCUGCUUUGUCGCAGGCCUGUCAGAGCUUCCCUGAGAACAAAGCAUCUAUCAGUCACAUUUGUACACUCCAGGAAACAAGCUAAACAGACACCAGAUGGGCCAAACAAUACAAUGCUCAUUCCAGGCAAGAAGUUGGCCUCCGCGGAGGUGUCUGCUGAGGGCCUCAAAGAAGCAGUCCCACGUUGAUGCUGAAGCCCCCGGCUAGCUAAGUACAUCAAGGAAUGUUAAAACCUCUCAACAGCCUUAACAAGAGGAAUUAAUGUCAACAGUUAUCAAGAUGACGAGGAUAAGGAUAAGGGAGUAGAUUGAUGCAUGUAAAUGAGUUCAGCCUGAGUCAGGUUUUGCUCUGUCACGACAAUAUCUUUGUCGCAUAGUAAAUAUGUUUGUGUUUUAGGCUGUGUCUGAACAAACCUUUUAAUACCACCUAAUGUGAUAACAGAGCUCCAACACUUAAUCAGUGUUAUGAUUGUGGGGUGUGUGUGUUUUAAUAUCACUUUUAUAACAUCCACAUUGGAAGUACUGUGACUCAUAACCAUUGGCAAUGAAUCUAAUUAAUGCAUUGGGAGGGAUUUCUUUAAACAGUGUUAGGCAAAAAUGUGGAGGUCAGACUGUAAGAGGAGGUGCACAUGACUAUUUCUGUAUUUAUUCAUUUUUUACACAACUCAUCUGCCCAAAAGACACACAUAGGUGCAGUUGUGGUGUAACUUCUCAAAACAGAUUUUCAGUAUUUCACACAGUCUGGUCCUCAGAACAGAAGUGUGCGUUUGGUUGACUUAACGUCAUCAGGCAGGACCUGGUUUACUGAAUAGUUGUUCAUUGAUAUUUUAAAGAUUUUAGGGAGGAAAUGUCUGUCGUAUAUUGUGCCUAAACUGUAUCACACUAGCACCGUGGUUCUCAGUCCAGUCCUCGAGGCCCACUGUCCUGCAUGUUUUGGAUGUUUCCCUGCUCCAACACACCUGAUUCAAGUGAUCAGCUCGUUAUCAAGCUCUGUAAUAACGAGCUGAUCAUUUGAAUCAGGUGUGUUGGAGCAGGGAAACAUCCAAAACAUGCAGGACAGUGGGCCUUGAGGACUGGACUUGAGAACCACUGCUCUAGCAGUUUUAUGUAGUCUUUGGUUAAAAUGACAAAUGAGCAAUGUGUAGCCAGCACAGGCGUGUGGACACAGCCAUACCAAGCCUCUACCCUGGCUCUUCACAACAAAGAUGUUUCAUUACAGUAUCCUGUGUAAGCAUCUUCUCAUUACCCGUUACCAUCUCCUACUGAAAGCACAUGCUGCCCAGUUUUAGAAUUAUUGUUAAUUCUUGUUUUAAAUAUUCUUCUUCUUUAGCUUUAGCUCUUAUAAAAUGCACAACGUAUGGGGUUUGUGGGAGUCUGCAGCACUUGGAAAACCCAGAGCCAGACCCUGCAGUGCUCCCACAACAGUACUCAGUCCAGAUAGAGCAUUAAGAAAGGCUUAGACCCCCCCUUUGAGUCUUAGAUUCCAGUAAUUACAGAGUUGAAGAAUUGUGUUAGCCGAGAAAAAAGGGGCAAGAUCCCCCAGCAGGCUGCUGUGUUUGACAUGAAAGUAGAGCUGAGCUGAGCCUGGAGUGAUGGAAACAGACUUGUAGUGUAAACACAUGUUCAGGGGCUGUUCCAAGCUUUCAGGACUGAUGAACACUAAACCGCCUGCAGAGCUUUGCUAUCACAUCCAGCUCUUUGUCUCUCGCUCGACGUGAUAUUUUCUAACACUGUCAGUGUAUCAAGGGAUAUCAAAUGUUUAUAUCCUUUCUUUCUCCUCAACCUGAGUUUAAAUUGUUUGAUUAGGACUGUGCUGUGGCUUACAUGCUUUGUCAGAAAACAUGAUAGUGCUGUUUGUUGUACCUCUCCAUCCCUCAUAUCAGGAGAAGCCUAUAAUACCAAAGUUUUAUGGCUGCAUAAUAAUAGGUUGGUUUGCCUGUCAUUCUACACCUGGAUUAUCUCUCUGCUUGUGUUGCCGGCUCUAUAAACUCACCCUGCAAAGUGAACCAGUAUGUGGCUGAUGAAAAAAAAAAAAGUGUUCCUCUAUCUAAAUCUAUCUGUAAAUGUGGGAAUACUCUAAAUGUGGAAAGUCUGCUAGGAAAACAAACCACAGGAGCCAUAAGGACAUUAUCACAUAUGGGCUGACUUAUUCUGGCCCUGCUUUUGUUAAUCAGAGAAUCAUGUGACAGUAACUCAGUGCACUGAAAGAUUGCAGACACCCAAACAAUCAAACCUAAAAGAGGGGAGGGAAUGUCAUUUUAUGGUGUGUUAAGAUAGAAAAGAUUUUGAAUUUUACCGUGAGCUCAUAAAACUCCUCCUUCAUGCUGGUUGCUUCUUUCAACAGAGGAUAGAUGAAGGAGAAGCAGCAGCAGCAGACUGCUAGUAAGCUAGCUAUAACAGCCCUCUGAGAGAUGGGUGGACACUUUUAAAAACUGAAACUCAGAGUUUAAUCAUGGAUCCAGAACCAGUGUGAGAGCAGGUACAUUUUCAGGUUACUAAUCAAUUGGAAAUAUAUACUUCCUAAUCAUUCUUUUAAUUUUUAUCUAUCAGUUUGUAACUUACGAUCUGCCAGAAGCAGUGUAAGGUAAAUGUUAGGGGUUGAAGAAAAAAUCGAUACAGCAUAGUAUUGCGAUAUUUUGUCUGGUGAUAUAUGGUAUCAUCUUGUUUACAACGUAUCAUUUUUUUAAGUAAUUGUGAAUAUGAAGUCAAAUCUAUGAUAAUGGAAACAUAAAAUCAACUUUUUGUCCAGUGAGGUUGGCAGAGGUGGCAUCAUAGAGCAGGAUAAAAUUAGUCCAACAAAUAUAUAUAAGGUUUGCAAGAUGCUCUACAUUAAAAUAAUUAGCUAAACAGUUGAAAAAUGAUAUAAAUCGCAAUAUAUUGUAUCGCAAUACUUACUGUAUUGCAAAGUGUAAAAAAUCUUAAUAAUAUCGUAUCGUGGCCCAAGUAUCGUGAAAACAUUGUAUCGUGGGGCCACUGGUGAUUCCCACCCCUUGUAAAUGUAUGUUUGACCAUGCAGGAAAUCAAGCCUAAACCUAAGCACAAGAGGGAAAUAUCAACAUUUAGGACGGAUUUGAGACAGUGUCUUCUACAAAGAAAUUUGUGUCACGGGGUUAGUGAUGUGGACAUAUCAUACAUUUUGAUAUCCUUAGAGAUAGAUGAUGACAUGUGAGGUAAGUGCAUGUGUUAGUUAAAGGGAUAUUCCGGCGUAAAAUGAAGUUAUGGUCAAACACACCGCAACACAGAGUUAGACACCCCGUCGAGAGAUGAAUGUUGCCGACUGCUUGCUUCUUUAGUUAUACCAACUUGAGUAACGACCGCAGAUAGCAAUACUCAGAGCCACGCGCUCAACCAAAAAAGCCACUCUAUAGCCACAAAUAAUGCUCAGAACAUCACCUAACUUCAUCAACAGUACAUAUGUGUGAUUUAAGAUGUAGGGUAGGACAUUUGAACAGCUUAUUAACAUCUUGAUAGACGGCUAGUCUGCUAGCUACAGUGCAAAGUUGUGUUGUUUUGCUCUCCAUGGAGAAGUCUUGGUAAGUGUCAUGGAGGUCCUUGGCGAGGUUUGAAAUGUUUCCUCCUGUUAGUGACACAGUUUCAAAGCAUGAUUGGCUCACAUGUUUUGAUAAGCCAGUGGGUUUCCCCCUCACAGUUAGAUCUGAAGGGUAAGUAGUCCCUCAGGGGGACUUUGCAGCUGGUUGUGUUGAACAGUUCAGAAAAUGACUCGCUGUUGUCGCUGGUCAUGGACAUGCUGAGUUAGAAGCAUUGCUUUUCUCUCUCUCAGUCAAAGUGCAAACAUGAAUGAUAGGAAGUAUCAAAAAAGUGUAGAAAUCUCUGUGCUGUGCAACACGAGUGAGAUACAGUGAAGCUGCGAUUUUCCAGGGAUGGAUGGACAGUCACUCCAUGGCUGCAACUGGUAGUUGAGACACAGUUCAUGAAGGAGGAGGAGGGGGAGGGGGAAUCAACCCAGCUCUCCAGGUGAUGUUAUGAACACAGACACGGUGGUGUUUGGGUAUCAGAUGUAAAAAGACUUUGACUGUGGAAUGAUUGUUGGUGCCAGACAAGCUUGUUUGAGUGUUACAGUGACUGCUGAUCUCCUUGGAUUUCCUGCACAAAAGUCUCUGAAGUUUUCAUAAUUUUCGCAAAAUCUCCAGUGAGCAGCAUAUCAAAUAGAGAAAACACCUUUCUAAUGAGAGGUCAGAGCAGAAGGGCCAGACAGGUUCAAGCUGUGAUGUGAAGAGGAGUUACAAUAGAGCUCUGCAGAAAAGAAACACAAAGAAACUCACUAAAUCUUGAAGAUGAUUAGAACUGGAGAAAAUUCAACUGAUCAGUCAAAGUCUUGAUUUCUGAUGCUGCAUGCGGAUUGAAGUCUCAUACAGUUACAGUGCCUUGAAAAAGUCUUUAUACCCCUUGAACUUUUUCACAUUUUGUCACUCACCACACUUUUCAAAUUUUUGUUAGUUUAAAUGUUUGAAAACCAUGUAUCAUUUUCAUUCCACUUUACAAUUAUGUGCUACUUUGUGUUGGUCUAUGACAAAAAAUGUUUGUGGUUGUAGAGUGACAAAAUGUGAACAAGUUCAAGGGGUAUGAAUACUUUUUCAAGGCAUGAUAUGUGCAGAGUUUUAAAUCCAUGUACUGAAGUCAAUUCACCUCAUUUUGAGUUGAUGGCGUUGGGAAUAUUUCCUUCGACAUCAUAGGACUAUAUACAAACCGAGCAUUAGGUUGUCAACUGCACAGAUCACUGUCUCUUUAGUAAAUUGUAGAGCCCUUUGCUGAGUCCACAUGCCCUUAAUUUGAUCAGACCAAUCCUCUUUUCAUCCUGUUUUUGUACCACCUACCAAGGCAGACAGGUGGCAGGUUGUUUAGAGUCCCACUGAGAGGGUGUGGAAGGGUUGGAAAAAAACCUCAGCACAUACUCUCUAAAGGCAUGUAUCCGUGAAUGGGUGCAGAUAUCACUCCUGUCAAAGAGAGGUCUUCAAAAUCAAACUGCAUUGCCUCAUCUCAGGUUACAGUAAGAGUGAGAACGACGACCAGCUGAUGACCUGAUGAAGGUACAGUCAGAUAUCUGAUAUAAAUUACUGGGAUUAUUGGAUGUCACUUCCUGGGCCUAAAGACCAGCUGUGGGCUCAGGGGUGAGGGAAAGUUCCUCAAAAGGAUCUGGAUUAAGAGGACAUUGAGCCUGUACUCACUGCACUCGUACGUGUACUCUCUAGUGUAUCUCAUUCUUGAGUUUCUUUGAAAAAAAAACUUUCUGUCUGUCUGUUCAUCUGUGUCUGCAGGGAAGAAGAAGGAGAAGGUGCCAAAAACAGGUGAGGAGGGUCGAGGGAAGAGAAACGCCAUCCGCCUGCAUGAAGCAUACACUGUGGAGACAGUGGUGGUGGCAGACUCUGAUAUGGUGCAGUACCACGGAGCUGAGGCCGCUCAGAGGUUCCUGCUGACUGUCAUGAACAUGGUAGGAACCUAAAACCCCAAAUGUAUCCUCAGUCCUCUGACUUUAUCUCAUCUGUGCUGGUAAAUAAUACGACGCUUUUUGCCGUGUUUGGUUACCACACUCUGAAGUUUUAAAAGUAGAACGAUGAGAGGCAGACGUCCAGGAUUUCCAGAAAGAAUGUCAAAUUUGAGUUUUCCACUUAGUCCAUUUGAACGUUGAAGAGCUGCUGUUGAUCCUGGAUCAUGUCUGUAUAUACAAGUGAGUAGGUUUGAUUUUGACAUUGGUGUGACACAAAAUGGACCUCCUGAAAGUUAAUGUUUAUGCACGCAAACACGCAAACCGACCAAAUGUAAAUAUAAAUGACACAGUUGAUAUUAAAAUCCAUGUUGACAACUUACACUUCGGGGUUGCAGAUAGCAUGCAUUGUCUGCUUCCUGUCCAACUAGCAGGUAACUUUUACAGGCAGAUGUAGUGACAGUGGGGACAGCCAAUCGCAUGUACCUAAGCGAGAAACUGGCAGCCAAUCGAAGAGUGAUAUCUAGGUUAGAGGCAGGACUUCUAGCAGAGACCGACUGUUAACCCUUUGUGUGCCAUAAUCAUUGGUUAAACAUUAUGGACAGCAGUUGUAUUGAUAGGAACUACACUGUAGCAGCUGAUUAUUGGUAGGGACGUGCCCCUAGCAUCCCUACCAAAUUCUAUGCCCUUGUGUAUAUGAUUUCUGAAGUGAGUUUUGAAGCAUUGCAGUGAUUUCCACUCCAGAGUCCAGAGCAGGCCACUGUGUGCGGUAGUAGGACAGGUGCAGGUGUGUUUUGGGAAGAGGGCUGAAGGGGAGCAGAGUGAGCAGAUUAAAGUAAUCACCAUCUUAAGAUCAAACAAACCCACAAAGUACCUUUUCAGUAAUCACAUCUUCAUAAAGAGUCUUCAGUGACUCUAAAUGUGAAGCUGUAGCUCUGAUCACAGGAUGUGUGAGAAGUAAUCAGCUGUCAUUGGAUACAACAAUUACCGACACCAAAGGAAGGCGCUUCGCUCUAACAGCUGUAAGACUUCAAAAAUGCUGUUUAUUCUUCUUUUGAAGUCAUAUUUAAAAAAAAAAAAAAGAAACCUCUGAGCGUUGUGGACCCCUUGUCAUGUGACUCUGCAGGCAGUGUGUAUGUGUAUUAGUGUGGGGGGCUCAGCUGUUACUGUCUUAAUGGCAGUAAUCUAAGUUCCCAGGCCACAGGGAGGCAUUAGUGCCAAAGAGGCGCUCCAAAUUAAAACCCUAAUGCUAACAGUGCCAUUAAACAGUAACAGCCCUGUGUGUGGUUUGUGUUUGUCUGAGCUGUUCUAUUUGUUGAUGCUCUCCUGAGGGGAAAUCUGUCUAAGCGUGUGUCCCCCUCCCUCAGGUCUACAACAUGUUCCACCACCGCAGUCUGGGAGUAAGGAUCAACAUUCGAGUCACCAAGCUGGUGUUGCUCCACAGCCGCCCAGUAAGCCUGACUUUUCACCUCUCUGACCUCUCUAAAAGUCUGUCGACCCCAGCAACCUGACAGACAGCAGAUGCUGCCCCACCCUAUGUGCUGGGUUUGUGUGUGUUUGUGUGAGAAAAUAGAUCACAGCAUUUCCAAACUGUGGCUCAUGUAUUCUUAAAUCUGUGGUAGAAACUGUGAAAAAGUACCAGGAGAGAAGAGGGACAUAACUCACUUUGUGUGUCUUCUUUAGGAAAAGCUGAAAGUGGGCCAUCAUGGUGAACGGUCUCUGGAGAGCUUCUGUCAGUGGCAGUAUCAGGAGUUUGGAGGACCACGGUACCUUGGCACCAACCACGUACCUGGAGGGAGAGAUGAUAUUCCACCUGUGGACACUGCUGUCCUGGUCACCAGGUAAGAAGUCAGCACUCAGGAUAAUGAUAUUCAGAUACUGGCUGUAAAUGUGGAGAACUGAGUCUUUCAGGGAUGCUCGUUGUAGACCCAAUCAUGGCCCUCACCUGUUUCCAAUAAACCAGUUCACCUGUGGAAUGAUCUAAACAGGUGUUUCUGGUUCAGUCCUUUAUUUUCCCAGACUUGACCCUGAACCAGCUUUUUAGGAACAUGUUACAGCAUCAAAUUCAAAAUGAGCAAAAAUUUGCAAAAAAACAAAAGUUUAGCAGUUUGAACUAAGGCUGGGACUCGAUUAAAAAAGCUAAUCAAAUUAAUCAGAGGCUUUGUAAUUAAAUAAUCGCAUUAAUCCAGUGGGCCAGAGAGUUUGUUAAUUUUUCUGACGUGGACUUAAUCAUCUUAGCUCAGAAUCCACUCAUCUGGUUGAGUGUGGGUUGGGUGUGGGUCACUGAACUCGGAGUCGGACGUACGUUAGCUUCCAUGCUAGCUGCAACAUCUUUAGCAUUCAGGUGAUACCAGAGGCUUGGCGUGCUGUGGUGAUAUGCAAAUUCUUUUUUGCAUAGUUUGCACAAGACUAUUUUUUUUCCAGGCUUCCAUCCAUCUUUUUUUUAAACAAAAAUUCCCAUCCUUUCCAGAGCCAAUCAAAGCACAUUCAUCCGCGACUUUGUUCAUUUUUUUAUGCGCUGGGUGGGACUGUAAUCACUGCUGCACUCACUCACAUUGAGGUGUGCUGGUAUAAGCGGUAUACCUGAAACUCGUCCAGUGAGAAACGUUCCGCGGUGCAAAAAUACAGUAGGUGUGAUUAAUAUGCGUUAAUAUUUUUAACAAGAUAAUAUUACUGGGAUUAAAUAAGUCCCUGCCCUAAUCUGAACAGAAACAUCUUUGUUGAAUAUUCAUUUGAAUACACAGUAGGUGGAAAAGAAAUUUGCAAAUGUAUAGGUCCUUUCACACUGGGACCGUUUUUGUCGUGCGAUUAUUUCGGACGUCAAUAUUUUUUUUUGAACCUGUAUCCUGUCAAUACAAGCGUUCACAUCAGCAACGUUUCUCGUCCUGCGAUAUUGCGGCAUUUAUUUUUUCGGAUCACGGCCGAUUUUUCUAAAGUUUUGCAUACUGUGUGUUCACUUCUGACCAAUCAGAUUGCGUGUUGUUGCGACGUCAGAUUCACCGGUAUAUCCAACAUGGCCGACCGGCUGAUUUGUUUACGUGUCGGAGAACAGAGUGCUUUUUGAUAAAAGACACAAACAUUACAAAGAUAACGACCUGAAGGACAACUUGUGGAGAGUCAUAGUGUCAGGUUUCUCAUAUGACGAUAGUUUGUGUGCUUUAACAGUUUGCUAAACAUCUUUGUUUUAACUUUCAUCUGUGCUAAGUAACUUUAUGUUUUUAUUGACACUUGGCACAAUGUCCUGACUUCACUGGAAUUAGAGUUUGUAGUAAAAUGUGCUUGUACAUUAGGGUGUCAGAGCUGCUGUCAGAGAGCUGGACAUAAUGUGAUAAAAGAAGGAAGGGAUCUGAUUAUAGAUCCUGUCCUUCCAAAAUAUCCAAAUUAUCAGUUGCUUAAUUGCAUUUCUGAAGAUCUUCACUGAUACUAAGCCCCUGAAAUAAACUGAUUACCCAAUAAAAACAAAUACAGUCCGUCCACUAGAAGAUUUGAUCAAUCAGAAAUCUGAAAAUGUUUUAGCUGUAGCAGUGAUACCUCAAUCAGUGAAAGAAGGUUUUAAGUUUUGUUUUUCUGAGAAGAGAUGGUGAGGCCUGGACCCUGGGAAUACUCUGGUAUAGUUUGUGAACUUUGACCUUGACCCAUUAGCACCUUCAGGUCAUGACACUAUGCCUUCACAUGCUCAGAGUAUGACGUAAGACUGUCACAGCAGCUCAAAUACUUUACCUCAUUGCAUUUGUAGUUGAUUUCUCUAAUCCAGUAAGUGAUUGAAGUGGUCGCCCAAUACUUUUAUUAUGGAAAUGAUUCAGAAAACUCAAAGAAAAGAACAGGCCCACAGUUUUUGGAGCUGUUCACGGUGAAAUCUGAAAGUUUAUUAAUCUCUUUCAUUAACAUCCUGCAGAAGUCAGUACUGGAAGUCUUGGCCCCUGAGCCGGGCAGUCCUCCUCCUGUUCAUGAAAAAGGGGGAGGAACAGGGGGGUUCAUAUCUAAUCACGUCUUCCUCAGUCUGUCAGUGAGGCAGGUUUGUUCUUCAUCCUCAUGUUUCAAUCCCAACAAGGCGGCAUCUGGCACAACAUGACACAUUCCUAAUUUAGGAUUAGCUAUUAUUAUCUGCUGUAACUCCACUGCUGGGGGGGGUUUACCAGGAACCCUUUGGUUUUAAAUGAGUACUCAUGUCUGCUGUCAGAUCCUAUCCUGUCUCCUCUUGCUGCGGGGGGAGGUAGGGGGGCAUAAAUACAGUGGCCUUUUGUUCUGGAGCCGUGGAGCGGGAGGAGCGGGAUGCUGCCAGCAGCAGUCAGUGAGAGAGAGGCGGCAGGCGGGCAAAUUAAAGCGUGUUGCAGCGCUCUCUCGUUUCCUUUUAUGCCCGCACACUCAACGCUGUGUGUGUGUAUGUGUGUGUGCGCGCAUGUGUGUGUGUGUGUGGUCACUGUAGCCAGGCUUAUAUGGAUGACAUGUCUGUAACAGCUUAUUAACAGUCUCUUCUGAGACGAUAAUCAGAUAUUUGAUCCUGGUCCAUGUUGGUUUCAGGUCUUUGAUACAGACUCCAGUGCUGCCAUCCUGCUGCCACAUGAAAGGGUUUCUAAUCUGUGCUCGGAUGAAAAGUGAAGCAAAAUUUAGCUUCAUGUUUCUCACCCAAGUUUGAGCGCAAUAUGAUUUUUUAAUUUUUGGUCUUGAUAAUAACAAGCCAUGAAUAUUUUCCUGGUGUUCAUAAAAUCACCUCGAAUCUCUCUGAGCUGAUGAAAAUAAUAGAAUCCUGACUGAACACUAUUGUGCCGCCUGCUGUGUCUCACUCGUUUGAAGCAAACCCUCUCUGUCCUCCUGAAAAGCAAAGUACGAGCUCUGACCCUGCCCUCAAACACAUCUAACUUUCACCUCAUUAUCAUGAGGUCAGAUGGGUGUGCAACAAAGUUUGAAAGCGUGAGAAAAUUGUGGAUUUAAUUAUGGACCACUGUAUCCUCAAUUUGUGCUUCAGCAGUAGGGGUCAUUGUGCAGCUGCAGGUGGAGAGAGGAGAGCAGGGAGAGGAGUCGAGGAGGCAGGUGUGUGUAGUUAUCUGUGUGUGUCUGAAAAGCCAAGGGACAUUCUGAGCAUGCAUGAUCACUCAAUACUGCCAGGCUAAAAAGUCAGCGACAUUCUCACUCAAGUUGUAAGACCACAUGCUCUUUGGCAUGUAAGUGAAAUGGUCUAUUGGUAUCACCAACUUUUUAUCACCUUUCUCUUUCUCUCUCCGGCUCUUUCCUGUGCCUUUUUUUGUGUGCAGCUGCAGCCCUCUCCAUCUGUUUACCUCAAACUCUUUCCAAAUGGGCGUCAGCUCCACUUAAUGUUGCUUCAACAUCCAGCUGAUCAGGCGCUGGAGUCUGGGAACACAGCCAGCUGUGGUGACCAUUCAGCAGCCGCUGCACAAGUAGAACAGAGCUGAGUUACUCAAACAGGCUGAGUCAACUUGAGUUAGAGCGUCUGAGGGUGUAAGGAAGCAGAUGAAGGUUAGAAUUUAAUCCCAGGUCAGAUUAAUAACAUUUUAUAACGAUAUUUAUUAGAUAUGUUACUGUGUUUUGGGAAAGGGAACAUCUGGUCUGGAAGCAUAGACUUUAACCCUUAGAGGUGGUCCGCUCACCUCAAACUUAUUGGUUACUUUUAAUCGAAGCUUUCCUAGAACAGUGGCCACGACAGAUGCUGAUUCAAAAAGAAAAAUCAGGGACCUGAACUUGUUUUUAUGUGAUGGUUUAUUUCAGUGGCCUUUACAAUUUGAUAUUGGCUCUAACGCACAUCGUUGUAUGUACACCAUUUAUCCAUUGUUACAUUGCUAAGAGGAUGAGUUUUAUCAUUAUUUGUUGGUUUUUAAGUCAUAAAGGUUACACAUUUUGCAUUAAGCAAUCAGAGAGCAGCUGAAUUGGCUAACAGUCAGGAUAAAUAUAUAAGUUUAGAGUAGUCAUUUGGAGUCAAAAUUGGUUGGAAACUGUGCUGGUCAGCUCGAGCAAUAGAUCGAAUAUUAUGAAAAGAACUUGACAUCUAAAAGAUUAGUUAUGUUUCUUAACUCCAAAAAAGAAGUUGUGCUUUAGUUUGUAGAAAUAAUUUCUGCUAUUUUUAAGGUUUUUUGGUGCUUUUUAUGACAUGAGCUCUACAGUCAACAUCACUGGAUUACCAGGAACCUCAAAGUUUAUUUUUUUCCUCUGAACAUUGCAAAGCACUUCUAUCGAUGGAUAAGAAACAUGGCAACUAUGAAGUUAUCAGAAGAUAUUGAAGUGAUCCCAACCUAUAAAAACAGAUAUAGGCAAUUUGUGUUAAAUUUGGUUUAAGGUUUGACCUUAAUUUUCCCAAUUUUUAAAAAAAUUAUUUGUAAACACUAGAGGCUUUUAAUGAGGAAUAUGAUGUAUGUGGUUGCUGUUUGAUAAAUUGUGUUUGUGAUAAGAAAAAAUAGAUAUAUAUUUUGCUUUUGUUUUUAAACUGAAAUAAAGCAUUAAUUAAUUCAUUCAUUCACUCAUGAACCAGGAGGCUAAAGGCUUCCCUUUGUGCCUCUCUGCUAAGUCUACAAGAAAUGGAGUGUAACCCACGUAGCUCCACCCCAGCUCCUCUUUUUAAUGCUAUCUGAUUUUUAGUGUCAGUGUCAGAUUGUUUGUCAGAAAAACCACAUGGCAGAUUUUGGGCUGUCUGUACUUAAGUGUCAUCUUCAGGCCAAACAGAUUUGGAUGUCUUUUGGUGAUUAAUGACAGCUGCUCAAGUGUACUCUACAGUUUCCUUUGCCGUUGGUGGCGAUGGAAGCUUAAUGUUGCAUGCUGCUCAAACUUUGAUUAAUGUGCUUUCGCUGUAAUUGAAUGAAUCCAUUUAAAAAAAAUAAAAUUAAAUGAACAUGUAUGUGUUAAAUUCUACCCAUGAAAUGACAAAUGAGAGCUAAAAGGUUAGUAUCUGGUUUUUAAACCAUCUGUUAACAUUACUUAGUUAUUGUAAAGUUGGGGUUAGGAUUUUAAAAUUGUAAAAUCUACAAUUUAUUAAUGGUCUAUACACUAUUUAUAAAUGAUGAUUACACAUUAAUAAACUAUCUGCUUACCAUUUAUAGGUUAUGGUUAUUGUAGUGUUACCAUUAAUUCCAGUAAUGAGUAAAGUGACAAACAGAUCUGCAUCCAUUUGUGCAAAAGGUCAUAAAGGACAUGAGACACGUGAUGUCCUGCAGGUCACAUGUUCCCUGCAUGUAUGGAUGUGUGUGAAACAGUAGCAGAGUACAGCCUAUACUGUUCUCUGUCACACAGGCGUUUGGAAAUUGACCAGAGUAUGUGUCAUUCAAGAGUUGAUGUUUAAAUUACACAUGAGAACAAAUAUACAAAUCACUCUGUGUGUUUCUGUCCAUGUUCUUUUCCAGCUGAACUCUUCAGCAGAGGCUUGUCCAGUUUGCCAGGUUUUACAUAAAUGGGUCCUUAUUUUACUGAAACCUGCUUUAUAACAUCUGUUUUGUGUUUCUCAAGUAUGAUGAUGAAAGAAGGACUGAGUGUACCUGUCCCUCUUUCUCUUUCAGGACGGAUUUCUGCGUUCAUAAAGACGAACCCUGUGAUACUGUGGGUGAGUAAUACAAAGUCUGUUCUGUCUCAUUUCAACUCUGUGUGUGUGUGUGUGUGUGUGUGUGUGUGUGUGUGUGUGUGUGUGUGUGUGUGUUUGCUCUUGUCCUCCAAUGCUAUGGAUUAAUUUCAGGUUCUGAAAGUUUAAGUCCUGUCUUUCAAACUUCUUACCAUGAAACUUAUGCACAUGCUGCUUCUCUUAGGUUUUUUACAGGCCUGUAACAAAUCCAAACCCUCACUUUGUGUUUGUUAUUUUCUAGGCCUGACAAUGUCAAACCCUUGUUACAUAGGAUUAAUCUAGAGAGAGCCAAUAAAUUAAUUCAUAGAAAUUGCACAAUUGACUUUCACUAUGCUUUAAGUUGGGGUAUGUGUGGGAUCAUUUGGCUAUAACUGUGCAAAAUGGAAAUGUAGUUUUCUUGGUGAUCCUGGGUUUGGAGAAGACGAGGAGCAUUUUCAGUGAUACUUGAGGGACAAUCUGACUUUUACAGUUUCUUACUGGCAAUACUAAUACAGAGCUGGUAGAUACGCACACACACGCCAACAGGACUUUUAAGGAGGUAUGUCAGAGUGUAGAGCUGCACAUAAACAGGCUGUUUAUAAGAAGCAGAGUUUGGGGGUCUAGUGUCCAGGAAGUGAACUGGAAUCUGUCCAGCUAUCAGCCCAAUUCACAAACUUUCAAUUGCUCAAACCAGAAACUCUAUGGUCCCCAAGCUGAGCCCCUACAGACAAAGUCACUGCUGCAUCUGUCCUGUUGCAUAACAGGUGCUUCUUUAUGCAUGGUGGUGAGUGAGAGGACCCGCACAGGUUAAUUUGGCAGAGGGGCACAGGCAGAUUUAGGGGAUUGACAGGGUGAACUGGACUUUACUCAUUAUCUGGGGAUGCGCUGCAGCAGGCUGCUUGUGUGCUUUUAAUUUUUAGACAGUGAUUAGUUUUUUAAAGCUGAGAUUUAUUGGUAAUAAUCACAGCCUCUGUGACUUAUGGCACCAAUGAUUGAACUCAAAGUUAAAAACUCUGCUGCUAAUAUUGUUGAGGGGCUGCUAUCCUCCUCUUCACCCAAAGCAGCCUCGGUAAGCACAGCCAGACUAUAUAGCAAAUCCUGUUUGUUAAAAAUCGUAAUUCAGUGAUGAAAUCUGUGUUGAAAUCAGCAGGAUAAAAGCUAAUUAGCUAACUGAUUAAGGUGACAGACCAUUUCAUUGUGAGGUGUUAAAGGAUGGGUCUGUAAAAUGAGGAUUAGGGAAAUGAUAGUUAUUGUGAUGUGUUUAAAUGUCAUAUCCAGAAGAAAAAAAUAGUUUUUGACAAGAAAAAUCUGUAUAAAUACAAUAGUUUGGAGGGAAAAAAUGAUUAAAAAAAAAAGACUUUAAGGUGGGGUAGGCAUGAUUCCAUUAAAGAAGCAUCAUUUUUGUGGUGUAUAUACAAUAAAGCUUUUAAUAUCAGUCAAUAGCUAUUAGUCAUUGAUGACAUUUGGUAAUUUAACAAUAUUGCUAUGUUUUUUUUUAUGUCUGUGUAGUCAAGAUUUUGAAUUUUUUGAGCACUCCGCUCUUUCUGACUGUAAACAAAGCCAUUCUCCGCCUACCCCAACCUGAUAGGUUGUGAGACAGAUGCUGCUCUCCUUGUCGUUCACGAGCCUAAACAAAGUAAGUGAGCUACAAUAUCAGACAGUAGAAACCAACCAGAAAGUACAGAAAAUUGUCUGAAUCCUCCUUUGGCCUCGACUGCCAACACAAGCAAGAAAAUUAAGUAAAUACCGGAGACUCUGGAGGAAAAACGGGCGCUUAAAAUGGAGGUCGACUGGACAAGAGCUAAAAAGCCAGGUCAACAUCAAUGACUAAAAAAAGAUCAAUCCCCAUCCCCGGUGGUGACCAACUCCCAGAAUCAUAGCUGUGCCCAUGCCUGGGUUUACCAGCAUCCAUUGUUACUACUUUACUGACUUGAGUCAUGUAACUCAACCUCACUUUAGAAAUACUGAAAUAUCCCUUUAAAAAUUGUAAUGAGUCAGGAGAUGUUAUGUAAGGUAAUGUCAAUUGGAUGAAAUGCUUACAUAAAAAGUUUUCUUUACAUUGUAAUGAGCCUUAAAGCUCCGUGAUAAAUAGUAUAUAGAGAAUGAAGGCAUUGAGAUCCUGCAUGCAAAAAUAAACCAUAAUCUCAGUCAAUUAGAGGCACAAAAGUAGCAGCAGCGAGUCCAUUUUAGGCAGCAAAAGAAAAAACAGGACUUAUUUCUGACACAGACGCCCAGCUGCAGCUUCCUCUUCUCUACAAGUUGCUAAAAAUGAUGCUGAAAGGAAAUGAGGAUCCCUGUCAUACAGAUUCAGUCACAGCAUCCUGAGAUCUGGUGAUAGAUUCUCCUUGGUAACAAAACAGCAAAGAAAGUACGUCAUAUGGUGAUCAGUCGAGUCACCUUCUGAGAUAACCUGUUGAGCUGCUCUAACACUGAUUUUGUCUUUCUUUUCUCUUUGCACCUAAUAUGUCUGCAUCAGCCUGUAGGGAGUAUCUGAGCUCUCCCCUGCUUACAGUAAACAUGCAGAGUGUCUGGAACGAGUAGUUUGGAGUCAUUUUUGUAACUUUACCAGCCUGCAGUCUGUUAACUACUUCCACACAGGUGACACAGGAGGUUCAAACACGCAGACUCCUGUUUAUGGAGGAGACAUGUUGUUCUCACUGUUACUGAAAGACAGAGGCAGAGCUGUCUCACAGAGAACAGAAUCAAUCAGUCAAGAGUGGGUUUACCUGUCAGCGCAGUUUCCCACCUGUACCAUACCUCGCUCAAACCACCACAGAACUCAAGUGUUGGGAGAACUCAUAUAUUUUAAUGUAUUCAAAAUAAUUCAGCCUAUAAAGUGUGCCAUCUGUUGUUUACAUUCUUUCUCUGCAUGGAGUUCACUGAAAUACUCAGAGGAUAGUACCUCAGCCCGAGUACAACCCUCUGUGCUGCAGGGCCUCCUGAGAGGGUGAACAGGCUGAUAACCUCGUAUCUGCAGAAUGUCUCAGUUUUCUCACACUGAUGAUCAGAGCAAAAAUAGCAGUGUGUUUGAGAAACACAAGCCGCUGCGCUGAGGAAGGUUCACAGCUCCAGAUACCUAAGAGGUCCUGUUAAAGUAAAAAAAAGAGGGGGCUACGGUGGUGGUACUGUGAGGAGACCACAUCACAUCCAAACACCGACUUCAUGUUUGAGGAUGAUGUUUGACGUCUCCGACGAAGAUUGCUUGAUAUGAAUUUAUUUCUGGAAAUUUCUCCUGGUGAUUGUUUUCUUCAUUUCUCUUACAUUUUACCAACCUACCUACUUACCUAUCUUUCCUGCCUGCCCGUCUUCCUUCCUUCCUUCUUUCCCCUCCCUUUCUUCUUCCUGGCUCAGCAGGAACUGACUCUUUUUGCUCCCAAAUGGCUCUACAUAGCCUCAUAUCCACACAAGAGUCUGGUCAAAUGUGGUCAACAUAUCAUCCCCAACUCAGUCCAGAGGGGGUCUCAUUGCUCCUCAACUCUCGAACAGGCUUAAGAUCUGUUGUAUGCAGUAUUUUCUUUCUUUUUCAUUGACAGAACUGUCUUGUAAUUCCAUAUACAUCUAUAUCAAAGAUGCUACAUGUCAUCCAGUUGUCUAAUUUGACAUGGAGUCAAAUAAAACCUGCCAAGAAGACUCUAGAAGUCAUUCAGUGCAUUAAUUCACAAAACAGACUGUUCCUGCAGAGUUACUGUAGACUACUGUAAAACACUUGUUGUUGUAAAUCUGGUUUACUGCACAAGUGCUUUCAUGCACUGACGUUUAAUCUGCGGUUGGGGGUCCACAUCAACAUCUUGCUGGUCAUGUUCUUGUCACAGAGCAUUUAAAAAUGUCUGUAUUGGUCUUGAAACUUUAGUAGAAGUUGUGACAUCCCUUAUUAGGAUAGGUUGUAUUCAUAUUGCAACUCCUAUUUUGGUUUGGAGGUUACUGUAGUUGCAGCAUUUUGAUCUCAGGUAGCCAGCCCCCUGAUAUAUGGUCAGUAUGACUCUGAAUGACACUAUAAAGGUGGGUACACACCGACGAAUUAGAGAAGCGAAUAAUUACCUUUUUAAAAAAAACUCAUGAAGUCAAUGCAGGCUUACGCACCGGCUACAAACUUAAGCAGAGCGAAAAAAGCGACUGAAAUUUCUUUGCCCCAGUUGGGUACAUUUGCAGGUGAACUGCUCUAUAGAUUUGUAGCCUAAUAUAAAUCUUACCUCAGACAUGUGGCAAGCCUUUGCUUUGGAUCAAUCGACUCUCUGUAAUUCGUCCUCUCCUUCUGCAAACGUGGAGUCAGCUGAUGGAGCAGUUCUUGAAAUUGUCCGACGGACAAUCAGAAGUAUUAUCGGAAUAUCUCGGGAUACAAUUAAAGCUCCUGGAUCGUUGUGUGGAGCUCCCCCAUCUCCUGUUGCAAGGUCAGUAUUGGAUGUAGCCAGGCACACUGAUUCUUAUUUUUCUUCUUUUAUUUAAUCGGCUUACAACCAUGACCAGGUCAUCAUCACUCGAGGAUGUAGUCGCCAUUGUUUCUCCUCCUCUGUUCCCCUGUGGCAUAUUUUUACGUGAAUAUGCUAAUUUAAUUUGCGUUGCACCAGGUGUGUAUAGGAAAAAGCUUAAGCCAAAUAUUUCGCAUUUUCGCGUAGCUUCGCUCAUACUCCAGUGUGUAACGAUGUUGAUUGAUGAAAAACAGAAAGUGAAACCAUAAACUCAUUAGGAAAAUCUUAACUGAAAGUAGAGGGAAUACACUUGAUAAAAGGUAUACCUUACUCUCAUUGACGUCAAUUCGACUGAUGUGCGUCACACAGCAUGUUUGUAAUAGACGUAACUAUCAGCAGCUUCAGUUUUGUUACCAUGUCUGUUUCUCAGUUGUGGUUUGUUCAAGACUCAGUCAGCAAAUCCACAUUUCUUCCCUCGUCAAAGUUUAAUCAAAACUACUAACUUUACCUAACCUGAACCAACUGUUCCAGUGGUUUAAAGCUAACAACACGCGGGAUGCAGGAUGUGGAUCCUGAGCUUGGAUUCAGAACCAUCCUCUGAGUUGUGUAAUAACAUCACAUUUCCUGGGUUUAAAAAGAGUUGAAUGUAAUCAUGGCAGCAAUAAUGUCCCCUUACAAACAUGUGUUAGAAGAUGAAGUCGGUGUAAUAUAACAUACUUGCUCAGUCCAGGCUGCCAAAGCAUGUUCAUUUUGCUACAGAAAUGUUUUCAGCCUCUGCAGCCUCUCUGCUUUGUAUUAUGUAAUGCUGGAAGUCGUCCACCUACGACUGUGAUUUAUGCCCUUGGAAGUCAAAGAGUUGGCCUCAGUCCCAAAAAGUCAAAGCACUUUUCUUUUUUACUCGUUUCCCCAUCUGACCACAUGAACUGGGAGUGUGGUUUGUUUUGGCUUUCUUUAUUAUAUGAUAUUUCCCAGAAGGCAAAAGCAUUCUCUGAAUAAUAAAUGACAUUCCCUGAAUAAUGAAUGACACAGAGAGAGAGUGAAAGUAGUAAACAAAACAGAGGUCUGCGAUGACUUUGUGUUAGUUCUGCCUGCCCUGUUACACACGGCUGUCAGGGUCCCUCAGAGAGCAGUAACACCUCACAGAUCUUUGUCAAAGGGAAUACACCUUUGAACAGAGGCCAACAAGUCUGCAGUUCUACUCACAAAAAGGAAUUCCCCAUUUUUUUUGGAACACCAGGGAGGAGUAUGAGAGUUUCACAAAGAGUCAGCACCUGAGGCUCAGGAAGGACCCCUGUAAGGCAUCUAAUUAUUCUCCUCUGCACAUAAAACAGUGGAGUAAGCAUGAAAGCAUCCUUGGGAAAUGGCAUAUCUGUCUGGUGUUUUUAUGCAGCAAGACGUUCUCCACAACAAAGGCCUGUGGUCAGGCUGAGCUGCGACCUUCUCUGAGGAGGAAGAGACGGUCAAAUGAAGAUGUCAAUAAAACUCUGAAUCUUUUGAAGUCUCUGGAGAACACAGUUUUCAUGGACUUUUCAGACAGUCUGAGAUUCUCCACAAAACUCCUGACUGUCAUCACAAAUCAAUCCAUCCACCCGUCUGACUACCUUGCUUUAAUCCUUCCAUCCUACUCCCUUUUUUCAUCUUUUCCAUCCUUCCCUUCAUCCUUCUUUCCAUCUAUCCUUUCUUUCAUCCUUCUGUCCUCCCAUGUGUCCAUCCAGUCACACUUCCAUCUUACAUCCAUCCUUCUGUCCUUUCUUUCAUGCUUUCAUAUAUCUUUCUAUUCAUCCUUUCUUAAAUUAUUCCAUAUAUCCUUCCAUCUUAAAUCCAUCCAUCCUUUCAUUUAUCCUUCCACUCAUGCUCUCCUCCUUUCAUCCUCCUAUUCAUCUAUCAUCCUCUCAUUCAUCCUUCCAUUCAUCCUCUUAUCAUGCCCUUUAUCUGUCCAUCCUUUUUUUCAUCCUUCUUCCAUCCUUUUAUCCUCCUUUGUCUAACCAAUCAUCCUUUCAUCCUCUCAGCUGUCCAUCUUUCAUCCAACAUUUGUCCUUCUAUUCUUUCAUCCAAACUCCCAUUUAUUCAGCUAUUCAUCUUUUAUCCAUCCCUUGCCCCCUCUUGUCUUUUAUCCACCUUUUCUUCCUUUUUUACUCUUAAUCUGCCUUUUGUUUUAUCCUGUUACCCUUCUCUAAAUCCUUUUAGCCUUAUGUUCAUCUUCUAUCCAACCUUUUCUUUCAUUCUCUAUCCUUCCUUUUUAUUUCUAUCUUUCAUUUUUUCUCCCUUCCAUCCAUUUUCUUCAUUGCUUCCGUUUUCCGUCCUUUCAUGUAUCCUGCUUUCCUUCCUUUCUUUUUCAUCACUACAAUUUUCUUUUUCUGUCCAUGCAUCCAGCUUUCCUUCCAUCCUCUUUUCCAUCCUUAUAUCCUUCCUGUCUUCAAUCCUCUCUCUUGUCUUUUAUUAUUCUUUCAUCCCUCCUACCGUCUGUUUGCUGUAAGUUUUAGAAAUUUUAUAAGAGUCCUCUUGUCCAUGACUCAGCUGCUGUAUUUGAAGGGACCUUCCUCUUAAAGGUUAAGUAUAUCCUAUAUUCUAGUACUUGAUGCAGUCCUGUAUUCUGAAAGUAUUCUGAAUCUGAAAGUUUGUUCACUUUGAUUGAUGUAUCUGCUGGCCUGGUCCUGUGGGGUCAUGGAGUGUUACCCUACAUCCCACUGUUCCCACACAUUAUCACUUAUUAUCAGCAUAGCUAUGAGGUCAUGGAAGUGGAUCCAGACAGAGGCAGAGCUGUGUGCUGUGAGGCUCUGUGGCACCUCCUUGCCAUGCCUGGCCCUGCUCAGCUCUCUCCUACCAUAAUACUCUCAACCUGCUAAUCGUCCUGCACAAUGAGAACACUCCUGCUCUUUGUUUGAGCAGGCCCAAAGUGUGUGACCUACUUUGAGCCUCACUAUAAUCACAGCACUCAUAAAAGGUCCUGCUUCAAAAGCUCUACCACCCACAUUUCCCCUCCCUGUUUCUCCUCUCUGGGCCAUCUCAGGUCCUUUCAAGUUAAAAGCCCUCAAGAUUCAUCUAACAACAUCAGAUAAAACUGCACAAUCACCUCCAUUAUUCUCAGAAAAAUGAGGAGGAUUUGGCAUUUAUUAAAAGUUGCACGAAUAAGUAUUUCGUGUUUUGACCUGAUCUGUGAGAUGAGUGGGUUGGAAAAGACUCUUCUUUUAUUUCCUAAUAAAGGACAACUCAAAAGUAUUGUUGUGUUAUUGUUCACUAUUAACAGAAAGAAAGCCAUUUUAAGAUAUAUAUGUAUAUUUUGUGUUCUGCAAUCAAAAUUCAAUUGCUUUCUGUCUGUGGUGCCUCCUCUGCCACCUUCAGAUGGGUGGCAAUUAGGGAUUGGCGAUAUAGGCAAAAAAAUGUAUCACAGUAAGAUAGGCCAUUCUGACGAUAACGAAAAAGGUCCCAAAAAGUAUUAUUAUAAUUCCGAAUUAGGCCUGUCGCGAUAAUCAAUAAAUCGCCUUAUCGCUCGAUAAAUAAAAACGAGGUCGAUAACUUUGCCAGCCUCGAUAAUUGACGUGCGUUUGUUUUCCUACUCUCUCGCUACCAAACACGCUGGAUGAGAGAAGAGGUCUCACUCUGCGCAUUGUUCUCGGCACCUGGGGGCGUUGGCUCUAUAGCGGAAUGAACGGAGUUAGUGAACCCUCCUGUCAGUCAUUCAGUGUCUUUGUUACGAGGGGGCGCGCGCGCAGGUACACGUAGGCGCGCACAGGCACACAGACACAGACUUUUGGAUACGGUGCUGCAAGUGAGCGUCGUGAGUGAAAAGCAAGCUAACAGAAUAAACACGACAGCUUUGGUGUCUAAACCGAACGCAACAGCCCAAGUGUGGGAAUAUUUCGGCUUUAAACCAGUUUUGUUUUCGUCAACCACAAAACUCCACGUGUGUGUGUGCGCGCGCGCGUGCGUGUGUGCCUGUGUGUUGGAGGAGCACAGCAGGCUGAUGAGAGCUGUCAGAGGGGACUGAAGCUGCUCCUAUAUGUUUAGCGUUUAACUGACUGAGUUUUGCAACUCUGUUCGUCAUUUUCGUCUCGUCCCAUCAACGUAAACGCACUUUCGUCUCGUCACAUUUUAGUCAUCUCCGACUUAAGUUUAGCUCGUCAACGUUACGUCUUCGUCGUAGGAGAAAAGGGAAAUAUUUUAGUCAACGAUAACAACCAGUGUUGUUCUCGUGUGGAAAUUAAAGUUUAUCACUUUUGACAGGGUGUACUCGCAUUAUUAUGCCAUAUAAUAUCAUUAUCUAUAAUUUAAAAAAUGGUGUCAAUAAUAUCGUUUAUCGGCGAUAAUUUGUAGCACAAUUAUCGUCCAGCAAAAUUUGUUAUCGUGACAGGCCUAAUUCCAAUCUAUAUUUUUGACUCAUUUUGUCUUGCGAACAUCAGUUAGAGUAGUCAAUUAAGAUACUUAACCACAAGUUUGAGUGGUAGGUUAUGGAGAAAACUAAUGACAUCAAAAAGUCUCAAAUGUGAAAACACUUUCAACAUUUGUUGAAAACUCUUAUUACACAGAGUGAACAGCAGCAGAUCCACUUUCCGAUGUCAGAAAUACCUGAUUGCGCUCAUCCCUCAUGUGGAGCCUCAUUCAGUAACGAGCUGCUCAGAAAUCUCUCCUUCAUUACCUUCGGCCAUGUUUGUUUGUUAUUCUGCUCUGUGUGGGCUAUGGCUAUGAGUCUGUUGCUCACGCUCAUGUCAUCAGUUCGCAUUUAUCAUUUUUAUCAUGAGAUGGCAAAUAUAUAUCAUGACGAUUUAUUGUGAACUAUAAUUUAUUGCCCAUCCCUAGUGGCAAGCCAUCAUUUAAGGCCACAAAACUGCUAUGGUGAUAUUCUGGAUCAUCAUGAGCAGCUCAGUACAGUUUGAAUAUAAACUUCUCCAGAAUUUGAAUCAAUGUUCAAAUGUUGGAUAAAAAGUGACAACCCUAUUAUGUGUAAAUAGUCCUUAACAUUAAGUACAGUAGAAACCAGCGACUAUGGCUUAGGCUCUAAACAUGCUCCCAGUGGGUCAGGGUCUACACCCUCAGAGCAAAAACAGACUGUGAGUACAGAUUUAUGAUCCAUGUGCAUGGUUUGGUUUUGGUAUGACUGCAAAUCUGUGUGAUUGCAGUAGAAACCCAGAAAGGUUGUAAAUUUGAAGAGAUGAUGUAGAUUUUGAAAGUACCCAGUUACAUGGUAUGCAGCACUCAUUUUUUUCUCUCCUUUCCUCCCAUUUGACUAGCAGCAGUCAUGUGACACAUUCAUGUCCUUGGUCUAAUGUCAUCCCUUAAGUCAACAGCGAAGCAUUUUACUCUCAGAGUGAUAAAUCAAAGAAGAAACCACACAGACAGAGGAGCUGGACAAAAUUGAGCUAUUUUUGAUGCGUUUAAUGACUAAACUGAUACAAUUGCUUUUUUAAAUACCCCAUUAUACUGCUCUUGUACCACGUCUGAAGCAGAAACCAUGCAUGCAGAGGUGCUACCAUGGGAUGGAUGGUUCCUCUGAAACUAUUCAGAUGGUGAUCAUUGGUCACCUUGCAGCCAAUCGGACUUUUUGUUCUAACCAAGUUUAAAGUCAGGACAUCUGGGGGUUAAAGUCGUGUUCCUCACCUUCUUUUCAGGCCUCAUUUCGUAUCAUGGCCUUACAACAGUGCUGUUACAGAUAUAUGCCCUUGUCAUAACAGGCAGUAUGGAAAGGGGUUUUAACUAGUGUGCUGACUCAACUAGUCCCCUUCUUUUCUGCUUCAUCAGGUUGAGUAUUUCUGGAAUGAUGCAGAAAAUCACUUCAGAUCUGCAGAGGGACAUUUGGUGUUGAACUUAAUAGUGUAUGAGUCCCGCACAGGUCUCCUGAGUUGUUGCACUGUGGUGGGAUCUUCAGCUAGUUUUAUAUCUAACUUGCUCGUCAGUCAGGGCCUCUUUACUUAAAAAAGAUAUCUUCAUGCAGUAGUUAUAUUUGGUAGUAUGAGGCCCCUGCCUUUCCACGUGUGUUUGUGGAAUGCCAAAGCCUGAAUGGGGGAGAGCACGGUUCUUCUGUUUAAUGUGCGUACAUGAAAAGUUAUGGCAGGAAGAGCAGCAUCAAAGAUAAAGAAAAAUCAGACACAGCAUUAAAGGGAUAUUAACACACCGUAACACUGAGUUAGACACCCCCUUGAGAGAUGAAUGUUGCCGACUGCUUGCUUCUUUAGUUAUACCAACUUCAGCAACGACCGUACAAAAGCAACUCGGUGAUCGACUCGUCAGGGCUCCCCCCACAAACAAGCAUCUGCUGGAGGAGAGUAGGUGAGUUGUGUUUAGUCUUGUUGCUCAAGAAACCAGGCAAAGCAAAAAAGAUGUUUGAUGGCCACUAUGGCUGAGACCUUAUGUACUAUUGAUGAAGUUAGGUGCUGUUUCGAUCAUUGUUUGUGGCUAUAGAGUGGCUUUUUGGUUGAAGUUUGCGCCAUAAACCACUGUGUAUUGCUAUCCUGCGGUCAUUACUAAAGUUGGUAUAACUAAAGACACAAGUGGUCAGCAACAUUUAUCCCUUGAGGGGGUGUCUAACUCGGUGUUACGGUGUGUUUGACCAUAUCUUAAAUUUAUGCCAGAAUAUCCCUUUAAAAGGAGGACCAGAGAUAGAGGUGGGUUAAGUGAAACAUACCGUGGGCCUAGCUUAACUUUGUGGCCUGUCUGGACUAACACUAUGCUCCAAUAAAUAAUGCAGCAUUUCUACUUUAUGUGCUCCCAAGGUCAUAACUACUGCUGGAAGGAUUCACCUGUUUUUAUUUGUUUUUUUGUUUUUUUUUCCCUAUUUUGAUGUAAUAUCAGCAGACGGUUCAGGCUUAUGGGGUGAAGAUAUUUAACGAAAGACAGGGUCUCACGUCAGAAGACUGAUGGAGGUCUAAAAUAAAGACGAAACAGCAGGGCAGGAACAGAAGCAGUAUUGGUGGUGGGUGGGACUGGGCUCCAGUAAUAUUUGUAGCAGUAUCCCAUUUCCUGUGUUUGCUUUACUGGAGCAGAUAUGUAACUGGAAGAUUAGGGCCUGGUGGGAUGUUGACGUUGAACAAGGCCGGACUGGAGAUUGUGGAUUGACUUUGUGGUGGAGCUGCAGCCUGGUGGGAGGUAACGCUGCGCUGAACCCAAGCAGAGAUACAACAACACAGAGACACAGUGUUGUUUCAGUGAGGGGGCCUUCUAUCAACUGGAGGUCUGCGCUGAUUGCCUCCAUAGAUUUUAUCAAUUGUCUCUCCAAAAGGCUUUUAGUGUGCUUAUAAAGAAAUGUAAGAGAUCCGCUGUCAUGGCAGUGUGUAACUGUACAAUGUUGCACAGCAGGGAUAACAGCUGAGAAUGAGCCAUGGAUGAGGCGAAUAGACUUAAGUUUGAAUAUGAAUAUAUGGACACACAGUCACACUACAGUCACUUAGGAUUUUGGUGUCUGUGAGUCUUUUCCUGCUCUCAAAUCAAAACUUAUAUACUCUGACUUCUAUUUUCUCACCUUGGGUCUUACCUGACAGUGAUCCUGACAAGCACAUGGACAAGCCACUGACAUUGAUAUGGAGCAUAGAGCUAAUAAAAUGAGGGUGUGAGAGGUUGAAUUAAAAAAAAAGAAAGAGAGAGAGAGAAGAGGUCAUGUUUUAAAAUGUUAUAUAGUCCAUCUAGCUGCAAAGUGUUGUUUGUCAGGUCUUUGUGGUCAGUCUUGGUAGUUUGAGCUUCGCUGCUUCUUUGCAUCUUCUGCUUUCUUCAUUAUGUCUCCUUUGACACUUUGUGUUAACGUCAAACAGUCUAUAAUUUAUGAUCAUAUAUGAAACAAGUAUCAAUUGAAAAUAUGCUAGUAUGUGGACAGGAAAUAAACAACCUUUGGAAUAUUACAGAAGAAAUACCAUCACAGUCAUUUAAACCAUCAAUUCAUCAAAAAUUAACAACAUCAGGGGGCAAAGCUUAUUCACUUCUGACACGUUGAUGUUGUGAUUACAAUUUACCAAGUUGGAAGCUGGUUGAAAUGUGGAUAUUUAGACCUGACUUCACCCAAGUUUUAAUGUACAAACUUGCUUAGUGUUCUUUAGAUAUGAGCACUGCUGGUGUAGAGACUCCAUGACAUAUCUCCCAGGUCCAAAUAUGUAGACCGAGUAAGGCUGGGUGAUAAAUUGAAAAAUUUACAGAUUCAGAAAUUGGUAUAUUCAGUGUCAAAAAAUAAAUUAAAAAAAGUUUGUUUUUAGAUGUGUGUAGGUAGGCUAUGGUCUCAUGACCCUUUGAGACGCUGUCCUUUGUCGAAGAUGUGACUCCACCCCAUUCAGUCCAUAACAAAGAGGGAAAGACAGGUGAGGAGAUGGAGGACGGUUCAAAAGUUGUAGCGGCUGAAGUUGACAAAGUUUAUGUGGGAGGGGCUGAGUAGCGUGUGGAGUAGUUAUCAUCCAUUUAUCGUUAUCGAGGUGAACUGCUCAAUAUAUCGUGAUAUUGAUUUGAGGCCAUAUCGUCCAGCCCUAAGACAGAGCAUUAGAAGCGCCAGGAGGAUGUGUGGCUGGUUAGUGGAAAUGCCACCCACUGCAAUCAAUUCCCUGUGUCACUGAGACAAUACCAGCUACCAAGUUUUUUAUUGUACCUUAAUUUUGGAAAACAUGAAAAUGAAGAUCGGUUUUUCAUAGUACAUUAUGCAUUUUUAGUCAUAUAAUGAGCAGACACAUAAGGUAAAUUGGAAAAUCUAAAGGAAGUCUGGACGCGUUUGUGAGAGCGCAAGGUCAGUGUGACAUGAAAGCUACUGGGGUCAGUUUACAAUGAACACGUUUUUUGCAAGUAUUUUACAUGCAAGCAUGUGUGCAUAUUUGUGUGGUCUUGUACGCGUAUGUGUGUGGUGUGUGUGUGUGUGUGUGUCUCUUUCAGGCUGACUCAGGUCUGUGCUGUCAUCACUUGGAGCUCUGACCGUCCAGGAUUCAGCAGCUCUAUGGAAAGCCCUUCAUGUUGUAACGGCUAAUUAGCUCUGCAUAAAUGACCGGCUCAGGCUGCUAGCAGGCCGCGCUGCACUGUGAGUGCAGAGGCCUGAUGAGGCUUAAUGGGUCUUUUGAGGCUGUCUGGCUGGAUGUGCUGCCAGCUCUGUGAGCCAGCACAUCACUGUUUGAUCAGCCAGCUAGCCCCUAACACUGGGUCAACACCCCGCGCUGAUAACGCAGCCCUGUGGAUCGCGGCUCUUUGUGCGGGGGCUUUAGCCUCAGAAGUGCUAGCUUCGACGGAUCUUUGAUGCUGCAGAAAAUCUCAGGCACGCUCUGACCUCACUGUCCAGCUUUGUUUUAUUCACGUGGGCUUUGCACGGCUGAUGCUGGCAUUCAGGGCCAUCGAAAGAGAGUCUGAUCAGCUGAUGAGGACCUUGCAUGGUGGCUCACUGAUUUAAUUCAAGCUCUCUGAGACCGACAGAUGCAAAGUCGUAUUUGUGUCCCGCUUCUGUGAGGACUGUCCACACAUUGACAUGAUUGACACCAAGAUACUGUUAAAAGUGUGAAUGAAGUCAAAAUAUGAACUUUUAAUUGCGCAUACUAAAAUGAUAAGGUUUCUAUUAAUUACAUGUUAAAAAAAGAAAAGGUCCCAUUGCACGGCCUGUGACCCUGAGGAUGUGUGUAGACCAGUUGGGACAGGACAGCAACCUAGCACUGUCAAUAAGUCUGAACUUAAUCAUCCCAUUAAGGCAGGGGUGGGCAACCAUGUGCCAUGGAGGGCUGAGAGGCUGCAGGUUUUCUUUCCAACUCAAAACUCCACCAGGUGAUUUCACUGAUUAGUCCCUGCUCUCUGCUUGGAGGUAAGGUGAUCAGUGAAAUCACCUGGUGGAGUUUUGGGUUGGAAAGAAAACCUGCAGCCUCUCAGCCCUCCAUGGCACAUGAUUGCCCACCCCUGCAUUAAGGUAACGAAGUCAAAUAUUACACAAAUUCACGUCAGGACUUACAUGUAGCAGAUUUAAACAAUAGUUCAAUAUCGAUUUUUGAAUCAAUUUAAUUGUUUUAAAAAUAAUUUGUUUGACUAAAAGUAAAGUAUACAUUUUAAUGGCUUUGUUUUUUACUCAAACUCGACUAAAAUGUUUCGGUUUUUCGUUGAGUUACGCCUGACCAGAACUUCAAAGGGCAGAAAUGACUUAAAUGAACCUGAAACUAAACUGCCCUUCAGUCCAAAGACUCAGACUAAAUCUGCUCCUACAGUGUCAUUUGAAUGGGCUCCUGUCAUGAGAAGAGUUUGCAUGAGUUUCCAUGCCUCGGUCACUUCUGUUUCUUCCCAUGUUGUUGUACUUUUGCCUCAAUGUUGGUGUUGAUCAGUGUCGAUUAAGAUCUCAAAGGACACGCCAACUGCUUUGUUGUCAGUUGCAAAAACCAACGCAGUUGUCUCCAUUCUUUCCAAUCACUCAAAGUGAGAUAUAAAAAGAAAGAAAAUAAGAAAAUAAUUCUUUUCAGUACUUCUUGCAUGUUUUAUCUGUACUUCUUUGGGUUGAGCGGUCCUCUCAUCCUGGGCAUUUCAUUGCAUUGUUGACCUUGUUGAACCUGCACAUGACAAAUAAACCAAUCUAGAAUCUUGAAUCAACAGAGUUGCCUACCCCUGUUCAGAUCCUGCAUUGCAUGUGUGGUGUACUGGUGUUGGCUCUCCUGGAGCACUCGCCAUUUUCAAGUUUGCUCUUGUCCACUGCUACAUUUGCCUGCACCGACCAGCACCCUCCUUCUUAGUGAAUAUCCAGACAGCCAAUCAGCACUUCACUUUGUUAUCACAGCAGCCCUGCCCACUCAGAAAACUGCAUAAAUAAUAAGGUUAGGUUGCGCAUCCUCUACAGGAACAAUUUGAGACGUUUUCUUUUCAAAUAACCUUAAAACUUUGAGUAAGAGACAACAGAAAUGGUAAAUAGCUAGAAAUGAGACAAUGAAAAACAAAUUUGAUAUUUAGGUUUUUUAUGUAAAUAUCCAAAGAGCUGAAUAGUGACACCAGAAGACCUAAAGGUUAUCAAAAUUCAAGUAUUGAUGAGCCGUCUAAUGAUUUGCAGUCAGGUUUUUCACCAGAACCUGCAUCGCACUAAAGAGAGGGAGAGUAGUGGCAAUGAGGAAGCACUAUGAAUAAAUAUGAACCAGAAACACUGAGAAAAGAUCUGUCAUUUUUAUUUUUCCCCCAAGUUGUUAAAGUCAAAAUCUGGAUUCUUUUUUGAUUCAGCUUCUGUUCAUCCAGUGUGCUGUGUCUCUGCUCUCUCACACCUGCAGCUCCUUCAUCCAUUAAACAGACAGAGGGCAAAUUGUCUGGAGAUGAAGACGGCAUGCUUUAACUGAAUUACAUGUGAUAAUUGAUCAAGAAUAAUUUCAUGGAGGUCCUAAUAUUAUUUCAAGGGUAAUUCUUUUAUUCAGCCUGUCAUCACCAUUAGCAGCAUUGCAGAUGACGACUGUGUUUAAUAACGUUUCCUGUGCUCUGUGCACACUCUACACAUGGAAAACAACAGAAUUAAUAAAAUGGGAAAAAUUGAAAGACGUUGUCCAGGCUAAAAUCAACACAGCUGCAUUUCCAGGAUAAUGUAAUAACUCUUAGAAGAAGUAAACAUCCAUCAUAAAUGAGCAGGUUUAGACUGUGGCAGGCCUUUAUGAAGUGUGGAAAAGAUCUGAGAACAAUAACUUCUGUUUUUCCCCUGAAACUGAUUUUUUUGCUUUGAUUUAUCCUCAUAGUUUGAUAUUUUAGGUAGAGCUCAGGCUACAUCAAAAGGGGCAAUAAGAUAUUAGAGAUAAGUAGUUGACAAGUAGUCGGGCAUUCGCAGAGGGGAUCGGGCAUUCGCAGUUGCUGCUCCCACUCUGUGGAAUGCCCUGCCACAGUCUGUGCGUUCUGCAACCAGCCUCACCUCCUUCAAAAUGCACCUUAAAACCUACCUGUUUACCCUAGCUUUUGGUUGAGUUGUCACCUGCUUUUACUCGCGUACGCUUUUCUUUUAUUGUUGUUAUUGUAUGUUGCCCUUUUAAUGUUGCCAUACUUGUAGCUUUUAUUAUUUUAUGUCUUUUCUCCUGUAAAGCACUUUGUCUGGCCUGUCCUAUAAAAGUGCUAUAUAAAUAAACGUGACAUUGACAUUGACAAGUAGUCAGAAAAAGUGUCCUGUUGGUUUCUCUCCCUCGUUGUGCACUAAUAGAGCUCCACGAUCACGCACUUUGAUCAUACAGUGAGCAGAGUUUUUCUACAAACUGAUUUUGUAUUUUGGACAAAGGUUAAGAAUCCAGCACAAGUAACCAUGGUCAUUUACUUCAGUAAGAAGUGACUAGGUUUUCUGCUGACACUCUGAAGCCACAACUCCUGUGUCAUAGUACAGGCCCCAGGUGAAAAUAAUGUUUAUCUCAACUAAUCAUGUUUCAAAAUUCUGGUAUCACGAUAUCUAAAGCAGCUUUGAGAGGAGGUGUGCUCGAAGACCAAAGCAUAAAAAAAACAUAUUUAUUUUCAUUGAAUGACAUUUACACCAUGUCUGGUCUGCUAAGUCAAUCUGCAUCAAUCAAUCUUUAUCAAAAGAGCGCCAAUUCACAGCAAGUGUUAUCCUAAGAUGCUAAACAAAGAAAGCAGGUCUAAACUCAAUGUAAAGAUGGGAUCAGACUGAGCCUCAUCUUGUAAGAUCAAACCCACUCCCAUUCCAUUUUCAACCACAGGAGUGAAACAUUUUACAGCAUUUAGGAGAGUUAAAGUGGAGAGGAAGAACUUUCUUUAACAGGCAGAAACCUUGAGCAGAACUAGACUCAUGUUAGACAGUCAUCUGCUCAGACUGAGCUGGGUUUAGAGAGGAGAGAGAGGGAGAUGGACAGAGGAGAGACCGAUGCUUUUAGUUGAAACAGCUGUAAAGCAGACAGGUCCUCAGCAGCUAGAUGUCUGCAGCAGUGAUCCAGAGGAAGCUACGCCAUAAUGGAGCAAAGGGACUCCCAGAAAAGACUGAGUAUAAGUGACUCUAAUGGGACAUGAUGAAAAGUGUUUCUAAAUUUUACACAGUACACCUUUAAAGGAUAAUUAAAAAUGCCUGCAUCUUUGCCCAUCCAUCUCCCCUUUGGUUAUCUUUUUCUCUCUCCCUUAUCCUCUUCUUAUCUUCUUUGUUGUAGUUGUCAAGGCCUAUAUUUAUGAAGUUGCAUAUGCCAUCAUCAAUUUUGACAUCAAAGUUUCCACUCAUGGAAAUGUAAAUGAAUGGAAACAAAGGCACUAGUAAAGUUAUAUUCUUCCCGAAAAUACUCAAAUGCUGCAGUGAAAUACUUUGACUUUGCCACAUUACACAGCUGCAUGCACAGACAAAAGAAGCAGUGCCAUCUGAAUCGAAGACAAACAUUGAAAUGAAGGACAGGUGGUGCAGCUCAAAAUAUAAAUAAGAGCUGAGUGUGUUGGCUCCCAGUUAACAAGAAAAUUCCCAUUUUGCAUUAGCAGGAGGGGCAGGAGGUUUGGAAAGGAUCGUGCUUUUUGAGUGUCAGUGGGUUGAAAUGAAUCUCUGCAGUCACCCACACCCGAUCCUGAGGCUUUUUAAGUGAUGACAAAUGAAAUGAAAAAUGCAGAGUCAUUGUUUUUGGAGCAGGACGCUGAGGUCACUGAGGAUCUUCAACAGGCUGUUAAACUAUUUUAUAGUCUCUUGUUUUCUGACCUCCUGUUGUUUAAUUGUUUGCCCUUAAUUCUCUUCAUAGUCACAUUGUUGGUGUGAAUCAGCACUUCUCCAAUCCUUUUCUUACACUCUGCAAAAAUACAAAGAUGAACAGCUCUCUCAGACGGCAAUGACAUCUCUGUCUGCCUUUUCAGAAAACUGAGCUCUGUUCAAGAAUGUGACUUCAAAUAUUUUAUCUAGUAAAGGCCAGACUGCCCCAAAAAACCUUGGUUUCAAGCCCAAGUUUUCUUCUGAAUGUGUCGUGAAACCCUGUAAAGCAGUUGUUGUUUUAUUCCUGAGUCUCUCUGUCAUGUUGCUGUGUUGCAGGUAUUGCUUACCUCGGUGGAGUCUGCAGUGCAAAGAGAAAGUGUGUCCUGGCUGAAGACAAUGGACUCAAUCUGGCUUUCACCGUCGCUCACGAGCUGGGACACAAGUAGGUUUCACUCCAUACAGUAUCAUGUGAUCAUACAGUAUCAAAGACUGCAUAAUACAUAGACACACAGUGUAUAGACAUUCACCCAAUAGUGUGUGGUUUUGAACCGGGCUCUUGAGAAGGGCUGUUUUGAAUGUGUAUGUGUGUGUGUGUAUUUUAGCUUUUGCAGUCAGCCUCAAGUGGAUAUUCAAGGAAGUGCAGUUUUUAGCAUAUCUACUUCAUUUUUUAAGACCAGUGUAUAAUGGUGAGGUGAAGCAGAACCACUCCUUACUCUACCUCAGAGAAAGUAACAGAGGUGAAACGUGGGGAAGAGGGUGGCGCUGUGGAGCGUUGGAGCCUCCAUCCUAGAGUAGUGCUGUGGGCACAUGCAUGUCUCUGCACGUGUUAAUAAGCUGUACCUUUUGUGCCCCCAAAACAAUGUAAUGCUGUUUAAUUAUGUACUUUUUCCCACUGAGAAAAUAUGAUAUGACAUUGGCCUUGUGAACGCCGAUGCUGAUUUAGUGCCAGUUACUUGAAAGCGCUAACAAUUGGCCCGAUUAUUCAGCCUGUCUCUUACUAGUGCUGAUGUUCCACGGGGUUGAGGUUUGGUCCAUCUCUGCUCAGAUCCAGUUUGACUUCAUGCUCUGUUGUCUAUCAACACCCACUGACUGCAUUUUCUGUUAACUCUGUGUUCGACUCCACUCACUAUCACGGUUUGGUUGUUUAGUUAAGUGAAAUGCAAUCCAGUGUCAAUACAGAGAGUUUUGUUUUGAGAAUUUACCAGAUUUGGUGAAAUUCAGGGGUUAGACAUGACCAGCCAGAGAUAGAAAAUAGUUUUUCUUACCACAGUAUCAGCAGGCAGCUACUAAACCAACUAAAACUAAAAACAUAGUUUGAAGCUGCCCUUAUCUUGAGGUUCAGUAAAUUGGCCUAAGUUCAUCCUCAUUAAAAUUAUUCCUGUUUGGUAAAUGUUAAGUUUACAUUGUUUGUCAUCAAAUGUUUUUUUAUGUAUGAAAUGAACUCUAAGUGUGGAUUCCUUUUUUCUGACUUUGCAGCCUAAACUAGUCUUUAUUUUAAAGUAUGCAUUAUGUAUAUAAAGCCUUCAUUGACAGGCCAGUUACACCGAGCUAAGACUGCAUUUAUACCAGAGAAUCAUGAUGAAGUGUGUGAAGUUUUGCAGCAGCUCUGACUCUGCACAGACCCUCAGGACUCAGCACACGUUUUACUAAACAGUUUCUGCUCCAGGUCUGAGGCCAGAAAAGGGACCAGGCUGGCACUCUCUGAUUCUGAUGCUGCCAGUGUGCACGUUAUGGAAUCAGAGCUACACAAGAACACACUCGUACACACAAGAACACACUAAAAGGAAUUAUUGUGUUAUGUGUUUUAACAAGCUGAGGUGGUCACAUAAACUGUUAGCUCAGGCUGGCAUCAUGUCCCGGCUUUAACGGACCAUGUUUCGCAGGCGGAGCACAGCAGAUUAUGAAACUAUAAUACACAUAAAUUCACACCUAUACAGGCUGUAUGUAUACACAUAAAGUUUUAUCAGUUAUGUACCAGUGAGGCAUUUUGAAGUCCGACAGGGUUAGGAUUUAAGAGAGGAAAACUACAAUGUAAAGUGAUAUUGAUGCCAACAAAACAUAUUUCUAACUGUCGUUAUAUAUUCACGUUUUGGAGAUCCAGAUCAGCUCUGAGAAUAUGAUUCAAGAUAAACCAAAAGCUAGUUGUUGCGCCAUCAGCACAUUUCUCCCCUGCAGUGGGCCUUGUCCCCUUUGCCAUAUAACUCAAAAUAAUGGAUAAUUUCCAGUAAGUAAACACUGAGAUGGUGGGGCUGCCAUCUCGCUCAAGCUCUGCUUCUAUUGGCUUACACAACCAAUGGCAGCUGUUCAAUACAGACUGCUAGAGAGCCGCUACUCCACUCUUCACAAAAAGAAUAGCAGACUAAUACAUAGUAAGAUUAUCUAAGACUGAAUUAAGUAGGCAAAGUUUUUAAAAACAAGAUUAUUUACAUAUCUAAAGUCAGAGUUUUAGAGGAAAUCUUUGCAGGAGAAGCUGAGAGUUUAAGAGCUGCGUAUGCUACUUGUAACAGCGAAAAAACAUUUUUUCUGAACAGAUCACUUUGUAACACGGUACUCUCCUGAAGAGUAAGAUGAUACUUAAAGUAUUAUCCCAUAUAAAAUUAUCCGUAGCUGAAGCUACAGUAAACAUCGAUGAAUGAAACCUUAAAUUUGACAGACUGGUAGAGGUGAAAAACAACCACAACAGACUUCUUUUUGUCCUGUCACUUUGACUGAGCCUAUCUUGGAAGAACAAACAAUAGCCAUGUUCAUAUCUGCAAAAUUUCUUCAUCCGAUUAAAAAUUUGAGGGAUCGGAAAAUCUGAAUCCACUCUCUAUACAGGCACAAGAUUAAAUAAUAUAAUCAUGACGUUCGUAUACAUGCACCAAGCUUUAUUCAGACAAACGCGGUUGUGGCUCACUCCAUCCAAUUCAGGAUUUUUCCCCCAGUUAAAUGUUGUCACUAGAUGGCGCCGUGCUUACUUCUUUUACUUUUCUGUCAAAGGUUGCUCUGUGCGUGCAGAUGUGACAUCAUUACGCUGUUUGUACGCCUUGUUAUAUUAUCGGAGGAGCAGACACAGCGCCUAUGGUUGUGUUUUAUGCCAGUGUGUUCAUAAUGAAACCCCCCGUACUGGCCUCAAUAAAUCAGCCAAAGGUUCAAGAAUGACGACCAAGUCAGGUGAGAGAGUCACGAUCGGGAUAAGUGUUUACAUGGACGCGUUUCGGAAUAAUGAUCGGCAUAAACCACCCCUCUUGUUUGGAAUUAUACUUUCUUUCCAGUUAAGCUGAAUUGGUUCAGAAUUUUCAGAUAGACAUGUUUACAUGACGGUUUUUUAUUACGAUCGGGCAUUUAUUCUGAUUAUUUGUGCCCAUGUAAACACAGCUAAAUUAAGGUCAGGCACCUUUGACACACCAGGCUUUCUGAAAGAGCUUCAACCAUCUUCUGAAGGAGAAAUGAACGUAUGAACAUAGAAGCAUGAUUCUAUUCUUCUCUGCUUGAACCUGAAGAACCCGAGGAAGGAGUCUGCACCAGAAAUGUUUGACUUUCUGAGUCUGUGGCUGCAGUUCAGAGCAGGUUGUUGUUUUUAAUUUGCAAAUGUAGGUCAUGGCUUUGGGUGGAAACACACACAUACACACAUACACACAUACACACACAGACACGCCGAAUACACAGUGCCUAAAUGAAUCCUCUUGUUUCAACCAACACGCUGUCCCCAGUUGUUCUACACUUUUAUCUGACUCCAAGACAUGCAUUGUGUAUACACAGAUGCAUUGUGGGUAGACAGCUCCAGCCUAAGCCUCAUUUAGACUCUGACUUUGCCAGUUCAAGAAGUUUUAGAUCUGUUACUGUAAGUUGUGCCGGUGCAGGUUUUCCCACAGUAUCCAGAGCUUAAUUCACCUCAGCCAAAUAUUCUGACUAUUGUCCAACCGAGGGAAAACCAGAACCCUGAGGAACUGGCUGAGAUCUUUGAAACAGUGGGAGCUGGACAGAAGUUUGUUCAGACAAAAAGAUGAAGGAUUUUGACGCUGCGGGAUCAGAUUCUAAAAUUUCUUACACUCUGAGAACUGACGAGUGAUUUCCAAGUCAGUCGAGACAAUCCGUUCAUGUCCAGUUAUGGAAAACCGUCCAGUUAUGCAGAAAUCCCCUCCUUUUAACAGACAUCAUUUUAGUUGCCAUUGUCACUUCCUCUGUGAUUUGACUGGAAAACUCUGCACUGUGAAAAAUUUGCAUCUUCUUUUUCCUUAAUCACACAACUACCUUGCCAGAGUAUUUCAGGAAGCUAUUUAACAAAAAUCAAUGACUGGAAAAGAAAAAAAAAAGGUUCAAAUAUCUUUAAAAAAAAAACAAAAAAAAUCUCAGAAACUUUGAGCAGGGGUCAACUUGAUUCAACCUCUUUGUUUCCAUGUAUUUCUUCAGCAUGGGAAUGAGCCAUGAUGACGACCACGCUACCUGCACCGGUCACUCCCACAUCAUGUCUGGAGAGUGGGUGAAAGGACGAAACCCUAGUGACCUGUCCUGGUCUUCCUGCAGCCGUGAUGACUUGGAGAACUUCCUCAGGUGAGACUUGUUUGGAUGCAGCCAAGGAGGAUCAAAAACUACCAUAAAAAACUGUCUGUCAGCCCCUGUUACAGAGUAAACCAGUUUUUCGCUGCAGGUCGUAGACUUAGUACAGAUAGAAACUCCACAAACAGAAUUAUGAUUCAGGUAGGUAAAAUGAUUAGUUAUUAACUUUUAUACAGAAUACAGCAGCUGUCUUCAAGCUUCCUGGAUGAAAUGUAAGUGGUAACCAGUGCUGCCCAUCUUCAGCACAGUAGGCAUGACUAGGCUGGACUUUAGUAGAGAAGAAAACAGCUGCUGACAAUUGAGGCAAGCAAUAAAAAGUACUCAACGUUUAUGUCAUCAACCUGCCCACACUGUGCAAAUCCUCCCAAAUUUCCUCACUGUUUUGGCACAUCAAGUCACUCCAAAUUCACACAGACUUUUACCAGAGGGCUGAUAGGAGAAGGUUAAGGUGGGGCAUUCAGCUGUUUGCAUUCACACAUGCACCCUGGCUGAAUAUAGCUCUGGAGGUUUUUCAGCGCUCCUGAGCCUGUUUGGAGGAGGCUUACAAAAGAUUGUCAGUUUGCUGUCUUUUGAUCUUGAAAUAGUUUCUUUAAAUAAUUUCUCCUCAGAGGAACAAAUUUAGAAAACCGAUCCCAGCCAGCAAAACUUUGAAGAGAGCAGCUAAACUUAGUUGUGGCGGUUAACCUAAUCUUCCCACUUUGAUGCAGAGUAAUAAACCAAGCGCACAUCCACGAAUAGCUCUUCUUUAUCCCUCUUUCUUUUACAUACAUACACACAUAGACAGACUGCCAAGUUUGCUGAAGGUUUCAGAAUGUUGCUGGGGCCCUCUGUGGGGCCUGGACGAGCUGCUCCACCGGGACUCUAUGGUGGUUUUUUAACUAUAGUCCAUUGAAAAUAAAAAGGAAGUUCAAACUCAGCUCUGCUCAAAAAAAACCAAGAGCGCAGCAGUAUUGGACUUAAAUUGAAACUUGCAGAAGCUACGUCCUGCAAAAGGCUAAAUGCACUGCAGUAAACGGCCAUUUAGAAAGCACUGAUUGAAAAAUCUACCAACUUGGAGACUGAUACCAUUAUUUAUCGCUACGUCCUCCGGCCACAUUUGAAUUUCACAGUUUAUUACAAAUCUUAAACAUUUCUAAAGCAACCCUAUCACAUUUUUCACCAUUGAUACAGGAGCAUCAUGUUCACUGUGGGCACUAAUUAGUCUCAAAAAAGUGUCCCUUGUUCACUGACCUGGUUCUCUAGUGCUACAGAGGCAACAUACAAAAAGUGUCAGGUAAUGUUAGCUUGUUGCUCGAUGCUAUUUAGCUGUUAAACUGUUGUUGUUGUAGGUACAAAUAAGACUCCAAAUAGCUACAGCUUAGUACACUUGUCAUCAGCACUUUUGGGUCACGGGUUUUGAGAAGACAUUCGGUUUGCCAUCAGAGAAGUCCAUUAGAGUGUGGUGUGGAGGUUUACUUUAGAGGGAUGACAUGUUGAGGAAGAGGCAUUGCUUUUCCCUCUCUUUCUUAAGUAGAGGCUCAUGCUGUAUAAACAUUGACACUCUGACAUUCCCUCCUUGUUGAUAAGUCUUACCCUCACCUUUUGUCAAGUUGCAUUAAAUGCAUCUCAUUCUCUGCCAGUGGAUGGAGCAACAGGUUGACCUGUAUAACAAUAAUUAGAAGUAAGCUACUCUUGAAGUUUGUUGGCUGCUAUGUAAUAUGCAAACCAGUAUAAAACAGCAACACAUUUCCUAACUAGAAAAGCACUCUGAGAGCACAGACCUCCGCCAAGCAGCUCAUGUCCCCCCUUAUAUUGUGAUUCACACCAAAACUUUUACUGUUAUGUGUCUUUUAUUAACUUUUAUUUGUGUCUAAACUGGUAUGUUCACUGUUCAUAAUGUUCCUUAAACAAGAAAUGCCCUGACCUGGAUUCGAACCCAGGACCUUCUUACUGUGAGGCGACAGUGAUUACCACUACACCAGUGUGCCGCCCAUCUACACCACUGUGCCGCCCAUUGGUUAUCUUACAGCAUUGAAAAUUCCAACGACACCCUUAUUUUUGUGUGUUCUGGAUCACAGUAUCCGGAAUUUUGUCUGGAUCAGGAUCAACCUUUGACACCUCAUAAAACUCAUUGAGAUCCUUUUGUGUAAUUUUCACUAAAGACUCAGGCCAUUUUUAUAGAGUUAAAUGCAAAAAUUCCAAAAUUUGCCCUAUCGCACAAUGAUAAAGAAUCCUUCAAAAAAUUCCUGGAUCCAGAAGGCGAUCCGGAUCACCACCAAAAUGUAAUGAGAUCGUCCUGGGGCUGAGAUGCACCUCCGGUGAAAAUUUCAGGUCAAUCCGUCUGUAACUUUCUCUAUAAAGUUGUUCACAGACCAACAAACAAACAAACAAACCAACCAACCAACAAACCAACGCUACCGAAAACAUAACCUCCUUGGCGGAGGUAAGCCAGCAUCACUGGGGUUCAUAUAAGUGGAAGCUGCAGUUUCACUUCCAGUUCAUAAUUUAAACAUUUAGAUGAAACAUUUAUAUUUAACAUCAUAUCAUUCCUUUGAACUUAGAUGAACUCUGCUCAUAAACUGUGAGAGUCAGAGAAAGACGAAGUGUGAGAAAAAGAAACCAAAACCUGAUGUUCUCGUUUGGGUGAUUAUUUAGGUGUCUGUGAUAAUUUUUAUGGUGUGUUUAAGUGUUGAUGGAGGUUCGUUAAAAGCCCUGCAGAUGACCAAAAUAGAGGGGUGUAACUGAUAAUGUGGUUAACACUGAAACCUUGAACAGUUGGUACUCUUCCUGCUGUCAAACAGAAACCAUUUCAAUCUUCCUCUGAUCGGAAAACAAGUCUGAUUUUGAUUCAGAUGGUAAAGUGCGAAGUAAAGUCUUUGACAUUAAUCAGUUUUAUGUCAAGGACACAGUUUGAAUCCCUCACUUGUGCAUAUAAACAGGUCCAAAUCCAGUGCCUGCCUCCUGCACACAGACCCUAGGAGCAGGUACCAGGUCCGGCUCCCGCCCAAACUCCCCGGCAUGCACUACAGUGUGGACGAACAGUGCCAGAUCCUGUUUGGAACCAACGCUACUUUCUGCAACGACAUGGAGGUAAAACACACUUCAUCAGAGCUGCAGCUUUAAAUGUCACAGAUGAUUCAUUUUUAAAACACGUUUAGGGUAACUCUCACCUCCUUCAACAGCAAGUGUUUCACUGAUAUUUAGAGUUUGAAAGAAAAGUCUGUCUGUGAAAUGACAAUGGUGUAUUUGCUGCCAGGAAAAAUAAAAAAACAAGAUUAUACAAAACAAAAGGAAACCUUUAAGUAAAAUAUAUCUAAAUAUACUUUUUUUUGGUUGUGUUUGUCAAAUCCUUUGGUUUCAAAGUACAAGAGUCAGGUGUAUUGUAGCUGCCGGCUCUGUUCUGUACCCCUCUGUCUUUGCUGCCGCUCUCCCUGCCUAGGCUUUUCAUGUAUGCACAUGCAAGGGGAAGGAGGUGUUUGCAUUGUUUUAAUGUGAACACUUACCAGUAUUUGUUUUCUAUCAGCUUACAACCUUCUGAAUGCUCUACAUUAGGGCUGGGCAAUAACACAACAAUGAUUUAUAUCAAGAAUUAUUUUCCCUUGAUAUCAAUAUAAAACAUGGUCAAUAUGCUUUUCAAUAGUCUGCUUUCUGACUAUACGAAUAGCCAAUGAAAAGGGGAGCUGCGCCAUGCUGAACCAAUCAUGUGCUGAAUUAGAACCAAGUAGCAAACAACUGCGUAGUAGCAGGCUGCAGCUACGUGCAACCACAGCACUGUAACACAUGAAGCUGACAGCACAGCAAAAAAAGAAAAUGAGUGCUUCCCCCACUCUCCUCUGAGAACAGUGGCACGAAAACGUAGGUGGUGUGGAGGUACUUUGGUUUUUGAAGGCAGACAUGAAGCAGAGUAAUGUGUACUGCAAGUUAUGUUGAGUACAUGUUAAAUUUCAUAAACAGGAACAGGAAAUACUUCUGAUUCAUAAGUGUUUUUUUUUUACAUCGUGUUAUAUAUCGAUUUCGACUGAUAUGUAAAAAAUCUAUCUUGAUAAACUUUUUCCCAUAUCACCCAGCCCUACUCUACAUCUUGCAUGGCCCCACCUGCUAGUUCUGCUGUAGUGUGCUGGUCACAUGAUCUGCAGAGAAACACCCAGAUAAAAAGAUAACGCUGCAUGAGAAUAUGUCCCCUCUUUAUUGAUUGUGUUGUGAUACUUACGAUCAAAAAUCAGUUCUACUACGCUGUUCUUGUGUUUUGUACGGGGAUGUUUCCAUCUUGUAUUUAACAAAGAGACAUAUUUCCCAUCAUGCUCACAGGCGUACUGUAAAUCUGAUGGAUGUGAGCUGUUUCUGGGCUGGUUAGUGAAGGAAAACAACCAGGAGUGGGUAAUCCGUGUUUGUUGUAAAAAUACUUGAGAUUCCAGCAGUGGGAGCUGUGUGACUGGAGCCUGAUAUUAAGUCGGGUGCUGCUCUUUGAAUCCACCUGGUAGUGACUUAAUACAUAACUUUAGCAAAGGCAACACAAGCCCUCUGAGCUCGAAGCAUGUCAUUUCAUUGUGAAACAUAGAAGUAGCCUAAAGAGCACUGUCCUCAGCCCGGGGUGGUUUCCUCUGACCUGCAUAUUUACUUCUUUCACCUUCAAAAGGAGACAGUCUAUGAAUUCCCAGUUGUUUCCAUAACAAUAAUUUACCUUCACUGCAUGGAAAAAACAGGCUUUUUGUGUCAAGCAUUUCUUAGCACACAGGUCUACUCAGUCAGGUGCACUCAUGUUGUGUAUGUAAGCCCUCUAGUGGCUGAAAGAAAAUAACUUCUUCAGUACUUCCUUUGACAUCGUUGGCUUUGAAGAAGGAGUUUUAGUGCCUUCAAGUGUUUACCUUAUUGCUUUCUUUUAAAGGACUAAUUGAUAAAAUUAAAAAAUCCUAUCCCAAAACAUUAGAACAUUUCAUUUAGAGUUUAAGUAAAUAUCUGAUCAAAGAGUGAAAAAAACGGGCUGCUCUUUGUCUGGUUCAGCGUGUGAUCAAGGGAGCGAGUGCUGACUUUUCAUUUGUCCAGAAGAUAAUCAUUGACACUCUUAAGGAGAGUCAACCAGCAGGGAGAAAGGUUGGUGAUCAAGCAACAGAGAUGACCACAGCCAUGAGGACAUGAACUAUCACAUGCUCAGUAAAGAGAAGAAGGGAAAGAACUGGACUAUUGCUCAGUGGACCAAAGUCCUCCUUUGGGAUCAAUUUACAUCAGCAUUUAUUUGCAUUUCAAGGUGUUUGAAGUCCAGUGGGAACUUCCCACAGUCUGUGGUGAUUUGAGGUAUCAUGUCAUCUGCUGCUGUUGGUUUACUGUGUUUCAUCAAGUCCAGAGUCAACACAGCCUGAGAAGAUUUUAGAGCCCUUCAUGCUUCAGUCUGCUGAGAAACUUUAGCGAGAUUCACAUUUCCUUUUCCAGCAGGACCUGAUACCUGCCCACAGCGCCAAAAUGACAGGAGCGGGUUUGCUAGUCUACUGUGCCUAAAUGAACAUGAGCUGGGAUUUCUGUAUUUUGAAGUCCUUUUUUGAUGAUCUAUGAAAAUAUUUGAAUUAUUUAAGAUUCUGGAUUUCAGAAAUUUUGCAACUUUGAGCCAAAAAAAAAUGACCUCUGAUACUUCACUUACUUGUAAUUGAUAUAAAACGUAACACAAUUUAACCUUUUUAAAUUUAAUUUCUUAAAAAAAGGGCUUUCGACUCUGAUUUUCAGACUGCAUCUGUAUAGCCACCGGAUGUUUUAGAGUUUUGCAACUGACAGGCUAAAACUGUAAAAAGUAAGAAAUGUUCCUUUUGUGUGUGUUUGUGUGUGUGUGUGUUGUGUGUCAGCACUUGAUGUGUGCCGGUCUGUGGUGUUUAGUAGAAGGAGACUCAUCCUGUAAGACCAAACUGGAUCCUCCUCUGGAUGGGACGGAGUGUGGACCCGACAAGGUACAGCCACACUUAUUUCACAAACACAUGCAGGGAGGCAGGCUACCUUUUUGAUAAGUGUGUUAAAAUGAUUGUUUGUUUGUGUAUGUGUGUGUGUACAUCAGUGGUGCAGGACAGGAGAGUGUGUCAGUAAGACUCCCAUCCCCCAGCAUGUGGAUGGAGACUGGAGUCCAUGGAGCCAGUGGAGCAUGUGCAGCAGGACCUGCGGUACUGGAGUCCAGUUCAGACAGAGGAAAUGUGACAACCCUCCGUAUGUCGUCCGUCUGUCUGUCUGACCAUCCGUCCGUGUGUGUGUCUAUCUGUCUGCUUGUAUGUUUGUCCCUCUGUCCCUCUCUUUGCUUGUUUGUGUGUUUGACAGAGAAACAGAUUGCAUGAGCAGAAACAUUUCUCACAUUACCUCCGAAUGUCUUCAGAUUUAAUUUGUCACACGCUCAGACAUAUGUGCAGUAAGAUGCUGCAACUGUUUCACCGUGCAAUUAGACACUCAUUGAGGCAUUUCUCUGCAAGAUGCAAAAAUGAAGGAGAAAGGAAACUUUGAGAAAUUAUAAGAUGUAAAAAUACUUUUAAAAACUUUUAUUUGAUGAUGUAGCCAAACUAUCAUGACGUUAAGGACCCGCGGGACUCAGUAGAUGUGAUGAUAAACUCUCAAAACAUAGGGGUUACUAGUCUGCCUCUGCAUUGAUUGAUUUUUGUUUGUUUAUAGGUUGUGUGAUUUUGUGUUAUUGUGCUGUGUUGGAUGUGAAAAAAGAUGAUUUAUCAUUAAAAGGACUGGAUAUAUGUAGUUGACCCCAAAGGCAGAGCAGGACUUUCUUUUCAGGAUUCUUUCUUGUAUUUUUACUGUAUAUAUAUCUAUAUAUACGUGUGUGUGUUUGUGUUGCGAGCAGUCCUGGUCCUGGAGGGCGACACUGCCAGAGGGCCAGUGUGGAGCACAAGGCCUGUGAGGGUCCCCCCUGUCCAAAGGGAGCACCCAGCUUCAGAGACCUGCAGUGUCUCUCCUACGACCGCCAUGCCAGUAAGAAGAAGGGCAGCAUGCUGACUGCUGUUAUUAAUGAUGGUGAGACUCACACGCUUAGAAAAGUCUGGAUGGUGACACAGCUUCACUUUAUUUUAUAAUGUUCAUCCCUGUUACAAUGUGGCUAUUUAUCCGUGUGUGCAUGUGUGUGUGUUUUGGUGAGCAGAGAAGCCAUGUGUGUUGUUCUGCAGCCCGAUGGGUCGAGAUGUCUCUGUCCUGAUGGCGGACAGAGUGAUGGACGGGACGCCGUGUGGACCGUAUGAAGCUGACCUGUGUGUAAACGGGAGGUGUCAGGUACUCUGACAUACUAACACAAGAAUUUCCACAAACAUAUGAAGUAUUCAGCCAAUAAAAAAAAGAAGAUAAGGGUGUCCUGGGGUUAAAACUUAUUCUUCAAUAAUUUUGCUUAUAUUCAAUGGUCACUGAAGUUUUGUGUCUGCUCUGCACCUCCACCUCCCUAUACUGAUGCAAACACAGCACACAGGGAUGGGACUGACACUGACAUAAAGGUACAUAUUCCUCAUACCCAUAAAGCUUCUUAAGCUUACAGGAAAAGUGGGUCGCGACUUUUUAUUCAGAAUCUUUUAAAGAAGACUCGCUAUAAAAAAAAAAAAAAUAGCCAUCUGUCUUUAAGGGUCAACAGCAGCUACUUGUAGAAACCCCUCCUGACACAUGUAUGAUAUACAAAUCUAAUCAUCAUGUUGUUCAUAACAAAUUCAAAUCAAUCUUUUCUUGGACUUCAAAGUUCAUACCAUUUUCUUUUCCAGUUUGUUUUAAAUUUAAAAGCGAAAUACGAAUCUCAUCAACCAUUAUCUGUAAUAAUUCUCACAUCCUUUCAGCAUGGUAAUUGUCAUGAAGUCAAAUCUUGAUAUUGUGGCUUCACAGAGCUGCAGUAAGACAUUCUAGCUGACUUUAAGUUCGACUUGUUAGAUAUGCUGAAGCUGAGAUGCAGUUGAGACAGAUAGACAGGUGCUCCACAGCUGAAACUGAAAUCCUGAUCUGAUCAUAGCUAACAGUUCAUGGAAUGGGCAACAGUCAGCCUCAAGUAGCUGAAAGUAGCAGCUAAGCACAGACCACGGAGGAGAAUAUGUGCAGGGCUGAAUAUUUUCAGGUUACAGUGAUGCCAUACAGAAUGCAUGGUAAUGCAUGCAACUAUCACAACCAUCUCGUUCUGUUUUGGUCUGAACACAGAGAGGAUAAUGGUGUGAUUACACAGAGAAUGUAGUCGUCCUGUAGACUGUGUAAACAUAGAUGUAGUCUUAGUGAAACCACUCGCUUGUCCUUAAAGAGGGGUUUUGAAGCGAAGAUAGUAGGCAUCACUUUGGAAAUGAUGACUCUGCUGAAGUUUUAGUCAGGCAGAGGUGGAGCUGAGGUGUGCUUUAAGCUUCCAGAUAAACCCCUACAACACAUCUGCGUACCACGCAAUACUGCAACACCCCUAAUUUUGCAGAUCUAUGCAUGAUUCCUUGUCUUAAUAUCACCAAUGUAAAUUGGUUACAGAAGAGUGCAGGCGUAAUGAAAUUAGGUUUUUAGACUUUUCCUCUGUACUUGGCUGUAAACAUGUUGAAAUUCAUCAUAAUAAUGGGUGUUGUACAAGUGUGAAUGGGGCUUCCUUGGCUUUUGGAGCCAGUGGUGGACACUUGAGGAACUGCAUCUUAGAGACCUUUAGCCCUGGCUUUCAACAGAGGAAGUUACUGCUUAAGCAGUAUAAAAAUUAAAUGAAAUUUUGUAAUGCACAGGACCAAGUGGCUGAUUCAUCAGGUAGAUUAUUGACAUUUUGAAAUAACUUGUGUUAGAGCAGCAUUAACGCUCCCAAGGCUGAAGUCAAUAUCAUCUUUUCCUUAAUGAUAAUGACAGCACACUACAUCUAAAACAGCCACCAGCUAGUGUUUAUGUAAAUUCUUUCACGAUUUUAGAAUAAUGCCGUUUUUUAAUGCUUCUGACCAGAAUAACAAUCAUUAACUAAAACCUUUACAUGCAUGCCAUGAAAAUACCAGUAUUUUUCAAUUUCAUAAUUAUAAAGAUAGAUAUUUGCAGCCGUAAAGAGAUAUUUUUAAGAUAAGGACGUAUAUAUAUAUGUAAGGUUUUUUUUUGUUGUUCAACCAAAAUAUAUAACUUUUUUUUUCCUAUGUCAGUAAUCACAGAUGGUAAGACAGAAAGUCCAAAAGUUAGACUGAGCCAAGUUUUGUUUUUGGAAAUGUUUACUGAAGUAAAGCAGUAUUGUUUUUUUUAUUUGUGAGUAUUUUGAGUAUGGCACUAAAUAAAGUGCAAAAAACAGUGUGAAAUCAGCAUUAUAUACAGUGUCUUGAAAAUGUUUUCAUACCCCUUGAACUUUUUCACAUUGGGUCACUCUGCAACCACAAAAGUACACAAAAGUAUUUUAUUGAGAUUUUUUGUCAUUGACCAACACAAAGUAACACAUAAUUGUGAAGUGAGCUGUGGAUUUCUGCAGCUCCUCCAGAGUGACCAUGGGCCUCUUGGCUGCUUCUCUCACCAGUGCUCUCCUUGCUCGGUCUGUCAGUUUAGGUGGACGGCCAUGUCCUGGUAGGUUAGCAGUUGUGGCAUACUUCUUCCAUUUUUGGAUGAUGGAUUGAACAGUGCUCCUUGAGAUGAUCAAAGCUUUGGACAUUUAUUUAUAACCUAACCCUGCUUUAAACUUCUUCACAACUUUUCCCCUGACCUGUCUGCUGAGUUCCUUGGUCUUCAUGAUGCUCUUUGUUGGUUGACUAGUGUUCUCUAACAAAGCACUGAGGCCUUCACACAACAGUUGCAUUUAUGCUGAUACUAAAUUACACACAGGUGGACUCUAUUAACUAAUUAGCUGACUUCUGAAGGCAAUUGAUAGCACUGCAUUUUAUUUAAGGGUAUCAGAGUACAGGGGGCUGAAUACAAAUGCACACCACACUUUUCAGAUUUUUAUUUGUUUAAAUUUUAAAAACCAUGUAUCAUUUUCGUUCCACUUCACAAUUAUGUGCUAUUUUGUGUUGGUCUAUGACAAAAAAAUCUCAAUAAAAUACUUUAAAGUUUGUGGUUGUAGAGUGACAAAAUGUGAAAAAGUUCAAGAGGUAUGUAUAUUUUUUCAAGGCACUGUAUUUUCUGUUGACCAGCCUGCUCUCUCUUGAUUAGCAUCAUAAAUAGAGAGAUGGACAGAGGAGAGAUUGAUGCUCGUAGUUGAAGCAUCUGUAAAGCAGACAGGUCCUCAGCAGCUAAAGGUCUGCAGCAGUGAUCCAGAGGAAGCUACAGCAUGAUAGAGCUCAGGGACUCCCAGAAAAGACUGAGUAUGAGUGACUCUAAUGGGAACAUGAUGAUUCAAAGUUUAUGUCCCAGACAGAAAGAGGAUGGAGAAGGAGGGAAAGGUGCUCCAUGAGCCACUUUCCCUUACACCACCUGACUCCAUCAAAGCCUUGCUCUGUUGUUCUAGACAAUCUGGCCUCAUGUGGAUGGACUUCAUAUAUGACUGAAGUUCAGUGGCUACAAAAACAUGACCAGGAUCAGAUUACAGUUCUGGAUUGUCCAAUUCCUUAUUCAAUAUUAUAGUUAGCACUAGCUGUAGUUCCAGAUUUGGUUGUUUGUGUCUCAAUGAAAUGCUUUGUCUGAGUUCAUAGCCAUUAUUCAUUUCUGUGCUAGAUGCCAAAAUGUUUGACUGUUGUGUAUGACUGACAUCACGGCUUUAUUUAUGAGAAGUCAUAACUUGUUAUUGAAGUAAUAUUUUAGUGUGCACAGGCUCAGAGCAGAGUGACAGAGAUGAAGGACUAACUAGUCAGACAGAUGGUUCAGUAUGCAGCCCCACUGCAGAGAGAGCCUGAAUACAGCUGGUGUGACAGGCUGUUUUUAGCUUCAGAUUCACAGCCAUGAAAAAAAAAAAACAUAACUCAUAUUCCUUUCUGCACCUGGUGAAUUUUGCAGAGUUUCAUACUGCUGUAAUCACUGGAAAAACAUCAAGACAGUCAUGAAAUAAAUGAACAAGUGUCCCAGUUAAGAGCUGUGAAGUAAAAUUCCUCCUCAGGGAACAAUAGAGUACCUCAUUCAUUUGUUAGUCAGCAGUCGAGAAGAGGAUCGACAGCCUGCUGCUCCUCUUGGGAGAAUUGAGGACUUUAUUUGGAUCUGAUGUCCCGUCUACAGUCAGUCUUCAGAGUUUAUUUGCAAAUACUGGAUGAGGAACGAUUGGGAGGAAUUCCCCCUGAUCCUGGCCCAGAGAGAGAGAGAGAGAAAGAGAGAGAGAGAGAGACUGACAGAGAGGGAGAAGGAGGAAUACGCGUCCAAAAAUUGUAAUAUGGAUACAAUUAUCAUGACGCAAAUGUGCUUACAAAGUUCUAACAUCUCAGCAGUGACUCAUGUACCCCUCUCUAUGUAGAAUCACUUAGAAGAAGUUCAGCUGAAGCACACACUAGAUGUCUUUAAAGUCAGCUUUUAAAGGUUUCUGUAGAAAGUAGAGCAAAGGUCACAAUUAGAAAAGGGAUUUUUAGACCAGAGCUCCUGCAAGUUUGGAGCCAGGGUCUUUGCUGAUUCUGUCCUGUGCAAGUGUUUCUUUCUUUUCUUGACUGUUUUCAGUCAAAUGUAUCUCUUAACAAAGAAAGCAGCUCACAGCACAUGAAGUCACAGCUAACAACCAAAAUAGCUGACUAAUGCAUGAGUCCUAUCUGUGAUGAGGCUAAGUCAUAGUUUAGGGUUUAGUUUAGUUUUUAGGAGUUUAGGGGUUAUAAUCGAAUUUAAAGAGAGGAGAAUCUUUGGAGCUUUUAGCAGCCCAGCGUUUAACAUAGUUCAUAAUCACAACAGGUGAUCCAUGAGUGAACAAUCAACUGUUGUGAUAACGAUCUAAAACUGAGGACAACAGUAACCAGCUGAGUAAAACUUAUAAAAUCUGGGAUAUGAGAAGGUUUAAACUUAGUAUGAGAUUUGAUAAUGGCAUUGACAUGACAGCUCCUGGUGUUACUCUGAAAAAAAUAAAUAAGUGCCCAUGAGACUCAGAGCCUCAGUCCCAAGUCUCAGGUCUUUGAGGGUCAAGUCCAAGUCAAGUCUAAAGUCAGGGUUUUGUGUGAUUAUAGUUUGCCGUAAAGUUGAGGUAGGCAGGAUCUGAGGAAGUGCCAGUUUUGGGAAGAAAUCUUGAAUGUAAACACUACCUCUCCAAACCAGUUUUCUUCUCUGCUCCAGCAAGCCCCGCCCACAAACAGACGCUCCUGCUCGCUAGUAUUGUUUCAAUUAAAUUCAGAUAUAAUGCAGAUAAAUACUUAAGAUGAUUUCAAAUGGGGCCCAGUCAACGUGAAAGUAAAAAGCAUUGGUGCUACUGUAGAUGCCAACAGACUACCAGCAAACACAAUGUUUGCAGGACUUCUACAACUAGGAUACAGUGACAUACGCCAGGACCCGAGGUGACAAGAAACACUUCUGUUACAGACACUUGGCUUACUUUGUUAAAGUGGUUUACCUGUCCAGCAGAAAGGUUACAGGGUCUGUAAGAUCCUGAAGCGUUCCCCAUCGUUUAUUCCUGAUUGUUGUUGACCUGGCUUUUUAGCUCUUGUCCGGUCUAUCUCCUUUUUGAGCACCCGUUAUUCCGCCAGAGUCUCCGGUAUUUACUUUGUUUUCUUGCUUGUGUUGUCAAGGCCAAAGGAAGAUUUAGACAAUUUUUUGUUCUUUCUGGUUGGUUUCUACUGUCUGAUAUUGUAGCACGCUAACUUUGUUUAGGCUUGUGCACGUUAUUCGGACGCUCAAAAGUUUUAAAAUGUUGACUACACAGGCAUAACAAACCACGGUGACAUUUUUAAGUCCAAGGCUCAAACUCAAGUCUCCAUCUUUGGUGUCCUCAAAAAGUCAGUGUUUUCCUUCCAGAGACACACCUUUGAGUUAAAGCGGAAGAUGAUGAUCUUUAGUCUUGGAGAUGUCACAGACACAGGUUUUUUGCAGAAUCAUGGACAUGGCUGACUGGACUGAUAGAUAAGUACUUGACACUACAGCUGUAAGGGAGGAGACCGAAAAAUCAAGACCAUCAUGCUGGAGCAACCAAAAGUUAGGUUAGGUCAGAAUUUCCAAUAUGGUGACCACCAUAGAUAGGCUUCAAUAUAUAUAUACUGUAUAUAUUUUUCAAAUCUAAUGAGUGACAUCACUGGGAGCAUAUCCAGGUUUUAUACAGUCUGCUAUAAACUCUCUUCAGAGACACCAGGCUACACUGAUGACAAACAGAAGUAAACCUCACAGGACACCAGAGUGCUUGGUCUCAAUCAGUUUGUUUGUCUUACAGUCUGUAACACAAAUAAUGUGAUGGAUUGGAGGAAAAUAAAGAGCUAACAGCAGUGAUUUCAAGGUUCUCAAAGUUAUGGAAAGUUUUUUUUUGCACAGCUCUACUUCUCAACCAACUUUUGACUUGGUGAUAUUUGACUCCUAACCUGACCAAACAGGUCAUCAGUGAUCUUCUAUAAAACAUCCACCACUUCACUCUGCACUCAGGUACUGUUUUUACCUUAGAGAGAGAAACUGUGGAGGAACUAAAGAGUGGAGACAGAGAGAGAAAUAUGCAGAUUCUGGGGUUACAGAGAAAAGAGGAGGCAUGGAUGUUUUUCUAGGCUUGGCAUGUGAAACUCAGCUAUGCUAUGAAAACACUAGCAAGAAGAGAGAGAGAGAGAAAGAGAGAGAGAGAGGAUUCAGACAGGAAAAAGGAAGAGCGAUAUAUUUAGUGAAGCUAUGAAAAUAGACCCUGGAAGGACCCUGGAAGUCUGCCUGGAGAGGGCCUCAUACGGCUGCAAAAAGUCUUGUGAACCCUGUGAAUCUGGACCACAGAAGUGUUUGGGUUCUAACAAUGAUAUCAAUUAUUAUGUAAUGAGGAACUGAUGGCGAAUAAUUCCCUCCGACGGCUCUUUGUUAUGUUAUUUACAAAGUCCUAACAUUGAGCCACCACGAGUGAAGCACUCUGCAGCAUUUAGCAAAUAAACAUGGCAGGGGGAAACCUUUAACAGGCAGAAACCUGGAGCAGAACCAGACUCAUGAUGUGCUGGAGUGGGCUUGGGGAAGAUGCAGACAGUGGGAUAAUUCCAGCUCAUUCUUGAUAAUGGCUAUAGUGUGAGAGAGAGGGUCUGUACACCUUUCCUUAACCCUGUAAUGUUUACAACCAAGGCUGAGACAAAGGGGACAGGACUUAGGGGUCAUUUCUUGGACUUUUUGGUUGUAUCUGGUGUCUGCCUCCUAGAUGCUGACUGGUAGGUAAUAGAGGAUUAUGAUAACUGAAGGCUCAGCCUACCUAUACUACUUUGAGAAACUUUGAGCACCACAAGCAAGCCUGCAUACUGAGAGUCAUGUGUUGCUGAGGGUUAAUGGGGCACUUCACAUGGAGCUCUUCAAGAAAGGAUUGGGUCUGACCUUAAGAGCCUUGAAGGUCACAGGAAGGAUUUUAAAACUUCUCUUUUAUUGGUUAUCAGUAAAGAAAAGCAAUAAGCUCCUUUUCCCUGUUUUGUUUACCAUCCCCCGAGGAGCUUUAAAGUGUGAUUCAGCUAUUUUUGAUAACAUGGACAACCCUCGUGUCUAUCUUUAGAUAAUUAUAGAUCAACAGACAGCUUGUAAAUAAAUGCUGCACAGGUGUCACAUUAGGCCUGAGAUCAGACAGUCUAAUCUGCCGAGAGAGACUUCAAUCUGCUCUCCCUUUGUUUACCAUAAAAUGAGACUUAACACCUCUUAUUGGUGUUUUUUUUUUAAUUUAUCAAACCCAUUUGGAAAAGUUUGAACUUUGUUGGUUCUACUCUUUUUUGUAUGUUUUAGAUUAAUGUAUCUCUUCCAUGACUGCCGUCAAUUUUCUGCUUUGAUUGUGUGUUCAGACAUGUUAUUGAGAUGUUCACACUUAUAGUCUACAUCUUUUAAAUGAAAGUUGUCAGACAUUACAGUUCAGUAAUCUCUAAUAGCAAGUAUAAGCUCAUUUUUUAGGAGAUGUACUUCCUGAGAUUGUAUUUAUUUCAACACAACAAAGUCACAGAGUUUGCAUAUUUGUCUGUUCCCAAGUCUAUCAACCCCUGAUUACUGUAAGGGGGUGUUUAUGCUUUUUCACACUCAUCCUAUUGUUAAAAAAAAAAUACAGUCUUAAGGCACUAGUUGUGUCAGAACUAAAAACUGGAAGAAAUUGCUGCAAGAAAAUCCUUGUGUUAUUUUUGUUGGACCAAAACAGUUGGACUUAAAUGUGAAAUAUGUAAAACAGAGAUUGGUGCAUCAGUUUCCUGAAGUUUACCAGCUGGAAAGCCAAACUUUCACGCUGCAGAUAUUUUCUUCACUAAGCCUCCUCACUCUCCUCACCCUGUUUUCUCUGUUUCUGUGGUCAGAAAAUUGGCUGUGACGGCAUCAUCGGCUCCUCAGCCAAAGAGGACCGCUGUGGAGUGUGUAAUGGAGAUGGGCGCUCCUGUAGGAUAGUGAGAGGAGACUUCAACCACACCAAAGGGAUGGGUGAGUGUGUGGAGAUGUUUGGAUAAUUACAUGGUUUGCUUUAUGACUUUGCAUUUCUCUGAUGAAGAAAAAGACUCAAUCUUAAGUCCUCUCUCAAUUUUAAUGUUUAAAUAAGACACCACGGUCAGAGGUCUAAUCUUCAAAUGGUGAUGUUAGAGAUACCUCUUUGGCAUCAAUCACUAUACAUAGUCUUUUUAGCAUUUUUAUUUUAAUUCACAGUUGAAUUUACAGAAUAUCAAAAGCAAGACAGUCUGCAUGUGGUGGUGGUCAGAAGUCAGGAAACCAGGUUUGGUCCCUGUUCAUCGUUAAUUAAGUUUGUACAGCAAAAAGGGCAGCUUUAAUACACUUGUUACUAGGAGUGGGAGAAAAAUCAAUACAGCAUAGUAUUGUGAUAUUUUUUCUGCUGAUAUAUUGCAUUGUCUCAUUUACCAAGUAUCAAUUUUUCAAAUUAAUUGCUAAUAUGAAGUCAAGUCUAUGAUGAUAAUAGAAAAAUAAAAUCAACUGUUUGUCCAGCGAGAAAGUUAGUACAACAAAUAUAUAUAGAGGGUUUGCAAGAUGUGCUACAUGAAAAUAAAAUACAGCAUAAAUAAAACAAACUAAAAGAAAGACAAAUGCCAAAUUGGCUAAACGGUUGAAAAAAUUAUAUAAAUCGCAAUAUAUUGUAUCACAAUACCCACUAUGUUGCAAAAUGUGAAAAAUCACGAUUAUAAAGUAUCAUGGCCCUAAUAUCGUAACGUGGGGCCACUGGUGAUUCCCACUCAUACUUGUUACCUAUGUUUGCUAGUUAGCUUUAUUAUGUAGUUUUUGAUGUGCUAACAUCACAAGGUCAUUUUUGAGCUGAUUAAAAAUUAAGUGGUUUUGAUACAUAAUACCAGGGAAGAACUGUAAUACAGAGUCUGGGUCCUGAAAUUGGUCCAUCCGAACCAUAACUGGUCUGUCAUUAAAACGAUUUGUAGCAUCCUGACACAAAAACAGGACAAAAGAGACCCUGAACUGGAAUCCUCUAUCAGAGGAGGGUGUUGUUUGCGUUCAUCAAAUUGAAAAUGAACAUUUAUUUUUCAGAAAACAACAAAAUUAGUCAGUUUUUCAUUUCAGUCUUAAAUUAAUUGAGGUUGUAGUUUUUCAAAUGUUUCAAGUAUGUUAAAUUUAAAAAACCAAGCUCUUGCAGCGUACUUAACCUGACUAGCAGAGUAGAGGAGGAAACAUAACACACACUAAUGCUAGAGUCACUGAACUAUCACAACAGAGAGUGUCUAAUUCAGACCAUCAAAAGUAUCUUCUGUGCUGGGGGCUAAACCUGAGAGAUCUUUGACCUUUUAUCAUCAGGGUGAAUGCAUGUUUUGGUCAGAAGAAGGGUUAUAACUAGGGGUGUCCUGAUACGAUAUUGACACUGAUAUCAGAUAUCGGUCCGAUAUUAGCAAAAAUUCUAAUCUCGGAUUAUAUCAGCCUGCGUCUGAAAUCUCCGAUAUCAGCACUCUGAUACAAGCAGUCCAUUCCAGACUCUGCUCCAGCUUCUCUGUCUAGCAGCACUAGGAUCCAGCAUGUAGAGCCCACGUAGUCACCACAACAGUGUGUACUAAGGUACUAACAAAGUAGCAAGGAGUAAGAGUGAUGUCAGCUGUGAGGCGGUAUAUUUCGUUAAAGUCUGAAAUAGACGUUGCAGCUGAGUGCAAAACUUGUCAUGCACAAGUUUGUGCUAAUAUCGGAUCAAUAUCAGUAUCUGACAAUUCUGAAGGCUACAAUAUCGGUAUGGUAUCAGAGGUAAAAAAGUUGUAUUGGGACACUCCUUGUUAUAACACUCCUGUUGCUCCUUUGCUCCAACACCAUGCCAGCACCAAUUGAGUUGGUACUUUAGCUCAUCAUCAUUCUCAUCUCACAACAAGAGGCAGUCAUGGUGAAAAAUUCAUCUUUGCUGAUAGUUAACAACGACAGUUGCUGCCAAGCAAAGGUGAUUAUUGUAGAGAAACGCUCUGAAUUUAAUUAAAAUAAUAUUCAAUCAUUUUAUCAUUAAUAAUGAAUUUCCUUUUGGGGAUAGAUAAAGCUCUUGCACUGUGUUGAAAGCAAGCAAAAAAAAGCUGCAAGUGGACACAGGCCCUUAUUCACAGCAUGAACAGUGUGUUCAACAUCACUGCACAGUUGAAGGGUUUUAAAUAAACACUAUGUAUAUUAGUCAGCUUUAGUUUGACUUCUACCUCUUAAGUGGUUUCUGUAUUUUGAAUUAAUGAACUAAGAGUACUGUAUUUGUUAUUGGUAACUUGGCCUCAGAGCCUUGUGCAUGUAAAACUGGAGCUAAAGAGGUAUCUAGAUCAUCAUAUUUUGAAGUGUUUGGCCACUGAUCAAGCAGCUGUAUUUGAUAAAUGAGGACAGAAAAGGCUGUUUUCCUUUUUUGGGGAGAUACUGGACAUCUGCCAAAAACUCUAUCGCAAUCCCCCACUGAGUGCAAAUGGUAAACAGCAUGAAACGCCUGCAAUUAUUCAUGCAAAAACCUUUUUGUAAUCCAAUUAUUAAACCAAUAAAACUAAUUUAACAACAAAGUGAAGAGCAUUGAUGCUUGUUUUCCUCCCUGAGUUAUAGAAAGGCGUGAGAGUUUCCAUUCAUCCAUCCAGGAAACACAAAACCUUGCCAACAGAGGCCACAGAAUUAGGAACAAUUUUGUGUAUGUGUAAUAAUACUACUACAUGGGAAAUGAGACUAAAUGUUUUACUCUGUAAAUGGACUUCAGUGACUUAUCACCCAUCUUUUGCAUAACAUGUAACACAAGGUGAAGUAGAGGCUUUUAGCCUUUUAAGGCUGUUCUGCUGUCACAUCAUCAGGAUUUAAAGCUGCCGCUUGGACUUUGUAUACAACUCUCUAUGCACUUACAGAGGAAUUCCUCUUUAUUAAACCCAGGGCCAGAGUUUUAGAGUUUUUUGGGUUCAAACCAUCUCAGAAAUGUGCAAAUAGGCUGCCGUAGUUUUAAACAGCAAUGUGACCCCAAUGAUUUCAACAAAAUCUAAAUAGAGAUUCUGAAGUUUGUCCACUAAAAGUUCCUGUUUUGGACACUAAUGGCUCAGAUUGAUGUUCCAAUUACCAAUUAUGGAGUUUUGAUAUGUGUCGGGAUCAGAUCGAUAAUAUUUGGAAAAUGCUGAAUCAAAGAUUGAUGAAGAGUUUGUGUUUCAAAGGCUUGGCAUACAUCCAACACAACACAUCAACUCUCAGUUACUCGAAGUAGAAACAAGCCACUGGACCAAAGGGGCCUUCAAAUGAGACCAUGUUUAAUGUGCUCAUAAUGAGAGACCAUGUAAAUUUCCCCUCUUUUUGGAUUCAUGAUAAUGUUGAUUAAUUUUUUAGAAAACGUCAACUUCAUGAGUGUCAUAACUGACAUUUUCAGUAAUGGCAGAGCCCAUAAAAUCUACUUAUACAUAUUACACUGCAUUAUGAUGUGACAGAUCAAGAAGAGAAUGUUAGCAAGAGCACAGCUUUUAUAACAGUUUAUAUUCGAUUAGUCAUGCACCAGGACUAGAAAAAGCUGUGGUUAGUGUCAACCUGGACCAAUGACUUGGUUGUCUUGUCUUUUUCCUCAGUGUUAGCUUUCAGUACAAAAAAAACCACUUUGACCACUUAGCUUUUCAUGGACACAACUACAAGACACGACUUCAAAAUUUAAACUCAAAGUUGUGUUUGACUGCAGCUCCUGGAGAGGUGGAUAAGAAACCCCCAUGUUCUGUGAACUAAAGAAACUAGUUCAUCAUGGUAUUGAAGCAUCUCCAAGAUCGUUUCCAUAAUUCAUUAUUUAGAGCACAUAUAUGCAAAGAAUAAUCAGCUGCAUUUUUAAAGACACGCACCCUUUGAAUCCCACGUUGUAUGACAAACCAGGUUGCAACAGCUGAUUUGACAGAAUGUACAGAAACAAUCAAACGAAUCUGUAACUUUUCCUCAACCACUUAGCAGGUUUUCACCUCAGAAAAAGGGGACAAAAGAAGAACGGGAGCUUGUGUGUGCUAGUGUGUGUGAUUUUGUGUGUGCACAUGUGCAUGCACAUGCUCGUGUGGUCCACCGGACAUGUGAUCACCUCCUUGUCUUGUCCUCCAGUCACCACUAGGCAGUGUAAGAGGGUAUCUACCUGUGUGAUGGCUAAACCCAGAGCUGUCCCCAAGUGUUUCUCAUGUAAGGUGCAUGCACUGAGUGUGUGUGUGUGUGUAUGUGGUGUGUGUGUGUGCGUGUAUGUUUGUGUGUGUCUGUUUUCUGCACUGCUGGAGUGUUUCACUGUAGGUAGAUGAGAUAAGCAGUUAUCUGUGGGCUCCCCUGGGUGCAGGCUGUGGACUGAAUAUUAAAAAAGGCUUUGUUACUGUUGCAUAAGCAGCUGUUUAGCCUUCUUACCUCAUUAUUCGGAUGAAUGUUAUGCCAGCGACGCAUUCCUCUUAUCCGAGGUGUUUUCAUAAGAGAGAACAGUCAUCUGAAAUAAAAAGUUAAAAAAUUUUCAAAUCCGACACUGUAGGGGUGUAGAAAACAUCACGCUUUUGGUAUUUGCUGCUCGUAAACCCAGGUGAACCCACAGCGGUCUGUGUGUGUAAGUGUUGGUGUGCAGGCUGGUGGCGGGCUGAUGGAUAGCACUGGUGGGCUUUCAGGAGGGGUGGUGUGUUUGUUUGUGUGGAUAUGACUUACCCAAACCCUCAGAAAAGAUCUGUGGAGGAUCAGUUUCAUCCAAUGGCUCACAAAAGUUUGUAUCAUGAACGCAAAGAUUGAAAUGCAAAGUCCAAGACUGCACAUAAAGAGGUGACCAAAGCUGGAUAAACUUUCAAACAUCCAUCAGAGACAUAAAUGGAGUCCUGCUAGCAGUGUUAAGAGUAUUUUUAGAUGUUUCACUGAUGGGAUUGUUUGCUAUAUUUCAGAUUGCAUAUUUGUGCAGUGGGAAAGGAGCAUUAAAUUUAAAUCUGCAAGCUGUACAAGCUUCUUAAAGCUUUCCAAAGAAACACGCAUCUUACACGAGUCUUUUCAAGCCUGAAACCUUCAUAUGAACAGAUAAAGCACAGAAAUAUUAAGGUUGUGUUCUUUCUGGAUAUCUUAAAUUUUGGCUAAAUAGAUGUAGCAUUUUUCAAAUGUUUUCAAUGUUCUGCCGUUUGUUUGUUUACAGGCAGCAUUAACAGAACAACAAGCCAACAGUCACUAAGCUGGGUUUAAUUACGGUCUCCAGAGCUGCAUGGAGACAUGAGUAACCAAAGACUACUGAUUUUCAUUAACCAUUUCAACACUUCAGAGGGGCUGGUGGCUCUUUUAAGAUUAAACACAGACUGUAAAUCCUUAGACCAAUAUUCAAUCUGCAGCCGGGCCCGCUGUAAUGUUCAGGAUCACAAGUUUUGCGAGUGAAUAAAGGUCAGCUUUUAAGUAUCGGCCUGGACAGUUUCAAAUUUCUAAUAUGAAAUACAAUGAUCAUGGACCAACAUCCACACCUUCUGAACAAAUACAGGUUAGCAAUGUCAGAUUUGUAGUGAACUACAUCACAGACCAUCUCUGUGCAGUUUCCUCCGUUUUUUAUUUUGACUGACAUGACUGCUAACUAUUAGCAUCUCCACUCUUUGUUGCUCAGAGCUGCUCUGUGAGCUCUCAUCCUGACAGCGGCCAAAUUCAAUCCACUUCAGGAGAAUGAUGAGCUGGUUAGGAAUGAAAAAUCCUUUACUAUGAUGUUUAAUGAAAGACAGAUGUUUACACAGUUUACAACCAUCUCUCAUCUCAGACCUCCAUUGAGAGGACCCGCUCUACUGAGAGGACCCUCAUGCACUCCAAUUUGUUUGAAGUGGUCAUCCCGUUUUGUAUUUUUUCUUUGUUGAACACAAAAAAAUAUCAUAACAUCAGAGCCAGCCCAAGCCUUAAUGGGGCCUUAAGCAAAAUGGGAUUUUGGGGCCCUCUAUUUCUGCCAAUAAUAUUGAUUGUUGAUCAUUCACACACCUUCACAAAUCUCUUUGAUUAACAUUCCCUGACAUGCAAACAUACCUUUAUCUUGGUGUUUUUUUCUCCUCUUCCUCUUUCUUUUCUCUGCUCCUGAAGGAUAUGUCCUUUUUUGCGACAUUGUUUUGCUCCACAACUACCUGCUCUUUGGAUGCUGAGUGCACAUUGCACAGCAGGAGGAACUUAACAGUAGAGGAGCUUUGACAUAUCGUCAGUAAGAAUCAGAGAAAUACAUCAGCAGCAGCACUAAAAUGUUUUUGCUUUAUUUUAUUUUUACAAUAAUAUAUAUUUGAUCAUAGAGAAAGCAUCACUCAUAAAUGCAAAAAAUAAAAAAUAUUUUUUUAAAAAUUGAUUGCUCUUGGGGGCCCCCUACUGGCCGCGGGGCACUAAGCAGGCGCUUAGUUCGCUUAUGCCUUGGGCUGGCUCUUCAUAACAUUAUAUACAUAAAAUAAAGCCCCAAGAAAAAAAUUGUAUAUAUUAACACGAGACAAAAAUACGUCAUUCUCGGUGUAAUUGCUUUUAAUUUGAAAGGCUUCGAAACAAAUUUGGAUGUAAAAAAAAAAAAAAAGAAACGUACUUCCUGUAUAUUUGCUUUUAUUUUGAAAGGCCUCAAACAACUUCCAGUCCAUUCAGUGGAGGUGGGUCUUCUCAGUGGAGGUCUGCAGCCAGACCCCUCUCGAAUUGAGAGAGGCCACUUUUGUCAGCUUAUUCUGAAGGUGAUUCCUGACAAAUGUGAUAAAAGUUCCUAUAUUUUUUUUUAUCAAAGUUUCCUCACUGGAGUAAGCAAACAAGAUCAGCUUGUCCAGAUGAAAACACUAACCUGAUGCUAGUGGCCAAGGCUAUUUAAAUGGGGUUGAGCCUCUGACCGAUUUAACCCUUAAUAUUGAUAAUACUCAUUUCAAAGCAACAUUAAUAAACAUAAUGUAGAAACAUACAAGUUUUAGGUUAUCUAAACGUGGAAUUGUCAUGACCACCAAAAAUAUGUGGGCAUUGUUUUCAUAGUAAUACUGCUAUGCAAUUACCAUAGGCAGAUGAUAAAAAUGUGACUCCAACUGUGUGUGGAUUUAAUGUCAGUGUUUGUGAAUUAGAUGUUUUUCUUUUAUUAUAUUGGUGAGGUUCAUUUGAGCCUUGUGCAUAUGCCUGGUGAGUUCGGCAGUUACAUUUGUCCCAUUUGCACAGGUUUGCCAGGCACUAGAGCAGUGCAGUCCUUUUGUGACUCGGGCCAUCUGUGCUGCUUUGGAUCAGACUCAGUCAGGAGAGUGAAAAGAUUCAUGUAAAUAUCAUUGUUUUUGGAAAGCUGUCAGACCCUCAUUGGAGUUGUUAGAUUUCUUGUUCCCCCACAUUUCUACAGCUGAAUGUAAAAUAAGCGGAAAAUACAGUUACAACCACAGUCACUGUUAUAACAUCAACCUCCAAAAAACUGAAAAAUGACCCAAAAUUUGCAUUUCAUCUUUUGCGUUCAUUUGACAAAAUGUUUGCCGCUGUGUUGUGUGUCUGUGUUGAUGUCACCUUAAACUGGCAGCCUGUCAGUCAGAGGCUGCUGUGUCCUCAUGGUGUGUAAAUGUGUGUAGACAGACUCUGACGAUGUGUUGGUAAGUAUGAAGUCACUCUGUCCUUUAAAACCUGAGCACUGUUAUCAGAGAAAGGCUGGUGACCUGCUGUGACACAGAGAUGAUUCAGUCAGAAAACGAUGAACCCUUGGUAAAGCUGCACUGACUGUGUGGUUUUGCUUACGUUGGCGUAAGUGUCAUUUGGGUCUGUUUUCAUUCAGGAACAUAGAAAUAAAUAAAUGUUAUCUGGACCAUGCCUUUGUUUUUGCAAGUAGGUUUGUCCAUGUUACAAAUUAGCUUAACAAGAAACAGCAGAAACAGUCUAUUUUAGGUGACUCAGCUUGGACUGACAAACUCUGAUUAAAUCUUGGUAAAUAUCAGGGGUGGUUGAGUUUACCCAGGGACCUCAUAUUGUCCCAUCACUCCUCAGUUCCUGCAUGUAGGAGUAACACUGCGAGGAGUGAUGAGGAUGGAGCCUGGUUGCCAAACACAAUCCAUGACCACUAGCAAAAAGUAGUAUACUUAAAGUUCAUUUUAUGAAGUGUGCUUGAAUAUAAGUAUAUUAAGUAUACUACCGACCAUGUACUUUUAGUAUACUACAAAGUAUACUAAUUUAAUCACACUUCACACUAAAUUGGAACAUUUUUAGUUUAUAAAAGUAUACUCUAUAAGUUCAUUUUAACUUAUGGAGUAUACUUUUAACUUAUAGGGGGGGCAGAGUGGCAGUGUGGGAGAUAAAGAGGGGGACGACAACAUGCAGCACAUGGUCAAGACAGGAAUCGACAGGAAUUUGUUCAGUAUAUCUCUGAAAAGUCCAUAUAAAGUAAACUGAAAGCAUACUUAGUUUAAAAAGCAGUACACUUGAGGUACACUUCAACAUACUUCUUUUUGGUAAGGGAAACCCUAAUGAAAGGGACCAGAACAUGAUCAAUAAAGUCAAGUCAAAUGUUUUUCUGUUUUUGUGUAUGAUUUUAAGGCACAUGAAGAUAAUGCAAUUGAGCUCACAUACUAAAAAUUUCAGCAUUUUAUUAUAUUAAUAUGUAAAUUAAAUGUUACCCACGAGUCAAUGACUUGACCUUAUUAUGUACUUGGAUCAGGAUAUACUAAUACUUCUAGUAUAGUAUAGUUGUUGCAGAAAGAAAUAAAACACAUACUAAAGUACAAGUAUAGGUUUCAGUAUUAGAGUAUAAGUGUGAGUCUUACUAUUAAGGUCAUUAGUCUUAGACUUUUGUUCUCACUAUUCAGUACAAGAUAAGUAUACUUCACUAUACUAUUUUUAAGUAUAUAAAAUAUACUUUGUAAAAAGUUGACUUCAAGUAUACUUCUACAGUUUUAGUAUAAAAUAAGUAUACUCAUAUUACACUUGAAUGAACUACUUUUUUGCUAAGGGGAGCCUCUGCUGCAAAAAAAACAGGUGUAAAUGUAAACAUGAGUCAUCUAACUGAACUGUGUAUCGUUUUACUGAUGACAAUGUUGUGAAGGGCAUCAGGACACCUGGGAAGUUUUCAACUGCUCUGAUUGUCUGGACAGAGACUCGGCAGAAAUUAGGUCACCACAAAGAAGACUAAAACUAAGUGGUGUCAUCUCAGUACCACUAAAUGGUGUUUUAAUGUUCGUUAUGAUGCAGUUAACGAAAUGGUCCUCUGUAAAACAGUCUUUUAACAAGCAAAUAAAGUGUUAGCUCCAUACUUAAGCUGCAGAAUCACCACAGAUAAAAUGUGUUAUGCAAAUUAUAAAACCAUUCGUGCUUGAUGAAUACCUAUAAAUGCACAUUUGCCAACACAACCUGUGUGUGAUGAUUGAAUCCAGCUGUUAACAGAUUACCAUCAACUAACACUCAAAUAAAUAUGCCAAACAGCACUUGAACAGAAAUUUGUGGUGGAUGGUCACAUUUUUUUUAACAAAUGGCCAGUAUUUAAAAUCUAAAUAUUAAGAUUUCCUGGUUAAGGUGCCUGAAGGUACAUGUUUAACAUACUGCUGCUGUUGCAGUCAUCAGUUGCCAGUGCAGUAAAGUCAGCUAUGCAAUCAAACAAACAAUGUUUUAAUAUCUAAUAGGAUUCGAAUCAGCAGUAGUAAUCCAAUAUAUUCUGAUACUGCAUGCAACCUGUUGUUGAAAAUAUAUUUUGUACAUUAACUGAUAGUUUUUUAAAACCUUGUGUAAAACUUAAAUUUCCAGAGGAUUGGUUUUUCCAAAAAUACAGCUACCAACCGUCCACGUGCUGAUUCAAGAGUAAACAAAUGCACACACCAGUAAAUAGCUGAUUUGAUCCCAGGAGGCAGCUGGUCCUUGUUUCUUCCUCUCCCUCCUCUUCUGUCUUUAAGUGAACAGUUGGUGAGCACAGGCAGGCAGCUCUUUUUGCUGCGUCAGCACUCCUCCAUUGAGCUGUUUCUUUCUGAGGCUUUCUGGUCCUGCCAGAAAAAACAGCUGGUCUGCUGUUCUCCCCUGACUGUGUCCAGAUUGGAGGGAAUCUGUGUCCAAAACAGCAAGCGAGAAUUCAACUGGGUCACAUCUGAUAACACUGAACGCUUUGUUUCCACCCUAAUCAGUUCAAUAUGAAUGUAAACUAAGCAAUACCAUCAGCUGUAAGUUCAUGAUCCAAGCACAGACAGCAUUGAUCCUUUGUUUUUAACAUUUUCCAACAAGUCAUUCCUUUUCAUUUUAUUUUAGUAUAAUUUCAGAGUCUUUCUUCACUGAAAAGAACAAAAUAGCCGAUGAACAACAGUAUUUGAUAUGCAUCAAAACACUAUAAUUCUGCCCUUUGGUAGCAUGGGUUAAGGUUACUUGCUAUCACUUGGCACACAUGGCCACCUGUGGUCUCACUACUCCAGUUUUGACCAUUAUGUAGUGCAGCUAAGUGGAAAUCAACCUCUCCGGUGGUACACUACAGGAAAAAUUGACUAGAAUGUAACUGAACCCCAAAACUGUGGUAUCCAGAGUCUUAUUUAAAAGCAUGAAUUUGAAAUGAUUAAAUCUUGUUUCAAAAUAAAGUCCAAAUAUAGGUUUUAGUGGGCAUGAUUAAGCCCAGAUGUAUGGAUACCCACUGAUUUCCAUGCACCAAAAAAUUAGGAGGGUAACAUAAAGGGAUAAACAAGACCCCUGCCCUCAUAUCCUGGUCCUGCUCACCUUGUAAAAGAUAAACAUGUUCAUAAGUUCAUCUUUCUAAUAUAAUGUGAGACUAAAGACCAAAGCCAGAAAGAAGUCAACUCAAUAAAAUGAUCGAAGGAUGUUUCUUUUUUUUUAUUAUAUUUAAAUUUAUUUUUUUAAACUAUAAGGAAAAGUCCCUUCAAUUCCUUAUCAGUAAUGCUGCCAUGGCAACAGAUCAGCCUCAUUGUAGGAUGAAGUUCUCAGUCUUCACAGACAGCUUUGCAGUCAGUUCACCUUUGAACAUAAUGUCACAACUCAAACAUUGUUUCUAAUAUUUCUACUGUUCACAGCCAAAGUCAUAUUGGAGAAAUAAACAACUUAGAGUUGCUGCUAACAGCACUCCUGCUGUUGCAUGGAUUGCAGGUCAGGAUGUUACCCCACUCCUCCAUAUCAUAGAUGGUUAGAGUCUCGAGGUGAAAUAUGCUGAAAUUUUCUGCAAAUUGUUGUGCAGGUGCUUCGUCCUCUGUCCUGCUUAAACAGUUGGGAAAACUCACCAGGUUUUGAUCACAGCAGGGCUCAGUACAGUUUGGCUUUUACAUCCACCUUGGAAAUCUUCCACUUGGACCACCUCGUAUACUGCAACAGGUUUCCAGAGGGCUCAGCUGAUUGGAAUGUAUAAGCACAGGCUGUCUGUAACAGGAGGGCAAAACAUUGGUAUGGUCUUUUAAUGACUCUUACAUUUCAUGCUCCAAAAAUAAUGUAUCUCAUACAUCAGAGACUAAAUUCAGUCACUCAGAAGGUAAAUCAUCUCUGAUAGUAGUCACCAGCCUGUCCCUGUCUCCAUCUCUACCUCUGCAUACAUGCAGAUCUGUUUUUAAAUGUCUGACAGGAAACUUCAUUCGCUGUUUUCUCUGAAACUGUUUCCACCUCAUUCUCUGUGUCUGUCGACCAGGCUACAUCGAAGCCGUGGUUAUCCCAGCAGGAGCCAGACGAAUCAAAGUUGUGGAAGACAAACCCUCACACAGCUUUCUGGGUACGUUUGCAUUUUGUCAUUAAGGUUCUUGAGGAUUUUCACCGAUAAGUUAGUCACAAUAUCAUGUUUUAUUUAUUUUUUGCACAGCUGUAGCAGCGAUAAGCCUGCACACUUAGUGACCCCUGGGAGUUGGUGGGCGCGCUUAUCUGCUUUUUUUUUGCAGAUGUUUUUAUUGCACCACGCUCAUGUCAUGUGCAAAUAACUCCUUUAUUUCACAGUUGAAGCUGCCGCUGAUGUGCAGCUAAUUUAAAACUCCUACAACCAUCUUCUUUUUAUGUAAAUUUCACUUUUUCAAUAUCCCCAGCAAUCUGUUUGUUCCUGUUUAUCUAAACAGAAAAAGUGCAUGUACAGAAGUCCUAUUUAUUUUUACAUUUUGCCCACAAUUUAUGACUGUAUUAAAGUGGAAGCGUAGACAAGCUGUUCUCAGAGCAGCUGCUGCAAUAACAUUCCAAACCAGAGAAAUGAAGCUGGAUACAGCAUGCAUCAAAAUCCAAUAUGUAGGCAUUGCAUAUGUUUAAAAGAAAUCCUCUUCACAAAACACUGGAAAUAUCUAGCAGUUAUGUGCACAGUGUGUCGAUGAUUUUAUGCUAACCUUAGUACACAACGGCUCCUUUGACCCAAUGUGUGUCUUUACAGCCUUGAAAGACUCCAGUAAGAGGUCCAUCAACAGCGACUGGAAGAUCGAGCUGCCGGGAGAGUUCGAGCUGGCAGGGACCACAGUGCGCUAUGUCCGAAGGGGUCUGUGGGAGAAGAUGUCUGCCAGGGGACCCACCAAGACCCCUCUACACCUGAUGGUAAUCACAGGUUUCACACAGGACUAAACUCUUGUUGGUGCUACUUUCCUUUCAUAGAGUAAAUGAAUGAAUACUCUGUUGCUGUGAGUUGUUGACCAAACAGAAUCAAGUAUUUAUCAAACCUCGGUCAUAAUAGUGUUUAAGAUACAUAGAUAUAAGUAUUCUUAUACCAAUUAAGGCAAAGCUGUUUAGUUGCCUUUGUGUUAACAGUGAUAUAGACUCAAAGUUUUCAGUGUAUUACUUAAAAUACUAAUCAUUAUGCUCAGUGAUUAUUGUACAACUUGAUAAAGUAGGGACACUGGAAUUACUGAUUUUAUUGGGGCAUCAAAAGCUUGGUGGUAUGAGUGCCCCACAUGUACAAGCUAUAGUCCUAGUUGGUUGGUUGGUUGGUUGGUUUGUUGGUUGGAUGGAUGGAUGGAUGGAUGGAUGGAUGGAUGGAUGGAUGGAUAGAUAGAUAGAUAGAUAGAUAGAUAGAUAGAUAGAUAGAUAGAUAGAUAGAUAGAUAGAUAGAUACCAUAGAUAGAUACCAUAGAUAGAUAGAUACCAUAGAUACCAUAGAUACCAUAGAUAGAUAGAUAGAUAGAUAGAUAGAUAGAUAGAUAGAUAGAUAGAUACCAUAAAUACGAUAGAUAGAUAGAUAGAUAGAUAGAUAGAUAGAUAGAUAGAUAGAUAGAUAGAUAGAUACCAUAGAUACCAUGGAUGGAUGGAUAGACAGAUAGAUAGAUAGAUAGAUAGAUAUAGAUAGAUAGAUAGAUAGAUAGAUAGAUAGAUAGAUAGAUAGAUAGAUAGAUAGAUAGAUAGAUAGAUAGAUACCAUAGAUACCAUAGAUACCAUGGAUGGAUGGAUAGACAGAUAGAUAGAUAGAUAGAUAGAUAGAUAGAUAGAUAGAUAGAUAGAUAGAUAGAUAGACAGAUAGAUAGAUAGAUAGAUAGAUAGAUAGAUAGAUAGAUAGAUAGAUAGAUAGAUAGAUAGAUAGAUAGAUAGAUCUUUAUCUACUACAUGGAAACUUGUUGCCACAAUCUGAACAAUCUGAACAGAGCACACACAUACAAGCAUAACACAGGAAAGAUGUACACAAGAGCUAUCCAUCUGGUGCACACCUACUCAUGUGUCCCCCAUAUCCAUAAAUUUACAUACAGAUAUAUGCAGACACUCAAACCUAUCAGUUCCCGCAGUGUUUGUUUAGGAGUGUACUGGCAGGGACAGAGCGCCUGCCAGAGCAGGCUCCUGUCCAGGCCAGGGAUUUGUGUCUGUGACCAGAUGGGAGCAGUGUGAAAAAUGAGCUGAGGGGGUGCCUGGUGUGGUGGCGCAGGCUCUGUGUUUGAUGGCUUUAUUGUAAAGGUCAGACAGGUUGGAUGUGAGGAGGCUGGUAAAUUUAGUGACACUGAAAAAUGUAAACUUAUUUUAGAUGUCCUGCUUGAAACCCUGAAACGUAAGCCAUUAAGCCAUCACAGAGCUUGAUAACGAGCUGAUCAUUUGAAUCAGGUGUGUUGGAGCAGGGAAACAUCCAAAACAUGCAGGACAGUGGGCCUCGAGGACUGGACUUGAAUUGUAAUAUCGGUAGGCAGUUAUCACUGUCAUCAUCUCCCCAGGUGCUGCUCUUCCAUGACCAGAGCUAUGGGAUCCACUAUGAGUACACGGUGUCUCUGAACAUGAGUCAGGACAGGAGCAGCGAGGAGCAGAGAGAACCAGAGUAUCUCUACAUCUGGACUCACAGCAGCUGGCAGGACUGCACCGUUCAAUGUGGAGGAGGUAACUCACUUAUCAUCACAAAAUGUGUCAAAUCUGAUCCCUGCGCAGACAUCGGGUCAUCUUCACUGCAAAGUCAUGUGAGGUUACAGCACUCAGAGUGUUUUAUUAGAGGCUGUCUGGUUUAUUUAUCUCUGUCUGGCUCCUCCAAGGUCUCUGUCUUGUGCUUGUUUGUUGAAAGUGAAUCUUUGCUUUGUUAGGGAGUUCAGAUGCAGGGGAUUGAGACUAAGUUCAUACCCUCACUCCUUUCAAAUCUAAUAUUUCAGGAAAAUCCCCCUUCAAAAUAAAACAAACUUGAGAUCUGACAGGAACAGGAAUUAGACCCUGUAAGUGUUAUUGGGCUGGGCUUAAGACAACAGAGAGGAUCAUUAAGAAAAGAUCCAGAGAGUGAUUGAAGUCUUUGUUAAGAGGAGAAGAUGAUUUUUUAAACCAGAAACAGCUGUUAAUUUUCUCUAUUCGAAACCAGAGCACAUACUCAAAAAGAGCAGUCUGCAGCCGCUGUUCCUGUGUCAGUGUAUGGUUCUCAGUCCAGGAGAAACCCUUUCUAAACACAUGCAUAGAGUUAUGACACAGCAUGAAUGAAUGAACGAAUCCUCAACACAUGAUUUAAAGCCUCGGUCCUCCUGCUUGGUCAGCUGUUUGAGGUCCCUCACUGUGGAGUGUGCUCUGAAUCUACAUUAGAUCUGAAGCAGAUAGAGAAACUCUAAUCCACCAUGAGAAGAGAUAACAGAGCUCUGGUGGGCUUACCUCCAGCCGCUUCAUCUCUAAUCCUGCUGCACCUGACAUUCACUAAAUACCAAGAUGAGAUAGUUUUCUCAUUAUGAGAAGAAUUCUGAUUAGUACUGAUUGGAGCAAAUCCUCCCUGUUUCAGUCUUUGUCUUCUGUCAUCAGUGCCACCCCAUCUGGAUAAACACUGUGAGAAGAUUUUGCUUUUUAAAGAGAGUAAAUAUACAGGCUGCUGUUUUCUCAGAAACCAACAAGAUGGAGGAGCACAAUAAAUCUGGCAAAGACAAAUAGAGACACAUGCAUUAAUGAGUCAUGAUAGAGAGAAAGAGGGAGAGACAGGAGCUCAAUGUGCCAGGUCCCUGGAUCCCCCCCAAAGCAGCAUCCUAAGGAUUAAAACACAUUCAGAUAACACAUCCUAUAAUAGUACAGCUCCAAAAAUGUGUUUUUAAAGGAGGUUUAAGGAUGAUAAAAAGGCUGUUAUUCUGAUCUCCUGGGGUUGGGGUUGUUUCAGAGGGUGGAGGCUCUGUCCCCUGGUCACCUUCAGUCUACAGCCUCGACUAGCAAGCAGAGCUCCAUCUGAGGACUUCAUGUUAUGUUGAUGUAUGUGACACCUCUACUGCCAUUCCUGUGUUUUCUGCAUUCACAACAUCUCAGGUCUCAUCCUCUGCAUACGCUGAUUCACCUUCUUUAGUUUUUUUAGGUUUAGAUAAUUCAUGGAGAAAGAAAUAAUUGUUUAUUGCAUAGAGCACACUCUUCUAAGAAGUUUACAGAAGUUUUCAGAAGGUGGAACUCCUUUCACUCUAUAGGACUUUGUCCGUCUUUUUCUACUUCAAGACUAAUUUUUCAGGGGCUGAACUCAUCUCAGUGUGGAGGUAAAAACAAUUUUUUUAGAAUUAGACUUGGUUUGUUUUGGAGGGGAGACCUCUGCACAUAAUUUAGCCUGUUCAAAAGCCGUAAUAAUAGUUGUUGAAAGAAUCCCAAACUAAAAUUAUGUGGACACGUGCAGCCAAAGGGCAACAAACGAGUGCAUAAUGUGGACAGACUUCGUCUGGAAACAUUAGUCUCAAAGGAUUACAGCUCCGCCAAAACAGUGUGUCCUUUAGCUGCCAGAUGAAGCAUUGUACCGUAAUUAUGUCAGUACUAGUUGUACCUUUUCGACAUAUAGAUCUAAAGUAUGUUAGAAAUAAAAGCUGCAGGUUCAUAGGAAAGGAAUUCCUUGUCGGCAGCCGUAAGAGGCGUCUGUGACCUGAUCUGACUGGAGCCAUGUCUGGAGUGAGAGGGGGUAAGGUAUCAGGGAGUUUGGACAAAAAGACUGCCAGUGGCUAAUCCAAGCUAAUUAUCAGCAGCAUAUCAGACAGAGCGGGGGUCUCCCUGUGUAGUUCUGUCUCUAUCGCUCUUCUACACACAAACACACACACACGCACACACAUCCAGAGCAAAGGGCAAGUCUAAUUGUCAGGCUCCCUGCUGCUGAUCUCCUGUGCAGCUCCCUUUAUCCUCUCAUUGCUUUGUAAUAUUGGUAUCUAGCGCUCAAAAUAUUUCAAAGCACAUGUAUGUGAGAAGAGCACUUUGAAGUUGCAGUCCACUGCUUUCAUCCAGGAGAUGAGGUCAGGUGUUUCUGGAUUAUGGGUCUGAGGAGCAGCAGGGGGCGAGCCCACCACUGCUCAUUUCAUCUCUCUUUAAUGGUGGAUUAGAGUUUGGCUAUCUGCCUCACAUCCCAUCUAAGUGUAUGAUUUGACAUCCAGUGCAGACAUCAUGGUAAGCAGCGGAUCAGCUUCUGUAAACACAACCCGCUCCACAAAAGAAGCAGUGAUGCAGAUUUAUGAGUGAAGACAGUCUGUACAAGAAGCACACACACAUACUGUAGCUCGCAUUUUGUCUCGCAAAUCAACACCCAAAAAUUUCCAGAAGGAGCUCAGGUAGGGAUCAACCUACAUUAUACCAACCCUGCCAGUCUUUGCUAAGUAUUAAUAUUAUAGUUUAACUGUGUAAUUUCUCAUUCAGUUCUCUCACAACAAAGAAAAAAUGAAUUUGAACAAACUCAGAUCACCGUACAUCUAUUUCACAAUGACAAUAUCUUUGAAUAUGUGGAUUCCUAUUCUGUCAAAACAUAAGACUGUGGUCAUCUUGUAGUCCUGGGGCACAUUUGAAUAGUCCUUUUCCUUUUUUGGUGAGGAAGCUUCCUUAAUGAGUGAAACAACCCACAAGUCUUUGAGUGUUGGCCAUGAUAAGAGCUGUUUAAAUUCUCUAAAUGAAAAGGCGAGGAGCUUCAUUACUAUCUUUAUGAACUCAUGUAGCACAAGAUACACUCAAGGGGCAACGUUACUUUGUUUGUACCUAGAGGUAGAUUUGGUCAACUGUAAAUAAGUCAUCACCCAUUAUUUAAGAGCUGAUAGUGAGACAGACCCAAUACAGAUAGUAGUAAUUAUAUUAAAGAACACAAGCUUAAACAAUAUAAUGAAUAACAAACUAUUUGAGGCAGGGCUGGGCGAUAAACCGAAAAUUUACCGAUACCAAAAUUUACGACAAUAACUGACAUCAUUUUGCCCACAUCGGUAUAUUCGGUGUCAAAAAAAUAAAUAAAUAAAAGUUUGUUUUGGAUGUGUGUAGGUAGGCUAUGGUGUCAUGUCCCCUUAAGACGCUGUCCUACGUCAGAGACGUGACUCCACCCCAUCCAGUCCUGAAGUAGAUGAAGUUAAUGUGGGAGGGGUUGAGCAGCUUGUGGAGUAGUUAUCGCCCAUUUAUCUUUAUCGAGGUGAACUGCUAAAUAUAUUGUGAUAUUGAUUUUAGGCCCAAAUUUAGGGUUCAUGGGAUUAACUCAUGAGAUGAUUUCAUGAAGAGAUGAUAGUAAAGGGCUAUGAGACCUGAGACUGUCUCAGCAGCUGAAGACUGUCCUGUUGUUAUCAUAGAUUAUACUUCUGUAUAAACGGUGAAAACAGCACAUAGCACUUUUUGUAGUCUAUCUGCAGUCAAUUAUAGCACGUGUGUGUUUUUGUGUGUUACAGGUGAGAGGAGGACAGUGGUUUCCUGUAUGAGGAUCGCUAAUAAAACCAUGGAGGUGGUCAACGACAGCUACUGUCAGCCCGAGAACAGACCUCACCCCCAAGUACGACCCUGCAACACCCACCCAUGCCAGUACAGGUGAGACAUGUAAACACACACACAAUCACAGAGGGACACAUGCGUACUCUCUGUCAGUAAUUUUAAAUGAGCUGUUUUUGAAGUAGAAGUAGGUCUCUGUAGCUGUGAUAACUGAGUAGUCUGUGUUUUUCACUCAGGUGGGUGACAGCAGAGUGGGGGUCCUGCUCUGUCACAUGUGGUAAAGGUCUGCAGCAGAGAGAGGUGGUCUGUGUUUACCACCUACAGAACGGCUCCCUCAUCCACACCAGGGACUUGUACUGCCAGGGUGGGAAGCCUCCAGUGGUGCAGGGCUGUGAGGGCCGCCUCUGCCUCACAGUGUGGGAGGCUUCAGAGUGGUCCAAGGUAUGAAAUACAUAGAGCACAUGUCAUGUGACCGACCAGAUAUAAGAGUAAAUUCAGAAGGAAGAGAGUUUUCAUGGUUUUUUGCUUCGGGGGUGUUUAUGUAUUUGUGAACGUGGGCCCUGUAGCCUCUUUUAGGGCUCAAGUCAGAAUGUCCACAUGGUAUCAGCUCCAGGAAAAGUAAGACAAAACAUGAAUUGUCACCAAAGGGUAGUAGAUGUCAUAAGAUCAGUAAAAUAUAUAUGUCUUCUCGUUGUGUUGUUAGGUGCCAGAAUAGAGGCAAUAGUUUCCAGGUCUAUCACUUUUAUCUGAAAUUUGAGCCAUCUUUGAAAAGGAACCGUUUGAGCUCAGCAUUCCUGCACAUCAGGCCACCUCAAGUAGCUUGUCAUAUGAUCCAGCAGAGGGCACUCUCAUCGCAACCUGUCUAGUCCAUGCCCUCUUGACCUCAGUAAACUACAACAGUAAUGUUAUUAGACUAAAAUGGAGAAGAUGGUCCAACAAAGCUGCACGGAAAGGACAGUUAUGACACCAAAACAUCUGAGAAGAGCUGUGUUGAAAUAUUUUGGAUUCUGCACUGUAGAUGGAGGAAUUGUUUUGUGUGACUAGUGCUUUUAAAGGCAUAGUCUGUCGUUCAAAUCUAAUGCACUACUUUUAGACCCCAAUUACUCCCCAACCACUGCAGGAAAUGGAGGUCGUAAAGGUCCAGUCUACUACCAUUUUCUGUGUACUGUUUAAUAAAGUUAACAGCUUUGAAGCAGCUAUUUGUGGUGGCCAUACAAUAACAAUCCAAAUCUGUCCAUGAUAAAGUAAACACUUAGUAGUUAGUAAUAGUUUCCUGUUUUCUCUUAUUUCUCUUCUUGAUUAUCCCUCACUCCCUGCAGUGUUCCUCUGGCUGCGGCGAAGGUGUUCGCAGACGCACAGUGUCGUGUACAAAUCCUAAGAAUCUGUGUGAUCCACUGUCCCGUCCCACUGAGGAGGAGUCGUGUGAGGACUUCUCUAAAUGUUAUGAAUGGAAGACUGGAGACUGGUCAAAGGUACCCUCAAUUUCAAACUAACAAAGUUCAUUAAUACAGCUGGUUGAAAGUCUUGAUGUCAAUCCACAGUGGAGUCCCAGUGGAUCCUAGUGAGAUAGUGAUCAAUCAAUCAGCCAAUCAAUUUUCAUUUAUAUAGAGCCAAAUCACAGCAAUUGUUAUCUCACGUUUUCUAGAAGAGCAGGUCUAGACCUAACUUGUUUUUCAAUUCAUCACAAAGACCCAACUUCAAGAUCUAAAACUUGCCUUGAACAGGCAAAAACCCUUAGCAGAACCCGACUCGUGGUAGACAGCUACCUGCCCCCACUGAGUUGGGGAAGAAAAGGGAUAAAUAGAGCCAGGGUAGAGUGGGGUAAGAUGAGCCAUUUUUCAUAUUUCGGAUCACCACAUCAAGGCAAUCAUAGUUUUGUCUCUAACUAGUGUAUCUGCAUAGAUUUAAAGAUGUUGUGCAUCCCUGCAAACCAACAGAGUGAGUGUAAACAUAACUGUCUUGAUAAUAUAGCAUGCCAAAAAAAGUGGUCUCCUAUGGUCAACUUACCCCGUGUUUGGGGUAAGUUGACCAUAGGAGAGGGGUUAGUUGAGCCGUAUCCCUACUACCCCCCCAACUCUCCACCCCAGCCCUCCCUCACCUUCUCUCUCCCUAAACAACAGUCACUUCUUCACACUCAUGUGUAGUUUUUAGACUUCUUUACUUUCUCACUUGAGCCACUGGCUCAACUUACCCCAGAACUACUAGUAUGACUUUAUCAGUCCUCUAAGCUAAAAUGGUGGACUUGUAUGCUAGGUUUUUGACCUCAUGUUGUAGCUCAUAGAUACCACAGCUGAUGCAAAAAACAAAUUUAAAAUGAUCUUUUUUGGUCUGAACACAAUUCUAAUAAAACUUAUGACAGACUUAAUUCACUUUCAAGAGUGAAAAAUGUUUUUUUUUUUUUUAAAUAAAUGUCUAACCCCUUCACCCAUGUGCCUCUAGCCUUCACAGACUCCAAGAAUUGAUGCCCAUCUCCUCAAUAUUUGGUCAUAUGAUCAAUUUCUUUUACCAUUUCCAAGCAACAGAGGGUGGCUCAACUUACCCUUUGGGUCAGCUUACCCCACUCUCCCCUAUAUAUAGAGAGAGAAGGGGUUAGAGAGAAAGCGAGAGAGAGUCAUAACAAUAACAACAACAGCGAUGCUUUACAUAUUCACCAGAAAGUUCUCCAUUGUUUUAUGUCACUGACAGCUGUUGCUCAGUGGUAGAAUUUUUCAUCUAUCAAUCAGAUGGCUGGUAAUUAGCACAGAGCUUAUAAUAGCUCCCACUGGCUUAGUCAGCUGUACAGACUGGAUACUCUUAAAACUCUGCCACCAGAACGAUGUAAAAAAAAAAAAAGCAACACCUGCCUUGUGAGUAUGAUUGAUAGAUACUUAUUUGACUGUAAGAGCAGUAAUCACCUGACUGUUCAUUUUAGUGCUCGUCAUCCUGUGGGAAGGGCCUGCAGUCACGAGUGGUCCAGUGUAUGCACAAAGUCACUGGUCGUCAUGGUAACGACUGCCCAGUGACCCUGAGACCACCAACCUACCGACCCUGUCACCAAGCGGCCUGCAAUGAGAAGAUCAAUGUGAAUACCAUCACCUCUCCCAGGCUUGGUAAGACCCUUGAAAACAGCUUGUGUCUUUAUGAAUGACUGAGUGAUUACUUUUUCACAGGCAUAUACAAGUUAGUAAGAAACAUUUACAGUGAAGUUUCAAAUCUUUGUUUAGAUCAGUGGUUCUCAAGUCCAGUCCUCGAGGCCCACUGUCCUGCAUGUUUUGGAUGUUUCCCUGCUCCAACACACCUGAUUCAAAUGACCAGCUUGUUAUCAAGCUCUGUAAUGGCUUAAUAACGAGCUGAUCAUUUGAAUCAGGUGUGUUGGAGCAGGACAGUGAGCCCUGAGGACUGGACUUGAGAACCACUGUGGUUUAGAUGAAUAUCUAAGUUGAAAUGUUGAGAACCCAGUUUAAUAUGGUAAUAGAGAUCAUUCAAUGAUCAUUCAUCCAUCUUGUGACUCCAUCUUGAGCCCCAUCUUGUAAGAUAAGACUCACUCCUAUCCUAUGGUCAACUUCAUGAGUGAAACAUUUUACAGCAUUGAGAGAGUUACAAUGGAGAGUAAGAACUUUCUUUAACAGGCAGAAACCUCAAGCAGAACCAGACUCGUGUUAGACAGUCAUCUGCUGAGACUGAGCUGGGUUUGGAGAGGGGAUUACAUUUCAUUUCACUUCAUUCAUUUGGCACAUUUCAAAAUACAAUAAGACUCAACAGCAAUAACAGUAAUGGAUGACAUUAACAAUAGGUGAUUUCAUUUUAAAAGGCAUGCUGGACAUUCAAGAUAUAUAAAAAAAAACAAGCAGAAAAACUGUUGCUAGAUUAUUCACAGGGUAGUAAGUUUUUUUUUUUUUUUUUUUUUUUUUUUUUUUUUUUUUUUUACUUUGGGGAAAGUUUCACCAAGUGAGAAUGAAAUGAAUACCAUAUCCUGGGACCUCUAGAUGUUAUACUAAAUUGUGAUAAAGUGGUACGUGAUUGGGGGGGCCGAGGCUGGAGAGCUGCGCUGGUAUGAUAAUUAUGAAAUUGAUUAUUGGCUUUAAAGAAAUUAUAAAAAAUAGAGGGAGUAUUUUAUUUAAUAAACCAUGUACAAAUUGAGCAAUUUGGAGUUUAAUGAUUUGAUAAAAAUGAAGUAUACCAAGUUUGUGGAACAAGGGUAAUGAAUGACUUCUUGGAGCUGAAAAGGUAAUAAUUCUCGCUCCUCUUUUUGCAAGCAAAGAAAAAAAAUAGAGGGAAAUGGAGAAAGAGAGAGAUGGACAGAGGUGAGAUUGAUGCACAUAGCUUAAGUAGCUGUAAAGCAGACAGGUCCUCAACAGCUAAACAUCUGCAGCAGAGAUCCAGCGGAACCUACAGCAUGAUGGAGGUCAGGGACUCCUAGAAUAGACUGUGUGAUUGAUAUUAGUGAUUUAUCAAAAUUGGCCACAAAAGCAGUUUUCAUGGACUGUCUAGCAGUAGAAGCUGCCAUCUUGGCUGCUUAGGUUGACUCUGAAGCUCAUGAGUCGUAAUCUUGUAGAACCUUCCCCAUUUGAAAUUAGAGACUGUGAUUAUCUAAAAGUGUGAUGUAAAUUGUGCUGCCCAUACCAUUAAUCUGAAUGCUCUAAUCUGUUUAAAUGCAUGCAGACAUAAAAAUCAAGCACCUCUGGAGCUGUUGCUCUGCCACCUAGUCCACAAAUUGUUAUUUAUGUUCAACCAUCAAAUAAAUGCAGUAAAACUGAAGAACUCCUGAGCAGUAAUAAAUCAUUGCCAGUAUAGAUUGUGAUGAAAUGCUCUGCUUUAUCUCUCUCUCUCUCUUUUCUUUCCCCACAAGCUGCUCUGACCUACAAGUGCAUGGGGGACCAGUGGACGGUUUAUUGCCGUGUGGUCCGAGAGAAGAACCUUUGCCAGGACAUGAGGUGGUACCAGCGCUGCUGUGAGACCUGUAGGGACUUUUAUGCCAAGAAAAUACUGCACAAGAGCUAAUGACCACAACGCACCUACUUAAACUCUGAAUAGCG